CAGCAGUCAAGAGAACCUCUUUGGGAUCAGCGCGUAAAGUGGGUUUCCCUCCUCGCCCACCACUUCACACACAUCUCCAGAGCUUAUUCUCUGUAGAGGCAGCGAUGGCACGAUGGCACUUAUUCCCAAGGACCUUUCUCACAGCUGAUUCAGGAGCAGGACCUCGGUGGCUCAACCACGUGGAAUAUGUGUUAUGAAGCGCGCGGUCGUCUCCUUCCCGGUGCGCUCGGAGUCUCGUUUUUGGAUUAAAAGUUAGGAUGAAACUUUUCGUGCGAUGUGAAGCUACUAGGAGCGGAAAGGAUGUUUAUCUCCAUUUUCAGGUUGUUUGUAUUUAAAUGAACGGAAAGUGGAUUUUUAACGCUAAUGGAGAUGAAGACAGAUCGACACACUUUGAACUUUUCCGUGUGGAUAGCAGUGUUAAACUUUUUCUCGUGGUGGAGUUUGGUUGACGCACAGGUAGGGAAACAUAAUACAGUUAACUCUUGUUAUUUGCCGCAGAUCAGUCAUUAUCUCCUCAUAAUAAAUGUGCAAUGUUGCGUUAAAAGCUGUGCUGCAUGUGCGGACAUGAUGGAAAAAGACGCGUAAAACUGCACAGUGUAGUUAAGGAGUGCAGAUAUUUCGCCUCUGUGUGAUAUAGUGUUUUUUUCCAUUCUCCGUGUACCUUAUUACUCAGUUUCACAGUGUGCUGAGGUGAAAAUAUAGGCCUAAUCAAAAGGCAUUGAAGAGUAGCUAUAAACCACUUACAUUACAUGAGUCAUACAUUCUGCAGGAUGGAGUGUUUCUGCCUGCAUGUAGUUCAGAUCUCUGCAAUGCCUGUACUUGAUGAUAUCUCUACAAAUUCCAUUUUGAUGUAUCUAGUGUCUGAGCAUCUGAAAGCCUCUAUGCAUUCAUUACAACUGAACACCUUCACCCUUGGUGUCUGCAAAUUAAUCAGACAUCUUGAGAUUGCAUGCUUCAUCACUGCUUUUCCCAUCACCUGCUGACACCUGAGAAGUGGCUGUAAGAAGUAGAAAGUGAAGGUUAUCCUGUAACAGACGCUAGAGUGGUGAGCAGUUCCUCUAAAUAUAAAAAAGUACUCUUUUUUUUUUUUUUCUUACUUUCUUACAGAUUUCUGAUUUGCUUUGAAUGUUUGUUGGCGUGUUAAGCUGCCCAUGUUUAACACAACCCUCUGCUGAGCAAAACUGUGACGCGUGAAAUCCUCAGUCUAUCAAGGUUGUUCGUCACAAAUGUGUGAGCUGAGAUUUGUGAGAAAAAGAGCAUCUGAAUGGCUGCUGUUGUGUCAUUAUUUCCAGUAGCAGCUUUCCUGUAUUAUCAGAACCAUGGACAGCUCUUUCAGCAGCAGGAGCACUAAAAGGGUACGAGAGGUACGGUGAAGGCAAUGUUUGGCUCGCAGUGAGCGUCUUUUCAAGUGACUAUAAUAGAAUAAUGUUUUGACAAGGCUGUUUGGGGGAGGAUAUAAUACUUCAACUAUAACACGGCAAGAAUCUGUGUGUCCUAAUUGGUUUUUAGGGUCUGCUCAAAUCAAACUACUUAUUCAUCCUUGUGCAGUAAUGCAUUCAUGAUAAAAUAUGAUGAUAUGUUUGAAUAAACUGGGGUAGAUACAUCAAUCCAGGUACAUCUUCAUCCUGCAUCCUCUUCUUUUCUUGUUGAGCUCUUUUCCCUCAGAUGGCAUCAACUAUAUUUCUUCACUUUGUUGAAUGACAGAAGUGAAGGAUGCUGACAGCCUUGUGCAUUUUCAUUCUUGCUUUUCAGAAACUCUGUGCUGCUCAGAAUGACAGAUCUUGAGAUGCACAAUCACUCUGUUUCACUCUUCAUUACUUCACUUGUGCUCCACAUGCUUUGCAAUCAGCUGUUGUGCUAUUUCUGACACACAUUGGAAUUCUUUGUCGGUCAUUGUUUGCACAUGACCAUUGCUUCACCUUCCCUGUCAUAUAUAUCACCGGAAAUCUUCAUUCCUGCUGAUAUUGAUAACUUUUCAGACUUUUAUUUCCUGAUACUCGUACAUGCAUUUACAAUACAACAAACAGCAAAGCGAAGAGCUUGAUGAGUACAGCACUUGAAAUCAGAACAUUGGCAUCAGGCAAAGAUAUGCUGUUUGGUGCAAGCACAGCUUCAUGUAGUGCAACUGUUUGCAAUUCUCUGUAAUUGCAGAGGAAAUCUCAAAGUUCCCUGGCUUCUGUUUCGCUCCUGGCUGUUUUCUUCUUCUUGCCAGUUGUUGCUCAGUAUUCAGGAGAUCCCAGGAGCUCUGGGAGUCUUGGGAGUUUGGGGGGGGUGUCUGAAUUUGACAGGAUAGUCUGAGAGAGAGUGACAGGAAGAAUGAGAGGGGAAUUUCAGUCGAAUAUGUGCUGUAGCCUUCAGGCACAGGGGACCUGCUCUACUGACUUACGCUACUGACACUCCUGACUGAUGUGACAGUUACUACUCUGUCUGCAGGGGGCGCCAAAAUCCACACCAAUAGAGAUUUCCUCACAGGAGCUCUGGUGAAAUUACUCUUCUUUACUUAUCACUGCUAUGUUGGUAAUAUCCUGCUCCCCUCGUCAUUCCCACCAGAUUAUAUCAAACCAGAUUAACCUGGUACAGAGUCUAGUAAUAUCAUGAUUAGACUACAAGUAAUCUUACGAUUAGACUACCGCAACCCCUUACUGCUACAUCAAUUAACCCAAAAUGCCACAUAUGACCUCGCUGUCUACUUUUCCUUUACUGGCUUCCUGUUGCAGCAUGCAUCAAUGUAUAAAACCGUACUUCUUACCAACAAAAUCAGCUCUUCUCGAUCUUUACUCCCCCAGAUCGACACUUACUAUCAUUUGAUAUGCAUUAAAGGUGGGAUAGGCAGGAUCUGAGGAAGUGCCUGUUUUUGGGAGAAAUCUUGAAUGUAAACUCUACCCCUCCCAACCAGUUUUCCCCUCAGCUCCUCCUCUCCCCUCCAUCUCUGCUCCAGCAAGCCCCGCCCACAAACAGACGCUCCUGCUCGCUCGUAUCGUUAGAUGUAAUGCAGAUAAGUACUUCAAAUACUUACAAAUGUGGCCCAGGCAACCUGAAAGUAAAAUUCAUUGGUGCUACUGUAGAUGCCAACAGAUUACCACCAAACAAAAUGUUUGCAGGACUUCUAAAACUAGGAUAAAGUGACAUAGUCCAGGACCCGAGGUCAACAGUUUAGCGGCGCUACAACAUGCAGCAGGUCCCGUUUGACAAGAAACACUUCUGUUACAGACACUUGACUUACUUUGUUAAAGCGGUUUACCUGUCCAGCAGAAAGGUUACAGGGUCCGUAACAUCCUGAAGCGUUCACUAAUGUUGACCCAGCUUUUUAGCUCUUGUCCGGUCUACCUCCUUUUUAAAUGCCAAUUAUUCCGCCAGAGUCUCUGGUAUUUACUCCGUUUUCUUGCUUGUGUUUUCCGUAGUUUCUGGUUGGUUUCUGCUGUCCGAUAUUGUAGCACGCUAACUUUGUUUGGGCUCGUGAACAUUAUUGGAAGACGUGUAGCAUGCCUUGCAACACGAAGGAGCAAAGUCUGUCUCACAACCAAUAAGGUUGAGAGAGGCGGAGAACAGCUUUGUUUACAGUCAGAAAGAGCGGCUUUUUAAAAAUUCUAAACGUUGACUACACAGACAUAAACAAAACACAGCGAUAUCGUUAUAUUACCAAAUGCCAUCAAUAACUAAAAGCUACUGACUGAUAUCAUAAGAUUUUUUGUAUAUACACCACAAAAAAGAUUCUUCUUUAACAGAAUCCUGUCUACCCCCCCUUUAAGCAGGACCUUAAAUCUCUAGCUAUACUCCUUUCCUCUGUUGUUACCCAGUGAUAGAAUUCGUGACUUGUAGUAGUAAGGCUUGUUAGCUACAGCAGGACCUCUGUAAACCUGUUGUUACAGACCAAGGCUUUAACAGAGAUGGAGUUGGUCUCAUCUGCUCCGAGACAGAGUUAUGGUCAGUAAAGCCAGUGGGCUUUCAGGAAAAGUUUGGUCCAGAAAAAGUUUUCGGGCAGUAGUUUUUCCUUCCAGCCUUGAAAAGUGCUCUUUCCCCUCCGCUGUCAUCCCCAAAAUUAAUGGCUUGGUGAAAAUUUCAAAGAGCAAAGUGUUUCCCGAAUGCAGUAUCAGAGACGGAUGCUUUUUGCCCCUCCUGGUUGCACUCCCAGGCAGAGUUGGCAGCUGCUCCUGGCACAUCUAUCAGCUGAUUGCCACUUCCCACAGGUUAUCUUCCUAUGCUCUGCUGCGUUACAUUUAAAGUCUUUUUGCUGCCCUCCGUUUGGUCCUCUGAGAUAAAUCACAGCAGGAUGAAAUGAGGAUUUUUGCAUCAUUCACACCCAUAUGGAAUGUAAAGCAACCCAUCCUCUGUUCCCUGACUGUUUAAAAAAAUGUCAUUCGGAAAAACAAAGAUAGACCUUGAAGAAACUGAAACUCAAAUGUACGUACAGUCAUAUGGACAGUUUAUACUGAUACAAAAAGAUAGACAUUAACACGCACUAAGAUAAAAAUAAAUGUGAUAAUGAGGUGUAUAAGAAAACCUAGAAGGGGUUUGGUUGGUGGUGCAUAAACAGCAUAUCAUCAGACAGCUGGCAGCAGAUGAGAGAGCGGUAUAUUAAUACAUAUAGAGAGAGAUAUGAAUACCAGAGUUUAAUUGAAAGAGGUAGACGGCAGAGAGAGGGCAGCAGCAGCAGCCAGUAACAGCAGAAAAGAUGCUGUCAUAACUUUAUGGGUGGAUGUACCUCAAGUGUUGAUUACAUUUAGUAUUCUCUAUGAUAAAGAAGUGCGCCUUGACUUUGAAGUAAACAAAACAACGUGAAAAUAAAGGUUAAAUGUCCCAGAAAAGCACCAUACCUAACUGGAAGCCCUUUACUAUUCCCCACAGUGACAUUUCAUCUAAAAGAAAAAAAACAAAUGCAUCAGCUGUUUACCAUUUUCUGUUGAAUAAGCAUCUUUGUAAACAAACCCCUUAACCACACUUGACAUUGCAUUGAAGCUCAGAAUGGAAGAUGAGGCAGAUACAAGCAAACAGGAAACUCAACCAAGUUUUUGAAGUGUCCCUUUUUUCAGCUAAGAUGCCUUUUAUUGAAUCUGUCUUUCUAUGACAUUCAUUAUUGAAUUGAGAACUCUAAAAUGUCUAUUUGCCCGGCAGUCGCAUCAGUGAAUGAGGUCUGUACCGGGCUUGAAGGAUGAGAAACUCUUACCCUUGUUUUUUAAUGAAUAGGAGCAGAGCUUAUUCCCUCCUGCUCGACAUCACCUCCAUCUACACGCUGAGUUUGCACAAGUGAGCAUCUCAAAUCUUUUAAUCCACUCUCAACCUUACCGUGGCUCAGGGUCUGCAGUGUUGUUUGUCGGCAGAGGAAAGAAAGGCCGGUACAACUCUAGAAAAAAGAGUUGAAAAGUUUGCGCUAAGGUCAAUAAUGGUCUGCUUUCUUCUGGCACUAGUCUUAAACUUCACAUUCAAGCCAUGGCAGUGGUGUGAUACGGUCUGGUAGCUGAUGCCCAAGACAGAGAAAUGCAUAAAUUUGAUGGAGGUGGCUGCGUUGACAUCAACUAUGCAGGGAAAAAUCUGGAUAUAUUUUGGUGGUGUCAUUGGGCCGCAUGAGAACCCUCGAAUUUGGCAGAUAAUGGGUUGACGGCUGGCAGAUGAAAGCGGCUCAGGCUGGGGCGGUGGGAAGCUAGUGGGCGGUUUUACUUUGGGAUUUGGUUUCUGAGAGUUUCAGUGGAUGAGGAUGGAGCAGAGUGGAAGGUCUUGGCUCGGUGAGUUGAGUCUUUCUGGUGUCAGGAAGUAGGGCAGGGAUUAGGGUUGCUGCUUUUUUCAUGGUGGCAAGGUCCCAAUGUCUAAGUCCCAAUAUAGAUUCAUGUUUAAAGUCACCCUGCUGUAUAAACACUUACUGAUGCCUUUAAAUGUUGAUAAGCAUCUUAUUAACUCUAAACCCAAUGUUUAUUACAAGGACCUUAAAUCAAAGUGUUAACAAAAGAAUAAUUAGGGUGAACAGUUGGUGAUAAUUCUGCACUGAGAUUGAAUAUAGUCCUAAAUCCUGUCAUUGUAAAGUAGGGCUGGGUGAUAUGGCCUCAAAUCAAUAUCACGAUAUAUUGAGCCUCGAUAACGAUAAAUGGACGAUAACUACUCCACAAGCUGCUCACCCCCUCCCACAUUAACUUUGUCUACUUCAGCAGCUACAACUUUUGAACCGUCCUUCAUCUCCUCACCUGUCUUUCCCUCUUUGUUAAAAACUGGAUGGGGUGGAGUCACGUCUUUGAUGUAGGACAGUGUCUUAAAGGGACAUGAGACCAUAGCCUUACUAGACACAUCCAAUACCAAAUUUUAUUAAUUUUUUGACACUGAAUAUACCGAUAUGGGCAAAAUGACGUCAUUUUUUGUGGUAGAUUUCAGUAUCAGUAAAUUUUCGAUUUAUCGCCCAGCCCUAUCUUAAAGAUUAGCUCAAAAAGGUUGAAUGAAAUCUCCAGUCUGUGGUAAAACAGACAACUCAUAUUCAGUACUUUCUAGGGGUGUAUUGUAAAAAUAUUCUUUGACAAGUACAAGGUUUAUACUCAGUUUAGCCAGUAUUAUCUUAAAAAUAAGGUCAGUGGUCCUGAAGUGAAGUAAUAAUGCAGUUCAUGGUCCUUGUUGGUUUAAAUAUGACUGCUGUUUCAUUCUGGUUCAUUUGAAAUGACAAACAGAAUUUGAUAAAACAUCUUAUUUUAUAUUCUUACCUGGUCAUGAUUAUUUGAAAUGAGGAUAAACUGUAAAAUCUAAAAACUAACAACAGGGCUUGUCAAAGAAACCGCUACUUCAGGCCACUCCACAUUGUGAGGGACUCGGGUCUGACGGAUGUCCUCAGGUUGCUUUGCUUUUUGAGCUAAAAACUGUCUUUGAAAUGUAAAAUAAUCAUAAAAAAAAAGAAUUGUUAGCAUCCCAUCAUCCCAUCACAAAUGCGGGUAAUAUGCAUGCUGGUAAGUACACUCUCAGCUCCUUGAUAAUAAAGAAAUAUUCUUCACUGAGCUGUUUAUGUUCGCAUGCUCGUUCAAAAAGGCUAUGAGGAUGCCGAUUAGCAUUUGAUAGUUUGUGUUUGGAACAUUAUUUUUCAAGACCGCAUCCUGAUGUCAACAACAUCCCCUCUCUCAGAGUACAAUCACCUCUCUGAACACUGAGGUUAUUUUGCCCACAGCUUUCCUUGAACCCAUGAUGCUCUCUUGUGAGUUUACGUUUAUUUUUUUAUUUUUCCACCACACUGAAGAGCUCCCUAAAUGGACUUCUGCAUCCUAUAGCUGCGCUCAAGGUAAUAGUGGUCCUAUUUCCCAGUUUGUACCUCCGGUGGAUAUCUGUAAGCUUUGUCUUUGCUUUGUGUUUCUGUCCUUUACCCUGAAGGAUAUAACCUCGAGUUUGGUUGAAUGUUUACUGUCAUAAAAGUGUGGUUGUCAAUAGUCACCUUUAUCAGAUCUUAUUUUCAUGCUUUUUAUUGUGUGAAUCAACUGUGACAUUUGUUGCCUGCCUUAAUGUCGCUGAAAUGUUUGAAGUUCUGGUUAAAAUUCAUCCUUAGUUUUGAAUAGAAGAUGUUUACUUUAAUAACUUCAACCAUGGUCUUCUCCAUUGUUGUUACCUGGUAUGUUUGUUGGCAGAUUGUGACACGAUGUCAGCGCACUCAUACAUUCAUCCAUGACUCAUUUGUGGGGGGAAGAAAGAGUUAUUCUGUUAAGGUGUCUUUAUCUUAGCUUGAGCUAUUGUCUCUUUGUCACCGCUUUCUCAUUCUUGUCGGUUGUUUUCCUCCAAUCUGUCCAAAUUACCGCUCAUCUCCUUUCUCAGUUGAGGUUUCUCAGAUUGGAAAAAAAAAAUUGGUUUUGUUUGGUGUGCAGUUGUAUACUUGUUCUUUUCAAGAGCAGCUAUCAGGGGAUAAUGCGUCUUCUUUUAUUUCCCACCUACCAGGCUCUGUUUGGGGAUUUAUUUCCCCAACUGUGGCUCAGCGGGAAAACACGACGUAACACUCGAAAUCUCUGUGUAAACUGAAAUGUGGUGUAAUGCAAACUUUUGGAGCCGAGUUAUAUAAACUCUAUCAAAACUUUGAGACUGGAAUCUAACUUGGUAUAAACUUAUCACCUGAAGUGUUGAAAUAUAUGGAGAGUAAAAUGGAAAGUUUAAGCUCCUGAGGAAAGUUUUAUCAUAAUACACUGAAAUUAAUGAAAUGCAAAAGCAAGCAAGACCAUGGCUGGCAAGAUGGAAGGUUUUUAAAUUGUAAUUUGGGGAUAGGUGUAAAAAAAAAAAACAGCAGGUUUAGAUCAGUGAAAACUGUUUAGCUCCAAAAGCAACACAAAUCACAAUAACUUUAAAGUUGGGGUAGGCAGGAUCUGAAAAAGUGCCAGUUUUUUUGGGAGAAAUCUUGAAUGUAAACACUACCCUUUCCAACCAGUUUUCCCCUCAGCUCCUCCUCUCCCCUCCCUCUCUGCUCCAGCAAGCCCCGCCCACAAACAGACGCUCCUGCUCGCUCAUAUAGUUUCAAUUAAAUUCAGAUAUAAUGCAGAUAAAUACUUCAGAUAAUUACAAAUGGGGCCCAGUCAAUGUGAAAGUAAACAGCAUUGGUGCUACUGUAAAUACCAACAGACGACCAGCAAACACAAUGUUUGCAGGACUUCUACAACUAGGAUAAAGUGACAUAGUCCAGGACCCGAGUGAAACAGUUUAGCGGCGCUACAACACGCAGCAGGUCCCAUUUGACAAGAAACACUUCUGUUACAGACACUUGGCUUACUUUGUUUAAGGGGUUUACCUGUCCAGCAGAAAGGUUAAAGGGUCUGUUAGAUCCUGAGGCGUCCCCCAUCAUUGUUGACCUGGCUUUUUAGCUCUUGUCCGGUCGACCUCCUUUUUAAACACCCAUUGUUCCGCCAGAGUCUCCUGUAUUUACUUCAUUUUCUUGCUUGUGUUGGCAGUCCAGGCCAAAGGAGGAUUCAGACAAUUUUCCGUACUUUCUGGUUGGUUCCUACCGUCCGAUAUCGUAGCACGCUAACUUUGUUUGGGCUCAUGCACAUUAUUCAAGGACGUGGAGUGUGCCUCACAACAAGAGGGAGCAGCGUCCGCCUCACAACCAAUCAGGUUGGGGGAGGCGGAGAAUGGCUUUGUCAUCAAUAACUAAUAGCUAUUGACUGAUAUUAAAAGCUUUUUUGUAUAUACACCACAAAAAAAGACACUUCUUUAAUGGAAUCCUGCCUAACCCAUCUUUAAGGUUUUAUGACGAUUACCGAACUAUGUCAUAUACUUGAUUCUGAUUGGUCCAAACCCCACAGCAAUAGGAAGUAAAUUUUAACAGCAAAACAGAUGCCAGGGUCAACUCGAUCCAGCAUUUUUUGUCUCUGCCAGUCACGACUGGGACAGAAAUGAUGAAGUUUCCAUUCUGGGACGGUUUCUAUCUAAGACUGGUCGCAGGAGUCUGGGACAUAAUAAGAGUUUCUGGGCACAAAACAGCCACCCACUGACCUCCCCAACCUCAGAGGGGGAAAGUGGGAUGUCGACUGGCUUAAAAUCCUCCAGGCGACACUGGCAGAAAGCCGGUCAGAGCAUCUCCAAGAUUGAACAUUCGCUGCUCAAACCACAGGCGGGAGAGAUCACAGCUGCUCUGGUGAAAGUCGUGGCCUGUCUGCGUUUGGAUGUGUUUCAACUGCAAAGCCCAGAGAAGAAGAAGAAGAGGAGCUGAAUGAGGACAGAAAUGUCAGUGUAAAGCUCAGCUAGUUUAAUAUUACCAUCAGGAAGUUUUCAGCUCAAUGUCAUUUUGAUGAAGAGAGCUGAUUUUUACCUUGACUGUGAAUUAUAAUGUUCAGUUUAAUGUUGAGAAGGAGCCUGAUGAGAAUCUGUUGCCAUGGGGAACAGCAGAAUCAGAGGGACUACUUAUCUUUGCUCCUUUAGAUAACUAAGAAGAUGUAAUCGUCUUUUAAAUCAUAACCACUCCUCAAUUAAAGACCAUCUUACAUGAGUGCUAAUCUGAGGAGCUCAUUGUAUGAUGUGGGCGCUGGGUGUUAAAGUGAGAAAAGCUUUUGGUAGAAAAUAAUGAGGACAAGAGGCUUUUAGUCAGGUGUACCAUGGGGCAAAAAGAGGUUUUAGCUUUGGUUACACAACACUCUAAGACUGGACACAUGAUGUAAUUCAUAAUGGAUUGUGUAAUAGUAAGACAUCCAAACUGAUCUUGUCCCAUUAUGUUUGGGAACAUCAGGCCGUCAAAUCAGAAAAGCAGUUUUUGUGUCUUUCAGUGGCUGCAGCUCUGUGUACGUCUCUCAGCCAAUGAGAAUCUGUAUUCCUGCAGUGAUUGUGCUUAUGUAAUCCUUACCGUCCUCCUUUUACCCCUCUGCUGUGAUGUGUUCGGGAUAACUACAGCUCCUCAGGCUUCCUAAAGGCAGAGUCUUAAUCAUCGCAGCAGGAGUGGGGGCAAAAUUAUGCUCCUUAAAGUCAACAGGCUCUCGGCUAACCUCUGAACAUGGAUAGCCGAGCUACUGUUCUGGUUCUGGUCCAACUUUACCAGUAUCCCUGUUUAUAAUACACUCACUGUUGUUAAGUACCCCUGUAAGACACUGAUCUGAACUAAAACUUCAAGAAAGUGUUGUAUAAUGGGGGUAAACGGCUUCAUCCUCAUCUUUAAUAAGACAAAACUGCUUGUCAGUGUUGAUCCUUUCUAACGUCUUUUUAAUAUCUUUCCAUUUCCGCGUUCAGAAGCCCCAACUUUAAAUUAAAAAUGCAAACUUUGUGUGUGUACGUCUCACAAAGGAUUACUUUGAACAAACAGUAACUUCCUUUUUAUCUGCGUAAUUAAAACUUGUCACUUCAAUCCCGCCCUCCGCCUCUGCUCUAAUCUCAUUUUGCAGGCCUGUCUCCUAAUAAAGAAGCUUGUGCUAUAUGUUUGUCCCUGAUGCUCUUAAGAUUAUGCUCUCUGUCAAAUAAGUUUAGAGGUUAUUAAUUUUGGUUAGACACAGGAAGAUUUUUUUGUGGGUUUGAAAGGGAACAGAUUGUGAUUCUUGAGACUGAAGUUUUCUUUCAAACUUUUGAAGAAGAAACAAGAUUCUGUCGUCUGCUUCAGGACCGUAAACCUUUUCAUUGUUAUACUUGCCUUGAGGACUAAAGAGGUCCCAAUUUAAUCACAUAGUCCAUGUUAAGAAUUGAGUUUUAUCUGGUAACUUCUAACAACACAAAAACUUACUGUCUUCUUCUGUUUCUAUAUCACUACAUUGUAACGCACAGAUGUAGAUGCUGUAGAUAAACUCUCUGUUUGUAAUGCAGUCCGUACUUGUGUAUAUACUUCACCCAUUCUUGAGAGUCGGGACAAAACAUGUCCUACAUAGAAAAGUCUAAUUUAUUCAAAACAAUUAAGAAAUUCCAAAUGUUUGACAUACUCAAAAAGUUAAAUCUAACAGAUUUGUGCAUCCCAAUCCUAUUUUUUAGCACAGAUAUUUACUUUUCUGGGGGAUAUUUGUUUAAAUGAAUCGUCUGUGGUUAGAAGGUCCAUGUUAUUGCUUGUGUCCUCAGCAAGAGGUAACAACAUUGACCAGCCCCAAAAAACUUUAAAAAACUCUACAAUUGUGAAAACAUAUACAUCAAAUAAAAAUUCAGGGCUAUAAAUAUAUUAAACAAUGCAUGGCCUGAACAUCAAAUAACUUUUUGCCUAAAAAUCUGCCUAUCAAAGUUGUGUCCUCAGUUUCUGUCAACUCCAUCAGAUUAUUCUAUAAACCUCAUUAAAUCAUGCAAUAUCAUGGUCAGCUAUAUCCCUGAGCACCCCUUUUCAUUUCCUGCUUCUGGUGAAUGUAACACCACCACACAUGGUCUGGUAAGUUUUACAGUUUUUGAUAUUUUAGACAAACAAUGUCAAUAUUUGUAUGGUCACAGCUGGACCAUGUCAACACCGUCUCUCCGUUAUUAUACUUUUUUUUAAACCAUAGUGAGUUCAAUUAAAGUAUUAUAGUGAGAUUAUCAGGACAGCUAGCAACUGCCAAAAAAGUACCUAGCUGCACUGUACAAUAUAUGUUUUGGAGGGAAAAUACAUGCCCUUAUGUCAACUCCGUCAGACGUCAACUCCGUCAGAUUUUGUGUCUGACGGAGUUGACGUGUAAGCUGAUGGAGUUGACAAAUCCACCUGUAACCUCUUAAUGUGCUGACAUUAUGCUAUUAUUGAACAUGGUUAAGGAAAACAAUGUUAUUCCAGGGUCUUAUCUGCACAUAAAAGUACAUAUAUAGCAUAUAUUACGUUAUUUUACCAUAUACUUCUGACUUGUAGAGUAGACCAUGGGCAGGCUGUCUGCUUAAUUAUAACUUUCAAACUUUCCCAACACACACACAAACACACACACACACACACACACACACACACACACACACACACACACACACACACACACACCUUAUAUCAUUGAUUGAUUGAUUAAUGUACAUUCCUAAAGGUGCAGUGUGUAGUUUUCACUACCGAAAAUCUACACACUGGCUUCUUAUAGAGUGCGCAAGAAGUUCUAUGUUGCUCUUUUAAACCCCAGUGUAGGUGGGAUACCAGACAGAAGAAAAAGGUUAUUGUUUUUAUAUUGUUAACUUGGACCAUCAGACCUUGGGCUCUAUUUUCGUGUCCGCCGGCGACAUGGCGGAGGGUGGCGAACCCCGCGCAGUGGCAUUUUUUGUCUGUCAGAGCUUGGCGUACAGCCAGUUUGGUAUUUUCGUGGACUGAGGUGCACCGAGGUCCGCCAAGCUGGGUGUAGAUGUGUGGCAGGGGGAGGUGUCCACAGAAUCAGCUGGCGCAGUGACAUUUUCGUGCUCGCUGCCGGCGUGUAAAGGGCGCUGAAAGCUCGCCGAUUCAAACCUGGUCAGCUUUCAGCGCAGGUGGAGCCGGAUGGGCUAGUGGUAUUUUGGGAGACCAGCGGCAUAUCGGCCUCACCAGUAGGUUUCCACAGUGUCAGGAACAUUUCCGUGCAAUAAAUAAUCAAUAACAACUAAUAAUCUGAGUUAGCACAUACAUUUAGAUCUAUAUAGAUAUAUUCUGAUCUAUAUCUGAUCUGAUGGUUGUGUGUCCAAACGCAUUUGGCAUGCGUUUGCACACACAACCUGACCGAAUCAACACAGCUGAAACCACAUUAAAUUAAAUAUCUAGUAAAUAGACACACAUGAUGAAGUUAACAAGAUAUUUAAUUUGUCUCCCCCCAUUUUUAUCUUCCUCUUUCUCUUAUUUCUCGCGCAGCUCGACCUGGACAUGUCUCCGUGUCCUCUCUCCGUCCUGCUGCAGCUGCUGAUGGGGUGGCUGAACAGAUGAUUUGUUUCAGUGAUCAGAUGAGUUUUUUACUUUAAGCGGACAUACGGAUAUUAUAAUAUUCAGUUUUGUGAGCCAAAUUUAUUUUAUAUGCCAACAUCUAUGAAAGAAAGAGCCAGGCCACGGAGCGCAAUUUACGCACAGAUGGUUUUGAUUUUAAUGCCAUUAUUGGAAUUUAUGAUGUGAUCUGUGCGCACAACCCACCUUUGUCAUGUGAGGUUUGAAUAUGUGCAAUUUAAUGUGAUUGUCUUUAUUUGUGGAAAAGGAUGUUUGUCUUACCAGUGGGUCCAACAUUACAAACACCAAAUCCAUCUGUGCUUAUACGAGACAGUGUGCAGGGCGCCCUCUGCAGUGCUUACAGCGACACUUGUUGAGGGGCUGCCUUCUGUCACCAUCGUGUGGCAUUGCUUCAGACAUCCCUUGAUCUCUUUGACUACUUCACGAAAAUUGUAAUACGCCUUGCCAGUGGCAGAUUCACAGGCGAGAAUAAGAGCUGAUGUUAUUGGUCAAUACAGGUCUCGGCUGUGUUAAACCCACUCCACGCCCUCUCUCCUUCCUCCCUAUGACUUACGCCGCUGGGAGGAGCUGAGUUAGGGAGGGGGGAUACUUAUGCCGGGCUGCACAACUCACCAAAAUACGAAAAUGUGCUUGGGAACGCCUUGUCGGCGUGGCGGUUAAUUGCAUUAACGAUAUGUUCAGUAUGAAAACAAGGAGUUAUUAGUUCUUAAUCUAUUUUCACCUAUUGACCUAUUGUCAAUCGGUUUAAAAACACAUUUGUUCAAUAACAUAUGCAACGUCAUCAACUCCGUCAGUUUCUCGUCAACUCCGUCAGAUGUUCCUCAACGCCGUCAGAUGUAUGUUUUUCUUAAUUUUUGGAGAAAAAACAAAUUGUUUCUUCAGUUUAUAUUGUUUAAGUAAUAAAGGAGCAUUGGCUCUACUUCCUCUUGUCUCUUAUUUACUUACGGAAAUUGUUUUUAUAAUACAAAAAUUAAAAACAAAGUUUGAAAAUGCAACUAUUUAGAAAUCUUGGUUUUCAAAAUAGUGUAAAAUCACACAUUAGGUUUAUAUAUUAUAUUUCAUGGCACAUCAGAGUAACUAAACACUAUUACAACAUACAUCAGAACUCUAGAUUCUUGUUGGACUAGAAUUAUUAAAAUUAUAUUCUUUUUAGUGUGUCUGAUGGAGUUGACACAAACCCACUGUCUAAGGGAAACAUUUUAAUUUAUAGAAAAAUUGUUUUUAUUUGGAGCCUGUUCCUUUACGGGGUUAAAUAGCUAAGACCGUUCUCUACAGUAAUAAAUAACUCUAAUCAAUAUAGUGUGCAUUCUCAAAAAAAGUUGUUUAGGAAGUGUUUUGUCCCGACUCUCAAGAAUCCCUGACUUGUGUUUGUAAUUCCUCAUAAACAUAUAAUAAGAAAACAUAUACAUAGGGCUGGGUGAUUUGGGAAAAAGCUGAUCACGAUAUAUUAUUUUUAUAUCAGUCGAUAUCGAUAUAUAUCACAAUGUAAGAAAUGAAAUGUAACAGUGCUUAUUGGUGGCAUGUCUUUUGCAAUACAAUAAUCUACUGCAUCUGUGAGGUCUUUGUGUCUCUUUGACGUUUUGUCAUAAGGCGUUGCGCUAGAGAAAGCAGACUGAAUGGUCGGUUGUUUUGGUCGCACAGGGGCUCCUUGCUCCACUCAGGGUUUGUAGCCUUUUGCAUUGAGCGUGCUCUAUGGCGUUGCGCUGCUUCAGGUGGUGAAAAAGAUUUGAUUCCCCAACUUUGCGAGAACUUGUACUCAACAUAAUUGCACACUACUCUGCUUCAUGUCCGACCUCAAAAAACCAAAAUACCUCCACACCAUGUUUUCAUGCCAGUGUUGUCAACGAUGUUGUCAUCUGUUGAGCCUUCAUCUGCAUUUCUGCCGGGAGUAGCACUCAUUUUUUUUUCCACUGACAGUGCUGUCGGCUUCACCUGUUUAGGUGCUAUAGUUGCGUGUAGCUGCAGCCUGCUACGACGCAGUUCUUUGCUACUUGGUUCUAAUUCAGCACAUGAUUGGUUCAGCUCAGCGCAACUCAGAGCAAUGUUUUAUGUUGAUAUUGAGGGAAAUUAAUCUUCAGUAUCUAUCAUUAUCAUUCUAUCGCCCAGCCCUACGUAUGUCGUCCACAAGCAAGGAUGAGGCAAGGGUCACCACUUUGUCAACAACAGCGUGAGCAAAUAGACGAACAGUUUAAGAUCAAUGUUUCUCAACAACCAACUGCAGGAAUUUAGAGAUUUGAUCAUCUACAGUCCAUAAUAUCUCACAGUUCCACUCUAAAGCUUCUAUAAUUUGUGUCCUGAUUUCCCAAAUACUUAUUGAGUGUUGUUAAAAGGAAAAGUGACGUAACACAGCAGUAAACAGGACCCUGUAACAUCUUUUUAUGAGCAUGUUGCAGGUAUAAGAAAACAGUAAAGUCCAUCAGUUUAAAGAUUGAAUAUCCUGUUUAAACUAAUGAGCGUCUGAGGACCAAAGGAAAGCAGCAGGAGCUUUUAUAUCGACAGCAAUGCGGCAGCUACAGGUGGUGCUAAUUUGUUUGUUUGUGUUAAUCACAUCACCUCAGACGACAAAAGCUAACCACAUAAAGUGACAGGUUAAAGGCUUUACCAAAGCACAUGCUCCUCUAAUGACAGCUUUGACUUUUCUUAUUACCACAGAAAUGAGCAAGUUAAAGGUAAACUCAACGCAGCAUGUGCAAACAGGGAGAAAAUGCUGAAAGUCAAUAUAAUUUUAGGCUUUUUUUAAAACCACUUUACCAUCAUUGAGCAGUAAAUGUGUAAUGACUAUAAUAACUCAAAUUUUUCCCCUUUAACUAAUGCAUUACUCUGAUUUAUUCCAGUGGCGUCUUUAUGUGUGAGAUGUAAUCUCUCAGCUGUAGCUUCAGGGAUUUGAAGCGGAGGGGAUGCAGUGAUAAUCAAUAACUGAACCGAAGAGGAGGACUCAAAUACAGGACUCACAGGUAGAAACAAAGUUCAGGGUCUGAUUAUUUAGGGUUCAGUACACCUGAGAUGAGUCCCAACUACGAGGGAGCGCUGGAACGUUGUCACACGGGAAUAAGAUGGAAAGGGGAGUUGAGUUUAAGGGGAGAUCAAAACACAAGUGCAACACAGAGCUGAAGGGAGAGACAAGAGUUUCCGAAUUAAAGAGAAAUCACAAGAUAAGAAAUAUGAGGUAGGAAAGUUAUCAGCCCACGGCAGGUGUGACGAAACAAGGUUAGAAACUGAGAGGAUUCAGAUCCUCCACAUAGGCAGGAGUUUGAUGUUUUUGCAACAAACCUGUAACCCUUAAGCGACAACAAGGAGAUGUUGUAAACGGCGUAAAUUACCUUUGACAUUUGGACAUCGAAUUGGUGUCAGUGCACUACAAUUGUUGUGAAACUUUGAGAAAUGAUUGCACAGAUUUUGAAAACACUCUCAGAAGCCACAAUCCAGGACAAAUGAAGACAUCCUCCUUUAUUUAAUCUGCUUCAAAUCCAGCCUCUAUAAACAAAUGUGUCAAAGAUGCCAAGUCUGUAGUGAAAACACUAAGAACAACAUAUUUUGUCAGAAAUCAACUUGUGGGCACUUUAUUGUGAAGUUGAUGUCAGAAACGGAGGACCAAGUUGUUCAUAUAUGUGUCUUUAAAUGAUACACUAUACCACUUGAGUUCUACUAUUAAAUGUAAAUACUGUAGUCAGACUCAUAAGAGGAGGAGGUGUAAUCUUUGUACUCCUGAUAACAAAGUCUGAAGUCAUUUUUUCAUCGGAUAUUUGAGGCUACAAAGAACAAAAUCAAUAUGAUCUCAAGUGUUUUGUCAGUGAAGCCAUGCACAGAAUACUUAAUCAAUAAAAGUGUGAAUAUGACAAACUAUUACAAAUACUAGUGAAGAAAGAAGACUUCUACAAGAUGAACAAGGAAUGAAAAAGAAAUGCUUGAAAGUAUAAAAAUACAGAUUUUCAGGUUAUGAAAGAGAAAAUGGAUUAUUCUGGGAUAAAUUGUGAAGUUUUCUGUCUAAUUGGUGGAUGUACCACUUCUCCCAUAAUAGUCUGUAAUUGGUCUUAUUAAAAGAAAAAGUACCAGGACCAGAUUUAAUAGAGAUUGGAUUUCUCGCAGGCUCUAUUUCCUAAGAUCUCAGGACAUGAUUUUCUAAUGAUAUUACUGCUCACACUGCCUAUAAAGUUUUGUAGCUCAGUCGCACUAGAAGCAUGUAUUUCUGAUUACAGCGAGGGCCUGUCUGUACUCUCCCUCGCUGAGGUCAUGCUCAUGUCUCGGCUGAAUUCAAUUAUGUCUCCAUACAGCUUACUUUCCACUUGAUUGGAGGUCCAGGCUUGUCAGAUGUGAUAUGUGAACAUGGCUUGUUCUUUGAAGUGAGCAGGAGCACAAUGUACGGGUAAUUUAAGUCCCUGUUUCCCAUCGUGAGUGUCUUUUCUCAACACAUCCGCAAAGAUUGUCCCCUUAUGUACCAGGAUCACGUCUCAAACUGCUUCUUUUGCCCCCUGUCGCAUUUGCAUACAAUUUAAGGUCACACAAAAAUGGGAUUUGUCACCACAGUAGCAUCGCAUUAGAGUUGCAUUUGUAACUUUCUGCAGAUAGCAGAAAGACUUCUCUACAUUGAGGCUUAUUUGCAUAGAUAUGGAGCUUUGGACUCAUAUGCCUUUUUUCUAUUUGUGAAAGCAUCAGCUCGUUGUAUCCCGCUCUGUGCAAUCCAGUUUUAAACCCCUGCCUACCACGUACUUAUCUCUUGUUCUGCAGCUAAGGGUCAGUCAUCGUGGAAAAGGCUGCUGUUUCAUCGUUUGCAUAAUUUAGUGUUUUUUCAAACUACAGUGAGAGCUAGUUGGACUAGUGUUGACCCAUGUUUAGCAGCCCACCCACCCUCUCUAACACCCUCUGAUGUUAUUUAUUGACAUUUGUUACUGGGGUGAACCAGUUGACUGCAUUGUUAUUGCUCCUGCGUCUCUCCAUGCGCUGUUAUCUGACAUCCCUGUUCUUGUUUGUUGUUAUUUACAGAUGGGGUUUGAUGGUCCUCUCUCUGCACAGGAGCAGAUGUACAUCCUCUAUGAAAUAAAACUGCAGUGCCACCAGAACCUCUCCAAUAUUGACCAAGGGUCCACAGGUAAAAACUUGCAAAGGAGCUGAAAUGCUUGCACAGUGCUUGUUUGGAUAGAUGUCCCCGUUUUCAUGUAAGGUCAAAAAGCAGGAAAUGUGAGCUACAGGAUUGAUUAAAUGACCUCAGAAUAACCUUCAAAAAGUGUAUGGACAGAAAAUACGUGUUGACAAUUUAUCACUCUAUGACCUCUACUAACUUAUUAUGUGUCUGCAAGUUUUCCAAUGUAGCUUUGGGCAUGUUACAAGAGCAUGUCUGAACUUUUUUGAUGGGUGUUGCAUAGCUACUGCACCACGAUGAGCAGAGGUACCAAGGGUUAUAAGUGCACACUCAAAAUGAAGUGCUUUUGAUUGAGAAAAAAAUCCAUCAGCAUGGCAGCAUAUAGUAGCCUUAAAUCUUGAGGGACUUGAAGGUCAGGUAGGCAGGAUCUGAGGAAGUGACAGUUUUUGGGAGAAAUCUUGAAUGUAAACUCUACACCUCUCAACCAUUAAAUUCAGAUAUAAUGCAGAUAAAUACUUCAGAUAAUUACAAAUGGGGUCCAGUCAACGUGAAAGUAAAAAGCAUUGGUGCUACUGUAGAUGCCAACAGACUACCAGCAAACACAAUGUUUGCAGGACUUCUACAACUACGAUAAAGAAGUGACAUAGUCCAGGACCCGAGGUUAAGAGUUUAGCGGCGCUACAACAUGCAGCAGGUCCGUUUGACAGGAAACACUUCUGUUACAGACACUUGUCUUACUUUGUUAAAGCAGUUUACCUGUUCAGCGGAAAGGUUACAGGGUCCAGAAGAUCCUGAAGCGUCCCCAUCGCUUACGCUGAUGUUGACCCAGUUUCUUAGCUCUUGUCUGGUCUACCUCCGUUUUAAGCGCCAGAGUCUAGCAAUUAAUUGUUUAAUUGCUUGUGUUUUACGUACUUUCUUGUUGGUUUCUACUGUCCGAUAUUGUAGCACGCUAACUUUGUUUGGGCUCGUGCACGUUAUUGAAGGAUGUGGAACGUGCCUCACAACAAGAGGGAGCAGCGUCCGCCUCACAACCAAUCAGGUUGGGGGAGGCGGAGAAUGGCUUUGUUUACAGUCACAAUGAGCGGGCCACUCAUAAUGUAAAAUGUUGACUACACAGACAUAACAAAACACAGUGAUAUCGUUAUAUUACCAAAUGUCAUCAAUAACUAAUAGUUAUUGACUGAUAUUGAAAACUUUUUUGUAUAUACACCACAAAAAAGAUGCUUCUUUAACAGAUUCCUGCCUUUAAGAAAAAGUAGUUAGGCUAAAGUCAGCAUUAAAGGCACAAACAGAUAAAAAAUAUGGCAUAUUAAGAAUAAAAAGUUAGAAAACAAAAUUUUGGACUUUGUCUUGACUCUUACACGCCAAAUUAUUAAUCAUAUCACCUGGGGUGGCCAAUUCAAUUUCAGUGUGGGGCCCCUCUGGCCACUCUUCUGGACACACCCCUGUAGAUAUUUUGGUUUUCGAUAACCUUUUGAAUAAUGGCAGCUUGAUUUCAGACACUGGCAGUCUGCUAAUUUUAGUUUUAAACAGCAUCCAUGAUGAAGCCAGACUAACUGGUCUUUUAUUCUUGCAGCCACAAUAAUGACAUUGACUAUCUCUCUGAAAAGAAGGUUGCAGCAUCUGCAGCGCUCCAAGUCGGGGGCAUGUUUGUGAGUGAGCCCUGGUUUGGCUGGGGGGUUCACAGAGUAUCCUCAGUAAACGAGCUGUAACUCUCAGUACAGUUGUAUUUCGCUAAAGAUUUAUUGGAAAUCUGAAGUUGAAACUUUUCUGCUUCUUCUUAUCUAAAGAAAAAAUAAAGUAUUUUCAGUCGACCCAGUGUUAUGCAAUGUGACAGACAGUUCAAGCUGCUCAAACCUCCAGAGUGCAAUUACGUCCCACUCGCGCUACUAGAGGGGAAAACAAUUCAGCCUGCUCCACUGACUUUGUAUGGCUAACAGGUGCCUCCUUGUCAUUUUUGUCAAAAAGAAAACAAUAGAAAGUUCACAAACUUUUGCAUUUGAAUGCUUGAAGAUUACAUAAAUCUGAACUGGGUAAUUACUUCCUGUCAUUUUAUGUCUGCUUCAUUGUCCAUCUUGAGUAAGUUUAUUCUUUAUCUAUAAGCCAAAUAAUAGGGGUUGCAAUAUUAGUUUGACACAGACUGAACUCAAUUUAAUAACUCUACUGUGUUUGAGCUGAGACUGAUUCUUAUUCACUCAAAUUCAUGAUGAAUCAUUCUGUUGAAAUUCCAUCAUUGAAACUAUUUUUCCAUUCAGCGUGUACGCCCUUGACUCUGUGAAUGUGAGUGAAUGUCCUCAAGGUUGAUUGAACUUUAAUCAGUCAUUCCCUUCUCAAAACUAAGAGUCCAGAGGAGUCCGAGUGGGGAGUGUGUGUGUGUGUGUGUGUGUGUGUGUGUGUGUGUGUGUGUGUGUGUGUGUGUGUGUGUGUGUGUGUGUGUGUGUGUGUGUGUGUGUGUGUGUACACAGCCUUGUGUGUAGAAAAAGAGCACUAACCUUUCAGGUUUAAGCAAACUAUACAGCCAUUAUGGUCAGAUUAGACACAGCUCAAAAAAAAGGGCUGGGGUGGAGGCCAAUCGCAAAGCAGUUUCAGAGAAAUGGGCUAAAGCAGAGUAGAUAGAACAAGGAAAAUAAAACUUUAAUUUGACAUUUCUUUGUACUAUCUGGUAGAGAUGCACCGAUCCAUUUUUUUCCCGAUCCAAUCCGAUUCUGAUACCUGGGCUGAGCGUAUCGGCCGAUAUCCGAGACCGAUCCAAUACUACUGUUGAAUGAAUGAACUGUUGACCUUUCCCUGUGAGUGAAGACAUCAGGCUUGACAUUAGCCUUGUUAAAAAAAGGUGACAAAUGAACACAUAUGUAACUUUACUUCAUAUUUUUACAAACAAACAACAAAUUACAUAUUAGCAAACAGCAAAAAGAAGUAAGACUUCCAUGUAAACAUUGAGUGCAAAAGGAUAAAAAGACACUGUGAAUCGCUGUGUUGCUGUGUAUUAAUUGAUUAAAAGAAGAAAAAAAAAAGGCUGGAUCAGAACGCUGGAUCGGUGUCAUUCAUUAGAUAUCCGAUCCAGUUAAUUUGUCAAUAUCGGAGCCAAUAUCUGAUCCAAAUAUCGGAUCGGUGCAUCCCUACCAUUUAGGGUUGUUUAGUAGGGUCUCUUUGUCCUUGUCCACCUCUAACUUCCCUGAAACCCCUCUCUCUCUCUCUCUCUCUGACACUUCAGAGUCAUCGUCCUUCUUUCCACCUCUCCAUGCCCUCACACUUUUUCAGCUGAGCUACGAAAUAAUAAGAAAUAAUAAUGCAUCAGAUUCCAUAUAGCGCUUUAUCAGAGACCUUCAAAGAGCUUUACAUUGGAUACAUCAUUCAUUCACUCACACACUCUAACUCUAUCAUCCACCUGCUCACGCAUGUGUCAUUCUAGUCAAUAAUGACGUGCGUGGCAGCUCUUUCUCCUUAGUCAGCUGCCACAUCAUCAUUUUCUAAUAUGUGACUCAGCUGCUUCCUCUUUCUAAUACCUGCGCUCUCUUUUCUGCAUUCAGGAGCUCUUUUGUGCUUCCUUAAAUAUAGGUUGAAUAAAGGUGAAGCAGUCGUUUUAACUCCAAGACCUUCAGGUUUGGUUUUUUGCAUGUGAAUACCUUUUUUUCUUCCCUUUGAUAAAGAGCAGCAGUCUUUUUAAAGUGCAGAUCUACUUGCAGCCCACAAGCUGCUCUCCUUUGUUUCCUCUCGCUUCUCCUUUUUCAUUGCUAAACAAUAAGAAAUGGGAUGUCAUUGACGAAGAAAAUUCUGCUCCUGUAUUCAUCGUAGAAAAGUGACUCACUUUUCUGUUCUAGUUUUAUCAACAGGGAGCAGGUUAAGAGUAAGACUCGAGGAAAGUGGUUCACUGAUGCGUCAGUUCAUGAGACUCUCAGCGCUAACAGAGAAGAUCUGUCUCAUUUUACGUUAGAAAUAAACUCAUUAAGUCCCACUGUAGAGCCUGAUAGAAAAAUAAUACUUGUGUGUUAAUUCAUUUGUAAAGUCUUCAUAUGGUAUGGUUUCUCUUGGGACAUAUGUUGCGUAAGAAAGGGCAGCAAGUGUAAGUUGGUUUCAACAUUUGUGAGUUCUUUCAAAGAGUGGAUUAAGUCUUCGUAGAGCCAAUCCAAAAUGCAAGAGCCUGUGCAAAUCAGUCCAGCAAUUACCCGCCAUCAGAGGAACACAAUGGACCUCAAACUAUUUCAGAUUUCAGUCCUUAAUGGUGGAAAAAGACAUUCAGACACACUUUAAAAAGCAGUUUUUUUGUGUGUGUGAUUAUCAUUUACCCGAGAAUGCUCUGUGUUAAUGUGAAAUCCACUGAGCACUGCUAUUGAAAGAUGCUCUCAACACUCAGUGCUUGUACGUGCACUUUGAAAAAAACAUUGAUUUAUUGCAACAGUCUGACUGAAAAUGCCUGCAAACACAUUAGUCCGACUAAAAUUGAACUUCUCAUUGAGGUUUAAGAGAUUUAUUUAGAAAAAUGGGACAAUAUGCAUUCGUGAACAUUUACAUGUAAAUACAUGAGAUUAGGGUUAGAGUGGCUUAUUUCCAAUUCCAGUCCCAUUAGCAGGUUGGUGUUGACACAUACAACAAAAACGAACAUCGUAUGCACGUAUGUAGAUGUGUCGGACUGAUAUACCUUGAAAAUGUUUUUACAGUUGAAUCGAACUUAAACUGGUCAAAGCGCUCCAGUGUUUGCACGCCACGGUCUGAGGCGGUGGUUGAACAGCAUAGAUGCGUUGCUAGGAAACCAGGUAGUAAACAAAAUCUCAUCAGAUGAAAAAAAAAAGACAAUUCUUUUUAAACAAUCUGCACCGCUGUAAAAAACUGUAAAAAUGACACCCUGUUUGUAUUUACAUGGACAGUGAAGUCGCCUGAUCUUGACUUAACUUCGCAUGUUAACGUACAAAACACUUCACAUUAGUGCUGGGCGAUAUGGAAAAAAAUGUAUAUCACGAUAUGGAUAAUUUUAUAUCACGAUAACGAUAUACCACGAUAUAGCUAUGGUAUGCUUUCAGUUCUAUGAAAAAUUAAAGUGUAUACAGCUGCCCUAGUACAGUGCCAGUACAAGACCAGCACUUAAAACUAGAAAAAUGAAUAAAGAAAUACGUGGCUGAAGUGCGUUCAUGUCUGUGUUCACCCAAAGUUAUGCAACACUCACAGAAAACGCCGAUAGUGUGAGCCAAAGCACUCCAUAAUAAUAAUAAUAAUAAUAAUAAUAAUAAUAAUAAUAAUAAUAAUAAUAAUAAUAGUAAUAAAUUUAAUUUGUAAUGCACUUUACAUUUACAAAAAAUCUCAAAGUGCUACAGUACACAGUCAAAAAAGAGCAGCAACAAUAAAAAAGCAAUAGAAUGACAGUCACAGAUUGGCAUAAAAAAAGCAUAAAAAAAAUAAAGAAUAUAGAGUUGCAAUGUAAGAGGCAAGGUAGUAAAAGCAUAUAGCAUAGAGGAAAGCUAACCUAAGGCUUUAUUAAAAAGGUAGGUCUUUAGGGCUCUUUUGAAGAGGUUGUUCACACUGCUAGAUGUUUCUCCUCCAGAGCUGCUCUCUGCCUCCAUCAUUGUUUACUUUACUCUUCAAGCACGUAGGAAGAUCAGAGCAUGAAUCCGAGCGCUUUAUUCGUCUAUCAGGGGCAGACAGGUAAGGUGAUUUGAUUCACCACGACUCCAGAAACAAUUGAAAAACUACAGAAUGUCACAAAAUUACGUUUCCUCGCUCCUGGCUUGAAGAGCACAAAUGCGCAGCCGCGCUCCCAGCUGACAGGAAGUCAAACCACUGUUGUAGUUCUUUUGUGUUGCUAGCGCGGUCAAGAGUGUUGGCUCUCACUGAGAGAUGACUACAAAAAUGGACGCACCUGUUCAUCUGGAUAUUUAACACGGCUGAAAAUGAUCAUCUUUUAAUGUUGUUCCCGCUCCUGCCCACUCCCGUUGCUUUUUUUCCCGUCCCGUCCCGAUCAAGGGAUUAAUUAAAAAAUGACUCCCAUGCCGUGGGAUUCCCGCGGGAAUCACGUGACCCACGGGAAUUCCCGAAAAAUGUCAUGCUCUACAGGGAAGGUCCCGGAGCAGAUAAACAGGCUGAAAUAGGUCCCGGAGCGCGCUCCGACUUGCUCCGGCACAAAUUAAGCACUGCUUACAACGAUCCCCGAACGGCGGGAGACGCUGGACACAAAGAGGGCACGUAAAGCGGCGUCAUGUCGCAAAAUCGAAAGAGAAAUGCGAGCCUACAUGUCAACGCAUCCUUUUCUUUGUAAGAAAAUAUUGUUUUCUUUACCGUUCGACACCAAAUACACUUACUGAAUGUGCAAAUAUUGUUGUUGUUACUAUGAAUCAUCUGAUGGCACAAGCCCUAUGGAUAAAAUACAGCCUAUCGCCCGAAACGAUAAAAAUAAAAAUGGCACGAUAGACAUUUUCUAUCGUGCCCACGGUAUCUAUCGUCCAGCACUACUUCACAUACUGGUGGAGUUAUUUUGUUGUUCGAGGACGAGGCUGUAGAAGUAAAAAUUAGUUUUUUGGAGUUUCUGUUUCACUCGAGUCAUGAGUCAUUUCCCCUUAGAUCUUGAUUUUUUUUCUUUUUGUAUAUCCACAGAUAUCCAUCAGUUUGCAGCAGCUGUUUCCUUGAUUUCUUGUUGCUUCAAUUUCUAAUCAGGUGGUGUGUGUUUCUGGAUGAGAUGCACUGACUAAUUUCCUCCUCAUUCAACAGAAAUUGAAUUGAAUUGCAGGUUAAUGUCCACAUGGCUUUGGUGACUACUCAUGAGUUGUAUGCCAGUUUAACCAGACACAGCUCUACAUACUCUUAAUCUCAAUUUCUACUUCAAAUAUACUGUGAGAUGUCAUCUGCCAUGUGAGCUUGUUUAUAUUACAGCAUUGAUGCAGAAGCUGGGUUACAGUUCUGGCUGGUUGUGGGUGACUGUGCUGCAGCUUUUACAUGAUAUAUGAUCAGUAUUUUGAGAUAAAAUUGUGAAUAAUUGCUUAACUGACUCUUGUAAUUCGAGUGCCGAUUAAAUUCACUCAUCUCUAGUGCCAAUGGCUCGCAUACAGACUCUAAAACACCAGGUUUUCACACUUUGCAUAAGUCUGUAUUUUGCAGACUUGACCCUAAGACUGGCCCAGAGUUCAUUAAGAACUUGUGGCUGAAAAAAGGUGAUUUUCCCCUGCUUCAUGUUUGCAUAAUGAAGAGGAGUUCAAUGAAGGAGUUCAGGAGAGGUACUGACGCAACCUUAACCACAUGCUUUGUCCUUUUGCCUCCUGCUAUAAUCUGCUGCAUUAUGAACAUGUUCAUCAAUUCCAUUUGGAAAAUGUUCAAAUUCAUUCUUUAAAUGGCUGAAAUAAAAGCGCUGGUGCAGAGCUGUAAUUACUGGAGCUGACCACCGGUAACUAUUCAAAGGAUUCUGCCCUUCGGAACAAAAUGUAGUUAAUAAAAGAGCUACAGGAGAAACAAAAACACCAACUAAUCUCUAUCCAAAAAUUUGUGCUUUUCUCUUUUUAUUGUUUUAUUCAGAAGUUUAUUAGUGACAUUGAGUUGUUGCCAUGGAAGCAUGGCGAUAAAAGCACCUAGAAAAAGGUAAUCACAGAUUCCCAGAGCACUUCCCUGAACAUUUGAGACGAAUUUAAAAUCUCUAUUUCAACAUUAAAAUGUAAUUAUGAUGAAUAAAAGUAAAGGUCAACAAGUGUAGUGUGAUUGACUGGAUGUUGUUUCCCUUAUUUUACAACCUUUAUGUGAUGAAAAUGCUUUUAUAAAUACAUGAUUAUAUCUUUUAUUUCAGUAAUAUUCACUGCUAAAUAUCAAAUUGCAGGUAAGAGUUUCACAAUAAAUCACUAUCAGAAUCUUUUUGUUCGUGUGUAUUUAAGCCCUCAAGCAUAAAAAACAAUUACUGAAUUUAUAAGAGGAUAACAAAGGAUGUGUCCCAGCCCAGGGGCUACCCUGCGGGGGACUGUGGAGGCCUGUGUACAUCAGUCAGGCCGAUCUGACUUGAGACGGUCUUCCCUUCUGAAGAUUGCAUUUGCUUUUGAAGUUGUGUCGUUUCUGCAUUUUCGACACGUUCCUCCUUAUGAAGAUCAUUCGAACUGUUGCAGUCGACCCUGACAUCUCGCUGUGCUGGUUAUUUCUUAGAGAGAAGGCAAAUACAUUCACCACAUUUACAACGAAUUUUGCCUUUUUAAAGAAAAAAACACAUCCAAUGAAAAGUAACAAACCCAUCAAAUCACAUCUGAUGACUGAGCCACGUCUGAGCAGUUAGGGGGCCGGUGCACUCUGGUUGCCCCUGGCAACGUCUAAAGCUUCAUAGAAAUACUCUCUGACAUUUACAGCCGCGCUCUAAUUAGGCCGCUGUGUGGAGGUGAGAAAGUCAGCGGGUUCAAACUCUUACAACAAGACAAUCUCUCUCACUUUGCUUUGAACUGUGAGGUUUAACGUUAUGAAUGACAGCACAUCCUAAAAAUCCAAUUCAUUUUAUUUAGAUAGCAAACGCAAGAUUUCCAAAGUGCGGCACAGCAAGAUGAAAAUACAAUAAAUAACACAACGGUAGCACAAUAGACAGGGUGAAAUAAAAUAAAACACAGUAAAAUCAAAUAAAAACUAAAACAGUAAAUAAAAUUAAUAAAAUAGAAUAAAUAAAGUCAACCUCCUACAUCCUGAAGGUCUCUCCAGGUCAGACCCGGGUCUAUAAAAUGGUUUUACUUCAGUUCUGUUGAGGCAGGUAGUUUCACUUCACUGAUAGUUCAGUUCAUUAAAACUUACAGAUGACUUUCUAAAGAGAAGUCACUUACACGGUUGUCGAGUGGAGGCGGGAAAAGAUGUGAUUAAAAAACAAAACAAGCAUAUUCAACAUAAACAUAAUAAUUGGAUUCUGCUUGUUGAAGACAACUAUGUUUGACUCUCAUUAUGACAUUUCCUUUUAUCUGUGAUAAACCGAAGCUUAAGUGAAAGCCAAUUUAAUUUCCAUUUACUGCAAAAAAAAAAAAAAAGAGAAAGCAGAACUCUGAUAAAUGAAGACAUUACAGGUUUAUUUCUUGAAGCUGAAUUUUCAGAGUGUAAACUGACUUCUUCUCACUCUUCUUCUUCUUCUCUAAGUAGAUGAGGUGUGUCCACCUGACUGGGACGGCCUUAUAUGUUGGCCCCACGGCUCCCCUGGACAGGUCACCAAGGUCCCCUGCCCGUCUUACAUCUAUGACUUCAAUCACAAAGGUUAGAGGCUGGGAGUUUCCUCUUUACAUGUCCAAUGAUCAAAACUAACUAUGAAAUUACAACAUUACCUCUAUUUGUAGCGUGUUUUACUUAAAGUUUAUACUCUUUGCAUGCAUUUUCAGUUUUAGGGUUACAGCAAUGGAAACAAACUGAACCAAACCACCUGUUUCUCUCCACUGAACGACAGAUCUGUGAUGCAGAUAACAUAAUUGGCGAAUAUUCAAGAGACCAAAUAGGAACCAGCAUGCAGAGUAGGAUAACCGAACCAAAACAGCUUAAUUAAGUCCAGCCAUAUCUCAUUGAUUAUUUACAGUUGUACAUCUUUUCUUGUCUGACUCCCUCGUCUGUUAGAAAGCUCUAUAAGGAUAAUGAAACUGAGAUUUUCAGUGUUAAAAAUGCGACAAAUGACUGCGGGGAGUCAGUUCUUGUUAGUCAUGAUCAGUCUGUGUAGAAAGAGUUGAAAACAGACUUUCAUGUCUGCCAACUAUGAGAUAAAAAAACAAAAAACCACCCUAAUGGUCGCUGAUGUAUCACUCUGGUGCAGUCAAAGCGCGUGCAGGUGUCACACCCUCUCGCUCGAUUAACCAAUUAGAGAUAAUGAACCCCACAUCUGCUGGUUCAGUCUCGUUCAUGUGUUUCUGAGUCAAUACCUGUAGUUUGCGUGUGUUAAAAUAACCGAACACAUGCACCUACAUGACCUCCCUGUGUAUAUAUGUGGGGAUGUGUUUGCAGGUCAUGCUUACAGGAAAUGUGACGUCAACGGCUCCUGGGUGUUUGUGGAUCGCUGGAACAAAACGUGGACUAACUACUCGGAGUGUCUGCGUUUCCUUCAGCCCACCGACGAGGAGGGAAAAGUGAGUGUGUCUGUGAAGUACUGGAUCAGAAGCACUUAUAUGCGUAGAUAUGUUACCACAGAUUGUUAGCAUAUGUUACUGUCAAAGUCUCGAAUCCCAAAUACUGGCUGAUGAGGAGUCUGAGGAGCCGAAUUGAAAAACACCAGAUGUUCUGCAGAAUGUUGUGUACGAACACCUAUAGCAAAGUUGGUAAGAUGUUAGAGUUCAAACUCACCCCACUCACCUCUUGCUUGCAUAUAAAUCAACAGCUGCCACCGUCCUAUAAAAACUCUAUUUUUCACGAUGAAUCAGUCUCAGCAUAAGCGAACUCGUUACCUGCAGCAGACCCAUUAGGAAAACAUUUUGUGGGACUUCAAAGCUUCAGAGAGAGCGAUAACAACCAAGUGUCAGGCUUUUCUGUCUGAUCUAUUACACGGCUGUGGUCAGUGCUUGAUUCUGAUUGGUCAUUACAUAGCCACAGUUCAUAACAACAAGUUGAAGUCUGGUUAAUUUGACCCUCCGGUUCGACACAAGACAUAAGACGAAAAGAGCGCUGACGCAAGUUUGAGACACAGAGAAAUCCAUCAAGUCGAUGAUGAAUGAAGCAAGCACUUCACAGAUCAGGGUACUGGAUACAGAGGUGAUUAAGGGGUGAUCAAUGAAGUCGAAAAAUCUCCAGGACUCUGACAGUAUCAAUAGUGACUGGAAACUCAGUUUAAUUGAAGUAUCAGCGAAGACCUUAGCUCAAGACGGCUGUAGAGUUCACCUUUUUUAGUGGGCACUAACUGGGAUUUUAACUUUGAAACUCGGUUGAAAACAGGAUAAGAUUAGCUCUGAAAGUACUUUUUAACUAGCUAAGAUGUGGUCACGAGUCACGGAAAAAGUUUUUUUUUUCUUUAUAAUUUGGAAAGUUGGUUUGUCUUGUCAUUUUUCAUUGUCCUACAAAAAUUAAAAGUUCAUUUUGGACUGUGUGAUGUUAUCAGGAAGAUAAGACUGGGCAAUGAAUUAAAUUCUAAUUUAAUCACAAUUUUGGCCAAUCAUAGUUGUGAGAAUAAGAUAAUUGAGAUUCAGUGAUACGGACUCUGACAGUAUUAACAGUGACUGGAAACUCAGUUUAAUUGUAAUAUCAGCAAAGACCUUAGCUCAAGAUCAGCCUGGCUCAAGAUGGCUGUAGAGUUCACCUUUCCUAUUGGGCACUAACUGGGAUUUUAACUUUGAAACUCGGUUGAAAACAGGAUAAGAUUAGCUCUGAAUGUUUUCAAGUACUUUUUAACUAGCUAAGAUGUGGUCAGGAGUCACAGAAAGAGAUUUUUUUUCUUUAUAAUUUGGAAAGUUGGUUUGUCUUGUGGGGUGAAAAGAGGUUGGAUGUCAUUCAUUGUCCUACAAAAUUAAAAGUUCAUUAUGGACUGAAAGAUAAGACUGGGCAAUUAAUUAAAUUCUAAUUUAAUCACCAUUUUGGCCUCCCACAGUCUCACGGCGGUUAAGAUUUAGUGAUACGGUUCGCCUCAUCUCCCUACAUCAUGAUAUCCAGUGAUGUUAGAGGACAAGGACUAAAGUCACUGUUGUCUCUGAGGUACAGAAGGUGUGUAACCCCCUUUAUUUCAGCUCAGCAGGGUCCAAAACAACAGCCUGAGACACCGCCAAGCAUCUGUGCAGCCUCGCAUGCAUGCACACUCUCACACAGAAAUCCCUUUUUUUUUGGGUUGUUUGGUAUCCUUAAACAUUAUUCUCAGUGCCGCUGUGUGCUAAGAUAUCGCCUUUGGCCAGACGUUUUAGAUAGUUUAAUUAAGGCCCCCCGAGUGUGAGAGACUACCUUAGCAGAACAUUGAUUCAUUAGCUCAUUAGCUGAAUAACAACAUCAUCCUUGGCUCACCUCACCAGGCUGAAGGAAUACAAGUGGUUAAAAUAAGUGUAGUCUGAAGUACAGCCUCACAAAUAGAGUGAUAGAGACAUUUGAGGUGGACCCCAUGGCUGGUUUGGGCAUCUAUAAGGAUUCCUUGUGUCCAACUUGAAGAGACCUCAAGGUCGACCCAAAGUCUGAUAGAGGGAUGACAUUUUCUCUUUGGUCUGUGAAACUUUUGCUCACCUAGCCUGCUGGCGCCAUGACUCAGCCCUGGAUAAACAGGAGAAAAUGCAUGAAUGAAUACACAGUGAAUGGGUUAUUAUCGCCGAGAAACCCACAGGAGGAGGCGUACCCUGAUGUGAUCGCCCUGAAGAUAUGACUCUGAAGUUACCCCUAACUUUGAAAUCAGACCUUUGUUAAACUAUUUUGAGCGGUCACGACCUUGAGAUAGCCAUCCAUGCUCAAAUUCAAGAUUAGACUAUUGUAACGCGCUUUAUGUUGGCUUCUCCUAAUCAUCUCUUAGUCGCCUUCAACUUGUCCAAAAUGGUCUUUUAACUAACUCGAACAGACGUGAGCACAUCACUCCUGUCCUUAGCUCCCUUCAGUGGCUUCCCGUCUCUUUUAGGAUUGAUUUUAAACUUUUAAUGUUUGUUUUUAAAGCUCUUAACGACCUCACCCCCAUCUAUUUAACUGAGCUUUUAACCGUUCGGGAGGCGUUUAGAGCUCUGAGAUCGUCAAACUGACUUCUGCUGGAGGUGCCCAGGUCAAAACACAAACACUGGAGUGACCGAACCUUUUCAGUCGCUGGUCCCAGGCUCUGGAAGAAGCUCCCCUCCGAAAUGAGACUUAUUUCCGACCUGGGUCUUAUUCUUUUGUUAUUGCUUUUAUUGUUUUUAUUUAUUCAUUUUUAUUUUCUAUGUAUUGUAAAGUACUUUGGUUCACCGAAAGGGUCGUUGUAAAGGGCUGUAUAAAUAAAGAACAUUUACAUUUACUUACAGACUUUGUAUAGGCUUCUGUGACGCUGUGCCCCAAAUAUAAUCAGCUGCACAUGCAUCACUCAUGUCCAUAAAUGUAGUUUAUUCUUUUAUUUCUAUCACACUGCUCAAAAUGAGUCUAAAAAUGUUCCUCUGAAAACAUCCACGGUAAUUCAUCAGACUCCAUCCUCCUAAAACAUGAUUCAUCUUUUAUUUCGAGGAUAAAAAUCAAAGUCAAGAUUAUUUCACACGUUUGAUUCCCAAACCAAAACACGACUUGUUUCAGAUUUUUAAUAUGGACGGCUUUGAAGAGCAAAAUAAUGGAACAUUUGACAAGAGAUAAUGUUUGUGAAUAAUAAUGACUGAUUAUUGAAAUUCAGAGAUAAAUCAUAAUUACUUUGUUUGACAGCUCUGAGACAAAUAUGACAAAAGGCAAAACAAGCUUUCAUCCAAACACUUCUCUGGCCGUUGAUAACAUUGUAAUGAAAAACAGGCAAAAAGUAAUUAGAUAUUCUCAAAGCUGCAGCCGCUUUUCGUUAAAGGUAUCAGGUAAACCCUCUGACUUUUUCAGACGGCGUUAUCUGUGAUCUAAAAGGUUGUCCUUUAACAUCCUUUAUGUGGUCUCUAGUUUGAAAGCCUUUGCAAAGCCCUUCAUCUGUCGCAGAUCAAGGGUUUAAGACGGCCACAGACAGACAUGCUCAGACUUCGUGAUCCAAAGUUUGUUUUUCACAAAGUUCAGAGUAAACAAACCCUGAGUCAUGUGUGUUUCACAUACAAACCGCAUUAAACAGUUUUUCUCUCUGUCUUUCACAGCAAGACUUCUUUGAGCGGCUGUACAUCAUGUACACCACAGGCUACGCCGUGUCUUUUAGCUCUCUGCUGGUGGCGAUCUUCAUCAUCGGAUACUUCAGGUAAGAGAGGGAUUGCUCAUUCUUGUAUUUUGGGCGGAGGUGGGGGAAAGUCCUUAUGUUGCAAGUGCAAGUCGAGUCUCAAGUCUUGGCUCUCGAGUCCGAGGCAAGUCCAAGUCCUUUGCUCUCAAGUCUCAAGUCAAGUCCAAGUCCUUACCGUUUCUUUUUAAGUCAAGUCAAGUCAUAUCAAAGCCAUAAACCAUUUGUUAUAUGUAAAGAUUUACAUAAAUCAUGAGCAUUUUUCACUAUCUGCAUUUAUUAUUAAACAAGGGUUUUUGUUUGUGUUAAGUUACAUAGUGCAGCUUUAACCAAACUAUUUUACAUGUCAUACAGAAAAUAAUCAGAUAAACUUUAAUGAUUGGAAACUUAGACAAUGUGCACAAAAAUAAGGAAGACUCAAAUACAAGUAAACAUUAAACUGAUACUUUAAUUCACUGUUCCAAAACAAAACAAAAGAGAGACACAAGGAAACACGUGGAAACAGGCGGGCAAUACUAGCGAGCGAUUUAUGUUCAGUCCUCCCGGUGUUGUCGUUAUGAGGGAGGCUAGAGUUUGAGACAGUGUUGCCAAGUUUCGUGAGAGAAAUAAGGAAACAGACCUCCAGAAACAAGACAAAAACAAGUGAUUUUUUUUGCGGGAAAUAAGCAGACUUGGCAACACAACACGUUGUUACAAACGGCCGUAAUUUCUGACUAUUAGUUGAUGCAACACUUUUUAAACGGUUUGGGCUUGCUGUAAGGUAUUAAGGGACUUGAAAAGACUUGAAAAGACUUUUCAAGUCACUGGGCUCAAGUCAAGUCAAGUCUCAAGUCUUUAGCAAUCAAGUCCCAAGCAAGUCCAAGUUAUUUCUUGAUCAUCAAGCAAGUAAAAAAAAAAAAAAAGUCGAGUCUCAAGUCGAGUCGUCAAGCCCCCACCUCUGAUUUUGGGUGAUUUUUGUAAAACAUUUUAAGUGUAGCCUAACAAAUUGAGUCACACAGCAGAAAUACGUCCUCCAUUGUGUCUUUGUAUUCAGACCAGGUUAUUGUCACUUCCUGCAAUUAUAUCAGUGUUUUGAAGCUGAAAUGAUACAAUUUUUAUGCUAUCCGGCGAUUUCUGAAAUACCAGGUGGCUCAUUCUGUGUUGUCUGCGUCUCUCUCAGCUGUGUUUUUGUAUCCGCUGAUAUACCAAUUUUAUGCUACUUCCAAACCCUGCACCUCGCUGUGUUUAAAAUGACAAAAUUGAGGAAGCUCAAGGAUUCAUUGUGCAGAUUUACAAAUAAUGGGCAGCUGUAAAUAUGAAACUUGCGGUGUAGUGAGCGCUGAGUGGGAACAAAGGACGCAAAAUCAAAAGCAGCUGGUGAAGGCCUGAAAGAAAAAGAGGAAAUGUGAAAGAUACCACAUUAAUAAUUCGUAUCCUGGUAAACACGGUUAUGUGCAACAAAAACCUGAAAUAUAAUGAUUUGUAACGAGGAAUAAUGAUUGUGUGCUCAUCAUCCCUACUUGUCGGUCAUUGUUGGAUCAAUUCAGACCCCAGUGAGGAAAUAAAAGCUGAGCUUAUGCUGCGUUUCAGUCACCUCGGAGGUCGGAUGUCAGAGCUGGGAAUGAUGCUAAACCGUAGUUGAUGGCGUUCCAGUUAACAAGUUGGAAAACCAAGAUGGACACCUACUGUUAGCCGUUGUUAGCUGUCGUUUACAAUUGUCAGCUAUCGUUAGCUGCUGUCAGUUGUUGUUAGCGGUUGCCAGCAGUUGUUAGCUAUACCAGUGGUAAACAAUGCACAACACAGUUUUUUACUCUUACAAACACCAUAGCACCGUGUUCACAGUUAGACGUUGGGCAGUACUACAUAAACUAGUGAUGGACACAGCAGUUCUUUUAGAUGUACUGAAUGGCUAGAAUCAGUUCAUUAAAAAGAUUCAUUCAGGAACCUGCAACUCCAACUUCCUGAACUGAUACACAGCUAAACGGUUCAGGAUUCAGUUCAAUUCAUGGCGUCUGGGACCGGUAGACAAGAGUGUUGAGGCUGUGUUGUUUUGACAAACUGGUUUGUAAAAAUGAACUUGUUUAUAAAUCAUGAGGUUUUAAGUGUACUGCCCAAUGGUACGCUUGUUGAUUACUCGGUAAAUUGAGUGAGUGAUUCGUUCACUGAACGUUUGCCCCACAGUACAUUCAGUAAAGAGUUCACACUGAACAUGCACAGUUCCCUUGCAAAUCGCCGCAAUGACAGGAUCAGUCACGCAUUUCUCAAACUGCAGGUUUAUACACAACUUGUUACAUCCUGUGGCCCACUAAAUCUGUUAGAACAACGGGGAACAGUGGCCAUAUAAGUGUAUCCCUCAAACAAAAAUGAUUCCAGAGAGUGUCGUUCACUGCAUGAUUUGUUCACCAAGUGACUCAGGCCUUGGUGUGUGCGGUCUCUCGCUCGCCGGCUGCUCACCUGGCGAAGCUGCGUGCUGUGGCAGCUGCGUUGCCGACAGCUCAACUGAAGUGAGAAAUGAAUGAAUCACUUAACAAAGUGAUUCGGUUCAGUAUGUUCACUUUAAAGAUUCGGUUCUUUUGAACGAAUCAUUCACGAACGACACAACACUAACAUAAACCAUUUAUUUAAUUUUACAAAAACGAAACAGAAGUGCUGAUAAAUAAUACAUUACGAGAACUUUUACUGUUACUCUUUGAUGCUCUGCGCUGCCAUCUUGGAUUAUGACGUUGUCGUCAAGUCGGGGUUGGUGAGGAUCGGCCGACUUUCCGAGUCAGAAGUCCGACUUCAGGGGGGCGUUCCAGAUGAAUUUCCGACUCAGAGCUCAGAAAUUCUGACUUCUGAGUACAACUGGAACGCUGCAUUAAUGUCUGUUUCUGUGUUUCCCACUUUCAGGGUCAAAGCUAUUUUACGUGUAGCAAAAGGUCAACCCAAGCACAUAUACAACAAAGUUUUUCUAGUUCUCCAAAAGUUUCUCCCUAACUUUUUAGUUCCUCAUAACUUUUUAGUUCCUAAGAUGUUAAAACCAAUCAUUCAGAAAUCAGUCAGACGUAAAAGCAAGGUUGUUUUCUUCUCAGCGCAAUCGUUUUCAGGGCUGUGUGUGGGAACAGGAACAGGUGGCGGAAUGCCAAAAAGAGUUACGAAAAUAUUUGAAAGGAAAUAUUUGAGAAUAGAUUUAGUUAUGCUACCUUGGCUACAGCUUUUUCCUUUUUCCCCUCGGAGUUUCUAAAAGUUGAUAGACUUGAGCAUGAAAAGCUGAUUUUAAUGCAGUGACCCAUGUUGUUAUCUAGAGCAUACAGAGAAAAUGACUUAAGGGAGGGGAGAGGAGCCAACGGGCGCUUCAGUCGAAAUCAGCCAGAGUUCUCUGCAUCCCCACAGCUGGGUUACACAUUUAAUCACUAAUCAUAAUACUCAGCAUAAUUACACAUUUCUAAAACCUCUUUGAGCGACUCCUUCUGCAGCCCGAGGAGCAAGUGUUGUUCGUUGAUUAGACACAAAGUCGAGUGUUCAGCUGUGAGAGGAUUAUUGAAGAAAUAUGGAAUCAAUACAAAUUUAUUAAAAGCCAUUUCAAUCGUAAUUGAGGUACAAAAAGAUGGAUAUUUCUUUGUGAAGUGAUUCUUUAGGGGAAUAUUGUGUCGGUGUUAAGGGAUUGCAGAUAUUUAACCCUGUGUGUCAUUAUCAGAGCAAGGCGGUUAGUAAAAACACCUGCGCUUGUUGCAGAUUACUGGAGCGGGUGUUUCGGAUAAGGAGAGAUUUUAAGGUGGAUAAUUGAUAAUUGAUCACACGGACAAAGAAAAGCAAUCAGUCGUGAAGCUCCCAGUAAAAAGUUUUCAUAUGUUUAUGGUUGAUAAAUCUCAUUAAACUCCACCUUAGUGAAAGUUACUGAAGUGUGAAAUUAUUCUGGAUAUCUUAUCAAGCAUCAGAAACUCAAAAGUGUUUGGAAAUAGAUGAAUAUUUGUUCAUUUCACAUUAUUAUACUUUAUUAUUUUUGAAAUAAAUAUGACUAAUACAUAAGUAACUUACGUACGUAUGAGACUUUAGGGGGUCGCUUGUCUCACUGGUUGGUUGUCAAAUUUCUUAUAACAGCCAAACAGUAACCUUGUGUGUCUGAAGUGAUGAUUAUUUCUUUUUGUUGAUGAGAGAAAACACUUUUGUGUGUUAAAAAGGUUCAGAGCGGUUUGUCCUUUCAUAAUCCAAUAGUUAUUAUAAAGUGGAAGUUGAAGUCUCCCAGAUUAUCGGUUAACAGGAGAGAGAAGCAGUGCAGGCAUUUUACUGAAGAACACCUGAGAUCGGUCCUCUGGGAUUUAAAACGCCAACCUCCUGAUACGCUGAUAGAUGUUCCUCUCUUGAAAGAAUAAAAAGGUCUCCAAGGAUUCAAUUAGAGCAAAGGUUGACCUACAGUUGUUGUAGUUUUGUCUGCUGGAUGCACCAGCAUGCUGAGAGCAUCUCCAGAGCUUCAGUGGAAGCAUCAAUGUCCCUGAGGAAUAAUUUCUCACCUUUAAAUCAGGCUCAGCUUGAGUGAAUGUGACAUCUAUACUCUCUACAUCUACGUCUCCUGGGGUUGGUUAUUUCCAUUUGACUUUGCUCUUGUGAAUGCUUUUUGUGUUUCCUGCAGGCGUCUUCACUGCACCAGAAACUACAUCCACAUGCAUCUGUUUGUUUCCUUCAUGUUGCGUGCGGUCAGCAUCUUCGUGAAGGACAAAGUUGUUCAUUCCAGCGCCGGACUGCAGGACUUUGAUUCAGCCUUGUUGGACAACCUGAAAACCGUCAGCAUGGCACCACUGGACAAGUCUCAGUAUGUAAGUACCGGUUAUUUAACCCCCUACCAUACACAUAGAUAACUCUUGAAUACACCCCUUGUUUCCUCGCCCUUUUAUUUGAAAAGCCAAGAUGAAAAAUUAUGUAUUUAUUUACUUUUUUUUCUGUUUUGGCAUUUUCAGUUUGAACAUAAACAAAUCACAUGUUGAAUAAAUGUACAUGAUUAAUCCCCCCAGUCCCUCCCUCACCACCCCAUGUUCCCAGAUCCUCUAAAAACAGUAUAAAGUCAAAAGGAAAAUAAUAAAUAAAUAAUAGAUUACACACAAGUUAUCCUGAACAUACAAUUUAAAGAAAGGGUAUUGCAAAAAAAAAAUAAUAAUAAUAAAAAAAUAAAUAAAUAAAUGGGUUCAGAAAGAGAAAUACAAAUGAAAUUGAAAUAUUAAGGAAGAAAAAAAUACAUAUAGAUAAAUAAUUUAUUUACUUUUGUUUAUUUGUGUAAAAAAACCAAAUAUUUAACAAUAAGGAACAAGACAAUCUCAUAGUUGUAAAUAGAAUUACUAAAAGCACAAUCUAGACCAGAUGUCACCAACAGACUCUAAUCCAGAUCUAAACCAAGAUGCUGUCCCAAAUCGAACUCUCUGAUCUUGAGAAAUUGAGCCAACUUGGUGAGAGUGGUCUGAACUCCAACGAACUUUAGAAGCUCCGUUUGGAAAUUCUUUGGAUUUUGGGCAGACGGUAAAAAUGCAGAGCAAGAUCAAGUUAUAUGCAAGCUGUGUAAGCUAGAUAUUCAAAUAUGUCAGAACCUACAGUAUGUGUUAUUUUUAGAACGAAAAUCCCUGCGCUAUAAAACGACAGAGCAGGGAUGGAGGUGAGAGAGAGGGACUGACACAAACCUGGGCUGUCCACUUGAGAUUAGGUGCAUUUUUGGGAAUGCACUUAGACCAUAAAACCAGUGCCCCCCUAACAUUAAAUUUUCCAUUUUCAUAAGCAAACCUUUAUAACAAGAAUCGUGCUGCUUUCCUUGCCUUUGUGGUUGACAUUUCAGCAGCCCAAGAAAGUGAGUGAUUGCUGCAGAUGGCUGCAUGUGAUGCUUCUCAGAUAAACAGAUUUUUUUAUAUCAUCAGGCCUGCUGAGAGGGACUGUAAACAGCAGCAGCAAAUAAGAGUGUCCUUUAAAAUGAUUCACAGUGCAUCAUAACAAGAAUAGACGGGUUGUUAUUAUUCCCACAGGCUGGUUAAACCGCUUUCCCUUUUGUGUUUGAUACUCAGACAUUAAAAGUGUCACUGUGAACUUUCAGUAUGAGUCAAAUCAUGUCUGAGAUGACUCCAGCCAAACUAAAACUUGCUGCUCUCACUCAAAGGCAAAAGCAAUCAAUUGAUGAUUAUCAACAGACAGAUUUGAGCUAUGUGGAAUUGACUCGUGCAGAAUGCGGCAGCUCGCCUCCUUUCUGGCACCAAGAAGCGUGAGCACAUAACUCCAGUGCUCUCUUCUCUACACUGGCUUCCAGUUAGGUACAGGAUCGUUUUUUAAGAUUCUUUUAUUUGUUUGUAAAUCUCUGAAUGGGCUGGCCCCGGAGUACCUGGCUGACUAUGUUAAGCUACACCAACCCUCCAGAGCCCUUAGGUCUGCUGACCGAGUCGUCUUAGACUUGCCUCGUUCGUUUUUAAAAUCCAGAGGGGAGCGAGCGUUUGCGGUUGCAGCUCCCACUUUGUGGAAUGCACUUACCCCUAAGUGUGCGUACUGCAAAUAGUCUCUCUACUUUUAAAACCCAACUGAAGACGCACUUGUGCACCUUAGCUUUUGACGGAGUAUGAUACUUGUAUUGGUUAUUGUUGGGUCUAAAACCUGCCCAAAUACCUGAUAACAUAUAAAGAAGAGAAAGACAAUGGUAUAUACUCGAGGAGAAUGGACAGAGAUAGUAUCAGGUACAAUCUCGAAACCACUCUGAAGGUAUUUCCGCCCAGUCUCUUUCUUUAGGGUUGUCCCUGGUUACACAAUGUUACUAAAGGAUGGGGGAAAAAUAUGUGCAGCAACGUAAGCACUCUCAUAAAACAUAAUUAUGAACAACAGAAAAUAUGUGAGGGUCAAGGCGACAUUGUUGACAUUAAACGAGCUCCUUCUGAUAGGAGCGGAUCCUCCUCUGUCUUCCACGAUUCACAGUGGAGGAUACAUCACACACACACCUGCUGAUAGGAGAAACGAGGUCACAGAGAAGUUAAGAAAAACUCAUGUGCUGUGUAAAAGCUAUUGGAGAGAGAAGUUAGAAAACACUCUUAUAUGAUGUGUAACAAGAGGUUAAAACAGUUCAUACUUGUAACAAACUUACAUAAGAAUUUGAGUAAGAUGAUAACUUCUAUAUACAUUUAUACACAUUAUUCUGACAGUUAUAUAUUUCUUUUUAUUUACAUUUGUAUGUUACAUGUUUUUUGUUGUUGCUGACUUGCUUUUAUUGCUACUGCUUUGUUAUUGUAAAGCACUUUGGUAGGCCACUGGCUGUUUAAAUGUGCGAUACAAAUAAACUUGACAUUGACUCAUACAGUAAAUUCAAUAUCGUGAUGUUCCCGACCUUGACUCGAUUGGCAGACCCCUGGAUUAGACCCCCUAUUGUUAGUAAUGUUCCUCUAUAUGGUUUCAGUCCAUCUCUACUCAGUGUUAGAGAAACUGUACAGCCAAACUUGACCAAACAAACAAGUUUUAAUAUUUGAUAGAGAGGGAAUCUGUUGACAGAGCCCAGACUAAUAAACAUGCAGGUGAAUGUACUGCAGUUUGUGUUUUGACUCACAAUCAUGUUUGUUUAUGUGUUCAAGCAGAUACAGAUGUUUGGUCAGGCUGUGCUGUGUCAUGAGACUUACUCUGUUUGUUCCGUUAAAUCAGACUCGCUGCUUGUUUGCCAGUUUUCAGCGCCUCAUUCCCGGACAUCUGAAGGUCUCUGCCCACCGACAACAGCACUCUGGGAUGGUUAGAUUAGAAAUGUGAAAGGGUUUUAUAACACCCGACGUGGGAUAUAAGCACAAGGCUAACUUCUGACAAUGCCAUCUGACAACCAUGACAUUUUCAUCUCAGCUUAAAAGACCAAAAAGCCGCCUGAGUGUCAGCAUUUGUGUCUGACUCGGAGCACUCGCUGGCUUCAUGAAGUUCAUUAAAAAAAAAGCGCGUGUGACAGCAGUCCCGCUGAAAUCAUCAGCCUCACUCAGAGCCAUGAAAAAUGUCUCUUUAAUGUUCGGUCACAAGCUUUUAGACACGAUUUCAAAUAUGCAGUUAACUCCCAAUCAAUGAAUACUAAUCUCUCUCUUUUUGGUGCCCUGCGUGACAAUAAUUAAACACAUCUUUUGCAUCAAAGUGUAACAAAUUUCUGCAAAUGACUCGACUUUGGUGUCUUGAUGAUGAUGAUGCAGAUUGGAAAUCGCCAAAAAACGCUCACAAAGAGAGUUAUCAGUAAUGCAGUAAUGUUUUUCUUACUGCAGAGAUCAACUUGGACGACAUCCAUGAGCGAAGCUUUUGGUUCAAGCGUAACUGAGUGUGAUUUAGAGAGUCUUUAGCUCAUUAAAAAAACAUCUUUAAGAUACAGCUGGAUUUCCUCUACUAAAGCCCAGAGUACUUUAAGCAACAUUUUACUCCGUGCACUCAAUUAUGUAGCUCUGGACAAAGUGGUUUGCAAUUUAGCACUUCGUUUUUUAAUAGUUCUGACACCUACUGUAGUGGCCAGUAAAGAAAAGGGUUUUAACACCAGAUUUUAAAGGGAGUAAUUGCAACAAAGAAAAACUAAUUUGUGCGACAGAGUCUGAUAGAAGCGAACAACAAAACACCCAAAAGCAAACAAUAAAAAAAAUAGAAAAACACGAGGGAGAAAGCUGAUAAAUCUGCAUAAACACAUCCACACAAGAAGCAAAGGUUAAGGCCAAUCUGGUGUUGUUGAACGAAACGCAGAAGUGUUAAAAACUUCACUUUCUUAAGAGCUGAGUCACAACUUUAAAGCAAAACAAACCUUGAAUGUUGAAAAUAAAACCAGUGUAAUUGUCCGUGCCCACACACCUCUGUGCGUCCUUGGUGUUGGAGUGGAUGUACACGCAAGAUAUCCACCCAGACUUUAAAAGACAUCCCAAAAGAGGAGGAGAACAUUUUAUUACAACAAUGAAAACCAACAAAAACCAUGGCAACAGUGGAGGAGGUAUUAAUAAUGAACCUGUUAAAACAAAAGAGGAAAAAUCAGAGGCAGCUCUGCAGAUAGUGGUGGAUUCCUAAUAUUUUUCGACAUGUCGGCUGGGAAUUUCAACAAAGUGCGAUGUUGUAUUUUGUGUUUUACACUGUCUGUGGUUUGCCCUAUUGGCUUAACUGUCCCCACGGUUACCAGAGGUGAAAUAUUAACAAAAUGAACACAGAAGGCUCUAUCUGUAAGUUUUAAUGAGUCUCUUGUCUGUAGAACUUCAUACUUUACGCCUUAAUGAGUGGCAGCAGUACAGAGAGAAGACUUUUUUAGCUCACGGCCAAAAAACGCUUCAGUUGUCAAGUGGAAGAGAUCCAAUACAGCUGCGAGCUUUAGGACAGACUCUUCUCACUCCUGCCAAAACUGGGGAUCAUGCAACAAUAGUUACUUGUCACACAAAUGAUGAGAAGUUAAGAGAAACAACCUGAGAAUCAAAAAGAAAUCUCCUUUUUGUGAAAGUUACUCCCUGUCUUUGUCUGAGGCAUUCCUUUUUUCCGCAGUCAUCUUGUUAAUUUGCUGCUUAUCCGAUGCUUACAGCUGACAAAGACAUACAUGCAUUGUCUCAAUGCAUUGUCUCUCAAUUAUAGACGUACUUUUCCAAAUAUAGAGAUUUAACAGGAAAUAACAAGGUGCUUUAAAUAUGUUUCCCGUCAUUCUGACUGUCUUUGUCGCUACUUAAUGACUGCUCUCAGUGAUACUAAUGAAGACAACAAAUGGAAAGUGAGCAGAAGUUAACAAGCUGAAGAAAAAGUUAACAGUAGCAGGAUAAAUUUAGAUACUCUGGCUACUUUCAGCAACAAAUACAAAAGAGGAAGAGAAGAGAUUUUCAGCUCUUUAAUGUCAGACCAGAGGAAAGAUUAAAGAUGUGUCCAGUCUGCAGUGAGAGUUGCAUAACCGUGUGGUGGACCCUCCAUUAGAGGACAUAGAUGGAGUGGAAAUGUGUGGAGAGAGAGUAUAGAGUGUGCUUUUGGAAAGGCAAAGAGACUAGGUUCAUAUUUUACACGGUCUGUGGGUGAAAACAAACAAAUGCAAAAUGAAAAGCAACACUUACUGAAGCAGGGGGCUCAAACUCAAACUAGAGUUUGGCUUUACGUCGUACAAAAAAAGAAAUACAUCACUAAUAACGUGAUUUCAUUCCCUCUUUUUUCAUGAGGAGGAUAAAUAAACCACGCCUUCAUCCUCUUAUAUCCACAUUUUGUAUUGAUAUGUUAUGUAGCCUACCACAUGGUUCCCAGUCCCCAUCAACCCUUUAAAGGUGGGGUAGGCGGGAUCUGAGGAAGUGCCAGUUUUGGGGAGAAAUCUUGAAUGUAAACACUUCUUAGCUCUUGUCUGGUCGACCUCCUUCUAAGCGCCCGUUAUUCCGCCAGAGUCUCCAGUAUUUACUUCAUUUUCUUGCUUGUGUUGGCAGUCGUGGCCAAAGGAGGAUUCAGGUAAUUUUCUGUACUUUCUGGUUGGUUUCUACUGUCCGAUAUUGUAACAUGCUAACUUUGUUUGGGCUCGUGAAUGUUAUUGGAGGACGUAGAGCAUGCCUCACAACCUGAGGGAACAGCAUCUGCCUCACAACCAAUCAGGUUGGGGGAGGCGCAGAACGGCUUUGAACACAGCGAUAUUGUUAUAUUACCAAAUGUCAUCAAUAACUGAUAGCUAUUGACUGAUAUUAAAAGCUUUUUUGUGUAUACACCACAAAAAAAAAAUGCUUCUUUAACAGAAUCCUGCCUACCCCACCUUUAACAGAUGGAGACAAAUGGGCAGUGAGAGCCAGGGCUUAAACCAGGGUUAUCAGUCAGGUGUCAGUGUUUUAAUGGGCCUAUGACUCCUUAGGGAGGCUUUACAGUUACCUCCAGACCUGCUCUCACUGCCCCUCAUAUAUCACAACGCCAUUCAUACAGUAUCACCACAUUCAGAAAUCUCUUGGUAAAGCCAACGCUGAUUAAUUAAUGGCUCCUGAAACCAAAACAUGGAAAAAAAUGAGCAGUAAGAGCUCACACAUCACUAAGAUGAUCAAACUUUCACCUCUCUUCCCUGGUGUUUCAUUAAUUCAUCCUUAAAUGAAGUCAAUAGAAAACCAAAACUCAUCAGGGUCAACCAAAGUCUUAGAAUCAGUAUUUCUUUACUUAAUGAUCCUCCCUUUGACUGAAAAGCCUUCAGGUCUUUUGUUUUUCUUUUUUAAAAACAUUCAGCAAUGUCUCCUGGAAAAGAUCUCAGAGGAGCUGUGGGCGAGAAAACUAACUGUGACAGAAAUGUUUUUCCUCCUUUCUUGCUGCCAGCUAUUGACUGAAAGCUGCAGCAUAUUAUCUCAGCAUGACUGAAGUUUGAUACCACAGGGAAAAACGAUAAAAGAACCAUUGACAUACAAACAGAUAUAUUUGGUCUAGAUUCAGAAUUACCGUGCAUUUGUGUUGUUAUGUCAAGUAAAGCUGUGUAGGAAUAUAGAAUAUAUUGGUAGGAAUAUAGCUGGUGAGCACAGACUGUUCUCAGAUUCAGUGGGGCUGAAACGUUUCUGCCUGAAGGAUCUCAGGGGUUAUUGUGAUUAAAAGCUGCUCUGUAGCUGGAGGUGUGCCCUUCAGCCACUUUGCGCGGACUUAUCCACGUAUAAUUUUCAGAUACAGCAGAGUGCAGUUUUCCACUGAGAAUGAAGGGCAAAUGCUGGCAGGCUUUUAAGAGCAGACUAGACAGGAAACUGUCUUUGUUUUUGUCUUUCUAAGAGAAAGUGACUAGAAUGAGUGAUCUGAAAGAAAGAUUAUUAUUUCCUGUGAGGCUUUUAAAAACUCAAGACUGUGAGGCUUGUCUGCUAAUGCCUCUGCCGUCACACAUGUGCAGACUCCCAGGUGUUUAAAGUCCCACUCUGAUAAUUUUUUUACGAUUUAAAGUGUUCUCAGUGGUCUUUAAAUUGUGAUUAUGAAGUUUUUAGCCAAAAUCACCUUACCUGUGUCGUUUUCAAGGGCUUUUCUUCUGCAGAGCUCCAGUAGAUCAUUAGCAAUUCCUCUUCACACUAGCUUGCAGUCUAACAUUGCCGGCGUAGUAGAAGUAGCAGGUAACAUAGGAGCUACUCAGCUCUCGGACACUAAUGUCUUUUGGAGCAUGAUGAAAGCUAAUAUAAUAAUUCGCUUUCUUAUGAGUAUUGCAACCCGCUAAUGCACACACUUGUUGUGCGAUCGUCCUCUCUACUUCCCUGAGUCUGGCCUGCAUAGCGGGGCUCUGGGGGCGGAGCUUGGAUUUGCUAUGUAUGAAAUCUCACUGUUUCUGAACCUGCUGUUUGGGUCCGCCAGAGAUUCACAGCAAUUUGAAUGCAGAAAUACUCAGAAAUGCAAUUUUACACUUAGUUUUCUCAUGAUAUGUCCUGUAGCAUCAGAAAAAUGAUAUUUGAACACUAGGGUUGGGCGUCGAGUCUCGAGCAUCGAUAGGGACUGCGACUAACAUUCAGAUUCUCCCGGAAUCGUUCAAAUUUUAAAAUUUCGAUUCCAAGUUGCGGUCAAAAGUUUGUCAAACUUUAGCAGGAAGAAUGAACUCUUAUCUCAGAGCAACAUUAGCAACACAGUUAUAUCUUUUAAAAGAAUCAGAAUAGAGAAUCGAUAGGAACAGGGAUCGAAACGAGGAAUCGGAAUCCGAACCAGAACCGGAAUCAUUCAAAAUCAAACGUUACCCAACCCGAAUGAACACAUAGACAACAAGAAAAACAUGAUUUUCAUCGUAGUGGGUCUUUAAAAAUGUUGAUACAAAGUUCUGAUAUAUUCACACAGCUUCAUAAAUAGACCCUCAGUUUGCAUAUAAUUUAUAUACUUGUCAUCUUCAAAUGAACAUAAUUACAUAAAAAUUACAUCACUAAUCAGCUGAGAAAGCCAGGAAACAAUCCUGCAGUUUUCUGCAAAGGAAACCUUUGAGCUGUUUAAUCUUUAGUUGAACUCUGUGUGGAUUUUUUAACUAUGACUCUACAACAAAUCCUCCACAGGGACUCUCUGCUCUUCUCAUUAAUAAAGACAUAUUUUGUGUUUGGUGACUCAGUCUCUCAUGAGUUUGAAUUGAAAUUGAAGUUUCCCUUCCAUUCAGAUUUUUUCAAAAAUCCUUUUCUAAAACCUUCAUUUAUACUGAAGUCACUACCGCUAAAUUACUCAUCAUUGCAUUUAACUGUUUCCUUUUAUUUUGUGCCACUAAAAAGGUGAAAUAUUGUUUUUGUUUGAUUUUCAUGAGGGAAAAAUCCGCCGCCUCUCUACUUUGUCCUCGGUCUUGAAUAUUCCACACGGAUGUUCAUUCAGUUUUAUUUCGUUUCUCAUCAUAAAAGAAAGAUUACUUCGAUACAGGUUAUUUGAAUAUAUAUUAACACAUUUUCAUGAAAACACGUAUACCAAUGAAUAAAAUCAAAACCAAUUACCAGAACCAAGGACAUAAAUAUAAAGUAACACACUCUAAACCCUGUUUCAAAGUCACAAAGCACAUCAUUACACAUCAUCCAUGUACUAAGCUGUCUAUAAAAUAAAUGUCUAUAAACAGAGCAAAAAUAUGUAUAUAUAUACAAUAUAUAUGUAUGUAUAUACACUUAUCAGUGCCUAUAACCAAAACCAGUUUCUGGAGCACAGUGAGUUUUUUAAAAUCUUUUUUUUUUCUCUUUGUUUUCCAUAAACCAUCCUCAUCGACAAAAAUCUUAAGUCUUAAUUUCAAGAUUAAGGAAUGUCGUGAAUAAAGUUGAAAUUUCGAGAUUAUGGAAUGUCAUGAAAAAUGUUUAAAUUCCAGGAUUUAGAAAAAUUAAAAUUUUGAGAUUAAAGUCAGAAUUUUGAGAUUUACAGUCGACAUAAAAAUGUUUAAAUUUUAGGAUUAAAAAUAAAUAAAUUUUUGAGAUUAAAGUCAAAAUUUUGAGAUUUAAAGUCGACAUAAAUAAAGUGGAAAUUUCAACUUUUUAAAAUUUCUACUUAAUCUCGAAAUGGAAAUUUAAAAAAUCUCCCUUCUGUAAUUUUUUUUCUUUUCUUGUGGCCCUAAUCCUCUUUUUUACAGCACUCAAAUAUGUCCAAAAGAAGACGAAAUUUCUAAACCAGAAUUGAUGAAUUAUUGACCCAACUCCCAAAAUAAAUAGAGUAAUUUACUUGCAUAUGUAUCCAUGAGAUACUGAGGGUUAAAAUAUGACAAACCUUGUCUGCAUUUUUUAUCUGCUGUCAAACGAUCAAUUUUUAAAUCAAAAUGAAUCCCUGAACGUCAGUUAAAUGCGCCUAAUGUCAUUUUUACUUGUUUAAGUUCCACUCAUUUGUUUACCAGAGUCAGGAUAACUGUAGUGAAGUCUUCCUGACACCCAUUCAGAAGUUAACGAGUUUCAUUCACAGUUCUGUGGUGAUUCACACACUCACUCUCUAAAUUACUCGUGCUCUCUGUGAUGUUAUGACCCUCUCAACACCGAUCUGUUAAGCUGCAUCUAAACGCUCAGCUCUUAGGCGCUCCCUCAAACUCCCUGUACAGUUUGCUGAGAGUGACCGAAUACCACACAAGACAGAGAGAACAGUGUGUUCCUGUGGGACCUUGAUCACAUCCUGUUUUGUUUGAUAACGCUCACAGCCUUCAUAAAAUCCCAGUCAUUCAUGAGGCUGAAGGUGGAACUGUUUGUGAAAUAACUGCAGAUGCCUCCUUUGUUAAAAAGUAUUUUCUAUUUCCUCUUCUGUGUUCAAAUAUUUAAUAUCGAUAUAAAGCAUACCAAAAUAUUAGGACACCCAAGUAAAUAAGAUGUGAUGGGAAUGAAGCUUUGCAAAUUAAAAGCUGCUAUUUCAGCUCAUAGCAUGUUCGUAUAUGACUCAUCUUAGCCCCUCAAUACAUAAUGAUAUACUGUACAUGCAGCAGCAGGGUAAUUUUAGUCGUGACUGCACAUAACUAGAUAUAAUUUAUUUUUCUAAUAACGUUGCCUGUGAAAGGCGGUUCGUUUAUAUCUUCAUUAGUAUUCCAAGGCUAGAUUCAUUAACAGGACAGUUUAAAUAUUUUUCUAUUAUAUCUUAUAUUAUUUAAUGUGUUCUCUGUCAAAUUGUGUCACCAUCAUCAGCCACAGUGAAAAACCUAUAAAAGACAGCUCUGGGGCAGGUGACUCAAAGUCUAAAGGUGGUUAUUAAUAAAUGUUAGAGUGGGAAACUUGUCAAAUAAGGUGCUGUCACUCAAAAAAGGUUCUACCUUAGUGGACCUGGGAUACUGGAACAACUGGACCUUCAACUUUGUGCUUGAAAUAAAAGAGGAAAAUCCCACUGGAGUGCAAAUCAUACAUUUUAGCAUCAGGAACUGUGGAACUGAAACCAUUAGCCCAGGUUCACACUUAAAAGAAUGGAAGGUCCACACUACGGUUAGGCGAUAUGGGAAAAAGUUUAUCACGAUAUAUUAUUUUCAUAUCAGUCCAACAAUAUAUAUCAUGAUAUAAAAAAAUGAAAUUUAACAGUGUUUGUUGGUAGCAUGUCUUUUGCAGUACAAUAAGCAUCUUUGAGGUCUUUCUGUCUCUUUGACGUUUUGUCGUAAGGCGUUGCGCUAGAGAAUGUGGACUGAAUGGUCAGCUGUUUCAGCUGCACAGGCGCCAUGGGCUCCUUGCUCCGCUCUGGGUUUGUAACCUUUUGCAUUGCGUGUGCUCUGCCGCAUGGCACUGCUUCAUGUGGUGAAAAAAAGAUUUUAGGUAUUCCCCAACUUUGCGAGAACAUGUACCCAAAUACCUGACAUUUUUGUGCCAGUUUUGUCGACAAUUUCAUCAUCUGUUGAGAAAACAUAAAAUAACAAUAAAUAGUUAUUUUAAAGUAUGAUAAAAAGCAAUAAAAAAGCAAUAAAACAAAUGCCAUCUCAUGCUGGGUUGAAAGCCAAGGAAUAAAAGUGGGUUUCUAGACGGGUUUUAAAAAUGGACAGUGAGGGAGCUAGUUUAAUGUGGAGAGGUAAGUCAUUCCACAAUGUUAAAGUGCUGUGUUUGUGUGUAGCUUCAUCCUGCUACUACACAGUUGUUUGCUACUUGGUUCUAAUUCAGCACAUGAUUGGUUCAGCCAAAGCGGACCUGAAGCAACUCCCCUUUUCAUUGGCUAUUCAUAUAGUCUCCCAAAACGUGGCAGAAUGCCGACUAUCCAAAAGCAUAUUGACCGUGUUUUAUAUUGAUAUCGAGGGAAAUAAAUUUUCGAUAUAUUUCGUUAUCGUUUUAUCGCCCAGCCCUAGUCCACAGGAAUGAUCAUUUUGACGAGCUUUAGCCGUCCACAUUUCCAAACACUCUACUUGCAUCUUGUUGACCUGAAGGAGAGUCCAUGUAGCCUGAGUGAUGUCCAACAGGUGUAGAAGGUCCUUGCUUUAUGAUGGUUUAAUAGGCCCAUGGCCCCUGAAAUCUAGCACCAAAGUGUCCAAGGUAUUUGAGUGGCACAGCUCCACCACCCUCGAGGAUGACAUGACAUAUCUGACUGUUCACAUUCCCCCUGCAACACAGACGGCCAUCCCAGCGACGAGCAGUUAAUGGGAAAACUGUGGUGUGUUAAAGUCUGAUUGCUUUUUUCUGUGAUGCAUUCAAGUGAAUCUGACAGAUCAUGAUUGUGCAGAGACAGGGAAACAUCACCAAGCUGGAAUUUGAGCUGAGGGGGGAAGACUUGGUCUGAGGUUGACUAGUCCAUCUCAGACUAUCAUUCUAAAGAUGAUUGGGAACAGCUUUUCUGAUGCGUUUGACUGGGUGGUUGACAGCUCAUGUUUCCGUGGUGUGACACUUCCAUUUAAACAAGAUGUCAUUAACGUGUUGCUGUAUUUGUUUUCAGAUUGGUUGCAAGGUGGCGGUGCUGCUCUUCAUCUAUUUUCUGACCACCAACUACUACUGGAUCCUGGUGGAAGGCCUCUACCUCCACAGCCUCAUCUUCAUGGCCUUCAGAUCAGACUCCAAAUACUUCUGGGGCUUCAUCCUUAUUGGAUGGGGUGAGCUGAAUAGAUACAUAUUUCUGAUAUUGUAAUAUUCGCCAUCUGCAACAUAAUGAAACAACGCCUUAAUGAUGCUGCACGACUGAGCUCCACCCUGCAAACCUGCUAAUAUUUCCUUGUUAGCUUAAGAUUAAUCACACAGCAUUCAUCGUACAAACAUUUUAUUAAAAAGAAAAAGAACAAAAAGAGGAAUUUCAAACCAAACAUUUGGGGAUUUCAUUGAACAAAAACUGUCUGUAUUAUUUUAAAUUUGUACUUUUCAGCCUCUCUAGUGUGCAAGACAAAUCUGAAAAGCAGAUGAAAGGUUUUUUCCUCCCAGAAGAACUUUUGAGUUCGUCUCUUUGAAGUUAAAAGCAGAAAAGAAAAGUCUCUCCCAUCGCAUCUCUGUCUCAUCUUGUUUGUCUGAAUAGAGGCUCAUAAUAUUGGUUUUGAUUUCGGCCCAAUAGUUACAGUAUGAAUCAGUAGAUACUCCAUGCUGUGCUAUAGAGAGAUUUGUGUUAAUCAGAAGCACCAAGAGGGAAAUAUUGUGGAUUAUAAAGAGGACAAAGCAACUGAGUGCUGUGAGUGAUUAAUGCGGGAAAGUGAAACAGCUUAGCAGGAUUUUCUUUUGGUUUUUCAUUGUCAAAUAGAAAGAGUUACAUUUGCACAAAAACUUCACUAGAUAACAAUUAAAUCAGGGCUUUAGUCGACUUUACUGCCAGUUCUCUCAGAGUGAGUCAAUCCUGACUUGUGUGAUAAAUGAAAACAGAUUCAUUUAACGAGGGACAGUGAAGACAUAUGGAUGAAACUGUGAGUCGAAAAGUAAUUGUGUAAGGUAUUUCAAAGAUGAGUUUCAUGCUUUAAUGCAAAACAGCACAGAGAGCUGGACAUUAAUCCUAAGCGUUAAAAAGUGUGUGGUAUGCAUGAGGAGCUUUAAAGGGAUAUUCCGGCGUAAAACUAUUUAAGGGUCAAACACACGGCAACACCAAGUUAGACACCCCCUUUGAGAGAUGAAUGUCGCCGAUUGCUUGCUUCUCUAGUUAUACCGACUUAAGUAACAACCGCACGAUAGCAAUACACAGCAGUCUGUCAACCAAAACGCCACUCUAUAGCCACAAAUAAUGCUCAGAACAACACCUAACUUCAUCAACAGUACAUAUAGGGUCCCAGCCAUAGUAUUAGCCACCAAACAUCUUUGUAGCUUUGCCUAACUUCUUUUGUGAAGAAACUAAACACAACUCACCUACUCUCUUCCGGCAGCCGAUGGUUUGGAGUGAGACCUCAGGCCAGUCCAUUAUGGACUUCAGCGGGGUGACGCAGCUCAAGGAAGAACAUUUAUGAUCAUUUCUUCAUGGAAAUGUAAUCAGACCGAGACACUAAAGCAGAAAAACUACCGCGUCUGCGGGCGAAAUGAUUAAUAUGGUGAUUAUUACUGAAAGGAAAUGAUAAAGUAAUGAUCAUAAAUGUGCUUUCUUGAGCUGCGUCACCCCGCAGCAGUCCGUAAUGGACUGGCCUGGGGUCUCGCUACAAACAAGUGGCUGCUGGAAGAGAGUGGGUGAGUUGUGUUUAGUCUCUUUGAUAAAGAAGUAAGGCAAAGCUACAAAGAUGAUUGAUAGCUAGUGCUUUGCCUAGGACCCUAUAUGUACUGUUGAUGAAGUUAGGUGCUGUUCCGAGCAUUACAUGUGGUUAUAGAGUGGCGUUUUGGUUGAGGUUUUUUUAUGGCUCCUCAGACCGCUGUGUAUUGCUAUCUGUGGUCAUUACUAAAGUUGGUAUAACUAGAGAAGCAACCGGUCGGCAACAUUCAUCUCCUGGGGGGUUGUCUAACUCAGUGUUCUAUUUCAUCCCUUCUGACCGCCAGAGGCGGUGCUUUAAGCACUGAAUGACUCCCUUCGCGCAUGCGCAGUUCGAGUGUUUAUACCAACAACGUCACUUGUGACCCCGUGGUGACCUGGAAGAGGUUAUUUCUUCCAUCGGUCAACGAGGGUUCAGCCCCUUAUUCUUUCUCGCUCGCGCAGGAUGCAAAAGAGCGAGCUACAAUAUUAGUAAGUUACCAGUAGUUCCGCGGCCGUUUCGGUCGGAGUAGCGAAUGCUCGCCCUCCAGGAGCUGUAACUUGUCUAAUCCAUAUUAAUUGGGAUCUCCUACUGAACGGAGUUCUCAUCUCAUCGGACGCCGCGGCGUCCGUCAUUCACCGGUGAGGAUGGGACUCGUUCCCCUCUCCUUCGGAACAGGUAGGUUAUUGAUUUAGUGUACAUAUAUAUAGAUAUUUACCUUAACCUGUUGUGAAAGGCUGCGCUCUCGCCGCCUCCCUCCGACAUAACGACUGUAUACAACGAACGGUAACGCUCGCGUUCCGCGUCGGCAUUUUCAGUUAAUAAACGACUCUACGGUAGCCCGUUUUUUGUUAACGCCGCAGCGGCCACGGCCCCCCGACGGCGGCUAAAGCAUUCAGCGGCGGCCAAGCGGGCAGAAAAGUUUUAAGGAUAGCUCUUUUUAUUAUAUAGUUGGCGAUAGCCUACGCUGGUGCAGGCGGUGCUCACGCCCCCUCCCCCCAGCUCGCGCUGCCAGUGACCUGAGUUGCUUCAAGCCUAUUAUUGUGAUUAUUAUUUGAUUUAUUCUUUCUAUUUCUGAUUGCUGGCAAAGGAGCGUUUCCGCUUCCUUCCUCCAGCAUAAGCGGCAGUCACUCUUGCUGUCUUAAUUUUCGGAUAAAGGAGCGUUUCUGCUUCCUCCCUCCAGCAAGAGCGAUCAAUUCUCCAUCUAGUGGCGGGGUCACAAUGGAUGUCUCUCACUGCUGUACUUCCUGUCAGGCCCCCCUCCAACCCGAUGAUGGACACGAUUUAUGUCCAUCAUGUCUGGGCCUUGAGCACCUCAAGGAGGCCCUGGUGAACAGCCCCUGUAUGGACUGCAGCUACAUGCCGAUGGCAGCUAAGCUGGCCAGGCUAGCGGAGGUGAAUCCGCUGCAGGACAACCUUCCCCCAUCAGGCCAGGCGCCCACAGUGAAACCUGGUCGCUCGAAGCGGGGCACUGACGCACCUGCCAGUGCAGGCGCCCCACCUGCUAAAAAGAAGCCUAGGGCUAGGCCCAAGACCAACCGCUCUCGACUGUCAUCUAGGGUGGAUCAGUUGUCUGCGGAGCUUGGUCGUAUGAGGGCUAUGCUCCUCGUCCAUCAACCUCUGGAGUGUCCUUCAGAGGAAGCUCGGGUGCCUACUCCUGAAAUGCCACACUUGACCCAGGAGUCCCAAGAGCCAGAGGAGGAUGCGCUGUCUUUAGCUGCAUCAGCCUCCCAUUUUCAUGAGUACGAGGAAGGGGAGGUCUAUGAGGGGGCCUCUCAGGCCUCAGAUCAAGGCUCCCACUCCUCAGCCCAGACUGAGCUGUCCGAGAGCGGGGAUAACUCGAUGCAGGCCAUCCUGAGAAUGGCCCUGGAGAAGUUAAGGGUGGCCUUACCAGACCAAGCAGGGCAGGCCCCAACAAGCAGAUUCUUCCGGCGGAAGCCAGCCUCCAAUGCAUUCUCUGUCCCUCAUGCAGAGGACUAUUUGAGGGAGCUACAGGUCUGCUGGGCAGACUCGAAGGCCUGCUCCCGUCUAACCAGCGACGGUCGUGCGCUGGCAGCGAUGCAUGGUUCGGCAGACGUUGGCUUGGACUGCAUGCCAUCAAUUGAGCCAGUCGUCGCAUCUCUGGUGGUUCCCCCAGAUGAGGCCUUGAGCCGGGACACCAGGUGCCCUCGCCCCCAGUGCAGGCUGACCGACGACCUGCUGAUUAGGGGCUAUAACACAGGAGCAAAAGCUGGGAGAAUUGGCAACUCCCUGUCGCACCUCCUGCUGGCGCUUUCAUCAUCCCUGCAGGAGGACAAUGCAAUCGCAGAUGCUACCACCCUCUGUGACGCGUCACUGGAGGCGUUUGGCCUCAUGGCUCGGGAGUUAGGGAGGAUGAUGUCCAUCAUAAUCCAGGCCCGCCGCCAGGUUUGGCUGUCCCAGUCACGGCUGACGGACAAGGCGAGGAAGACCCUCCAGGGCCUUCCGGUGGUGCCAGGAACGGUCUUUGGUCCAGCUGCCCAGGAGGCACUUGACCAAACCAUCCAGGCUGGACAGACUAGACAGCAGCUGAUGAGCCUGCACCGUGCUCCUCCCCAUAGCAGGGGCAGGGCCAGGGGCAGAGCCCACUCAGCUGCCCCUGGAAGCAACCCCCCACCAGCCCACUUUAGAGACCCACGCCUUGCGCAGGGGCAAGCCCGUGGACGGGGCUUUGGUCGUGCGCAGUCUAGGCCAUUUCGGACCCCGGACCCCGUUGGACCCCCCAACAGGGCCCCUAGGGGCAGAGGGGCCAAACACUGAGACAAUGGGGCCGGCCGUCGGAACUUUCACACACCAGCAGCUCAGCUACUGGGCUGCUCGAGCUGUGGACCCGUGGGUGCUUACCACCUUGACCCACGGGUACAAACUCCAGUUCCGACGCCGGCCCCCUGCAACCAGCCGGGUCAAAACUACCAUCAUUGGCGACCCGGCAAAGGCCCUCGCCCUGGACCAGGAGCUGUCUACCCUCCUGGCCAAGGGUGCCAUCGAACCAGUAGACCCUCUGCAGCACCCCAGGGGGUUCUACUCAACCUACUUUCUGGUAGAGAAAAAGACCGGCGGAUUCCGCCCCAUCUUGGACCUGAGAGGCUUAAACAGGUACUUAAAGACCCUACCCUUCCGUAUGUUGACCACGGCAGCUGUACUCCAGUCCGUGGCCCCAAACGAGUGGUUCACGACAGUGGAUUUGAGAGAUGCCUAUUUCCAUGUCCCCAUUGCCAGGCAACACCGGCAGUUCCUCCGGUUUGCCUACAAGGACCGCCACUGGCAGUUCCGGGUGCUCCCAUUUGGGCUCUCCCUGUCCCCGAGGGUCUUCACGAGGUUUGCCGCUGCAGCACUCCAACCUCUCCAGGCCCAGGGCAUGAAGGUGCUUCCCUACCUGGACGAUUGGCUGAUCUGCGCACCAUCCCGGGCACAGUCAGCGGACAACACAUCACAGCUUCUAGCCACGUGGCCCGCCUGGGAAUCAAAGUAAAUACAGACAAAAGCUGCCUGACGCCAUCUCAGAGCAUAACAUUCAUUGGUCUAGCCCUAGACAUGGUUUCAAUGACGGCCCGUCCUUCCACCCGUCGGGUGGAUGGUAUUAUGAAGCUUCUGUUCGAUUUCAGGAGAGGAAGCCUCCUGCCAUACAUGAGGUUCCUCCGCCUCAUGGGCACGCUAACAUCUGUUGCUGCUGUUGUGCCGCUGGGCUUGCUGUCCCUACGCCCCCUGCAGAGGUGGCUAAACGGCCUCCAUCUAGAUGCCGAGCGACACAGGCACAGGCAGAUUGCCGUGUCAAGACAGUGCCUCCUCACCCUAGUCCCGUGGAGGGACAGGACUUACAUCCUGAGGGGUGUCCUGAUGGGGUGUAUUCCAUUCCGCAGGGAAACUGUUACCACCGACGCCUCCCUCUCGGGCUGGGGUGCGGUGUGGCAGGGCAGGACAGCUCGCGGGCAGUGGUCUCCAGCAGACCGCGCAAAUCAUAUCAAUGUGCUCGAAAUAAAAGCGGUGCACAUGGCUCUUAUCCAUUUCAUGCCUCACCUGAGAGGCAAGCAUGUGUUGGUCAGGUCAGACAAUACCUCAACAAUCUACAAUAUAAACCAUCAGGGAGGGACCAAGUCAGCACAGCUGCUGCAGGUCUCCGCAAACCUGCUGACAUGGGCCGCCCCCCGCCUGAUGAGCCUGCGGGCAGUAUAUAUACCAGGGGAGAAGAAUUACAUCGCGGACUUUCUCUCCCGGCGGAAGCCUCCGUCAGGAGAGUGGCGCCUCCACCCAGACGUGGUCACCAUGAUCGGGAACCGCUUUGGCAGGGCAGAAGUGGAUCUGUUCGCUUCGGCAGUGUCGACCCACUGCCCGAAGUGGUUCUCCCUAGCGGAGCCAACCAGUCCCCUAGGCCAGGACGCGCUGUCCCACCCCUGGCCAGGGGUUCUCCUAUACGCCUUUCCCCCACUUCCUCUGAUUCCCCUGGUGCUCCAGAGAGUGGCUCACGAGGGUCACACCAUUCUCCUCGUGGCCCCUUUCUGGCCAGGCAGGGUGUGGUUCCCACUGCUCCACCAACUAUGUCAAGGGACGCCGUGGCGCCUCCCCGACAGGAGGGACCUGCUCUCACAGCUGAGGGGACGAAUCUGGCAUCCCAACCCACAACGCCUUCAGCUGUGUGUUUGGCUGCUGAAGGGCCCGACCCGCUGCUAGGCAGCUGCUCGGACGCAGUACAACAUACGAUCUUGAACGCAAGGGCGCCGUCCACCAGGCUCCAGUACGCCAACAGGUGGAAGCUGUUUUCCAGCUGGUGCAAAAGCAGAGCUGAGGACCCAGUACACUGCCCAGUGACUGUAGUCCUUGAAUUCCUCCAAAGCCUGGUAACUAGAGGCCUGUCCCCUUCUACACUUAAAGUGUAUGUGGCAGCUAUAUCUUGUAACCACGUGAGGGUUGAGAACAGCACGAUAGGGAGCCACCGCUUGAUCUCCAGCUUUCUGAAGGGGGCCCAGAGGCUGCACCCCCCGAGAGCCCCGAGAGCUCCAGUAUGGGACCUAAAUCUAGUCUUAGACACCCUAUGCAAGGCUCCCUUUGAGCCCCUGGAGCGGGCAGAGCUCAAAUGGCUGUCCUAUAAGACAGCCCUCCUCCUGGCCAUUACAUCGGCCAAGCGGGUAGGGGAGCUGCACGCCCUCUCAAUCAACGAAUCCUGCCUACGGUGGAACCCAGACCAGUCAGGCAUGACCCUAUGGCCCAAUAUGGACUUCCUGCCAAAAGUGCCAUCGGCAGCAAACAUCAACCGGCCUAUCACACUGGCCCGGUUCGAUCCUCCGCCAGGAGACAGGGCUGACCAACUGAGGCUGUUGUGCCCGGUGCGGGCCUUGAGAGCCUACAUUCGAGCCACCACACGUGUAAGACGAGCUGAACACCUCUUUGUGUGUCACAGCGGCCCUAGUAUAGGCCUUGCCCUGUCAAAGCAGAGGUUGUCCCACUGGGUGGUGGACACAAUCAACCACGCCUAUAAGGCAAAUAACCGCCCCAUGCCACCCGGGGUCCGGUGUCACUCGACCAGGAGUGUCUCCACCUCAUGGGCAGCCCUAAGAGGAGUACCCCUGGAGGACAUCUGCUCGGCUGCCUUGUGGGCGUCAUCAAGCACGUUCUCCAAGUUCUACAGGGUGAACGUUGCCACUCCCCAUCCGUUGGGUGUGGUCCUCUUCCCGGAGUCCCCUUGAUUCAAGGUUUGCAAUCAGGAUUCCUCGUGACUUUGCUGGUAUAAGUCAUUCAGUGCUUAAAGCACCGCCUCUGGCGGUCAGAAGGGAUGAAAUAGAACGAAAGUUACGCAUGUAACUACGGUUCUAUGAAUCCCGAAUGACCGCCAGAGCACUCUGUCACUCAGAAUCCUCGCGUCUUCGCGAGAAAGUUCUGCAGGGACUGAACCCUCGUUGACCGAUGGAAGAAAUAACCUCUUCCAGGUCACCACGGGGUCACAAGUGACGUUGUUGGUAUAAACACUCGAACUGCGCAUGCGCGAAGGGAGUCAUUCAGUGCUUAAAGCACCGCCUCUGGCGGUCAUUCGGGAUUCAUAGAACCGUAGUUACAUGCGUAACUUUCGUUGUGGUGUGUUUGACCCUAAAAUAAUUUUAUGCCAGAAUAUCCCUUUAAGGGAAUCAAAUUGACUCUUAGCAGCUCGGCCCACACACCCCCCUGUUUUUAAUGUGCACCAGCUGUUAUCCGUGUUUUACUCGUUUUAUUGACAGAUUUAUUCGUCAAAAAGAGGUUAGGGCUCUUUGGUUAGUUUAAACGAUUAUACAAGCCUCAUGAUUGAUAAACACCAAAACAAAUCCUUAACGGAAAACAUGCUGAUUACUGAAAAUCAAGCUGUGUGCAGCUCCUGAAACCCAGCGGGGAUCACUGAGGAAACCGUCAUUAUCAGUGUUGUCUCCUCUUACACUGCGCCGGUAUGUUUUGUAACUAAGGUCUUGUUUAGAGUCUUAUUAAUCCAGUGUUAUGUGAGACUCUGUUUUUAAAGAUUAUGGUUGCAAUUAUUCAACUUGGUAACACUUUAUUUGAAGCCUAUCACUAUAACGCAGCUGUUGCAUUGCAUUAUCUAUGUGGGCAUUGUCAGUGAGUUGUUAACAGUUAUAACACAUUAUAAUACCUGACCUUGUAAGUCAUGAUAACCUGCUUUAUAAUGUGUUAUGAUUAUUGCUAUACAGCAUUAUGAUCAUUUAUGAGUGUUUAUAACUAUAGUUAUACAGUGCUAUAACGUGAUUAUAACGCAUUAUAAUUAUAUUUGAUAGGCGUCAAAUAAAGAGUUUAACUUUAGCUGCUUUCAGGUUGCGACACUUGAAAGAAACAUUCAGCAUUUAUUUUCUACAAGGCCAGAGUGAGAAACAGCACUUUAAUAAAUCAUAAAUUUGACUGCCAAAAGUCACAUUAUUGGGAGUUUUAUGUAAGGAGGCACAACUUUAGCAUAGAAGACAGACUUAAAGGUUGAAUAUGAUAUGAUAAAUUUAUGAUCACAAGGUCUGACAGGCAUGGUAAGUUGCUUUGAGUCAUCGUCUACUAAAGUUGACUGACAUUACCCUUUAUGUCUGUACUCCCUCUGCACCUAUGACCCCUUUUAUAAGAUUAUUAUCUAGCAUUUUCUAUACUUUGAAAAAGUAACUUGAUGAUCAUUAUAGUUAUUCCUGCACUUUACUGUCAUGACGCACAAUGCUUAUCAUUCCCACUCUCUUCACUUCACCUUAACUACCUCUUCUAGAUGAGAGGCAGUUUUCAUGCAAAAUGGCUCUGAUUAUACCUUGACAGAUCAGGGAACGCUUGUCAGAUCAAAUGAACAUAAAGAGGGCCGUAUAAGAGCUGAGGGAGAUAAAAGAGGCUGAUGAAACAGGGACUGAGACUAAGAGGGGGAGCACGUUUACUGCUCGUAUGUCAUUUUCUUGGGAUGCUAAUUACCGUCGGAAAACAAGAAACAUACAGAGAACAGAAACAGGAAGAGGCUGGAGACGACACUUGUGCGCGGUGUGAGCUUUGAGUGUGGAAAGAGGAAAGCUGCAGGUGUGGUCUGUUUGUGGAGGUGUGAGAGACAGCCUGGAAAACAAAACAAGUGGAGCAAAUAGACCACAUACCCAUGACAUAUUCAAAUGAUUCGUUUAUAGAUGAAUUCUCUGUUUGUUUCCAUCUACACAUCAUUUAGCCUCUUAAUGACACAAUGACAGGCCGAUUUGACUGAAAGUGGUAUUUAUAAAGCACAAAUUUAGACUUUAGACUCUUUGCAAAUGAGAGCAGGUCGAGGCUAUACUCUAUCCUCUAUUAUUAAGCCGUCAUACUUAUGUGACAGCAUAUUAAUUUGCAAAAAGUCAGGAAAAAGCAUCUGGAUUGCAGGUAAUAUCCCUGAUAUCAAAAACACUCCCUUACAAAGCUUAAACAUGAUCUUUGCCAGCUAAUAUGAUGUAAACUGGACUUCAGCUUAAACAUUAGCUCUUCUAAAAUAUUUUUUUCCUGUGCAAAAGUUUCUCCACUUUCAUUAUCUUGUGAUUUUUAGCACUACUGGGAAGUGUGAAAAUGCGAAAGGAUUUAGCUGUUUUCUGAUGUAGCAAACAGGCUGUAAAAUAUGAUCUUUAAACUGGAGAUAUGGCCCAGGGCAGUGAAGUGACCAUGACUUCUGAGCAAAAACACGGCAUUAAGACGCAGAAGAAACGAACACACUCUAAGUUAACAAAGUGCAGUUAAAAUCUAAACAAAUCUAAAACACAGAGAAAAAGGUUAUGGUGUAUUUUUCAGGUCAUAAAAAGCCAGAUGUCUGUAGAUGUGUGUGGGAGUUCAAAGCAAACAGCGUGCAUUUGUGUUUGUGUGUCUUGAAUAUUUUGUGUACACUCUUUAUUAAGUUGCAAAAUAAGUUUGGGAGAGAAAUGUAAAUCUAGAUGUGGGUGUUUGAAAGAUGAUAUGAGUGUCUUCGGGAACUACAAAAGUUGAUGUGCAUUAAAAACAUGCCAAGGAUUAUUUUCUUUCCAAUCAGCUGGUUUCUUAUAGAGUCAAACUCCAGGUUUAAAGGUCUUGGGAAAAAAAGAAUAAGCCAUUUAAAUAAAUCAAACUGCAUGAAUGAAAUAUGAGAUUGAAAUGUGACCUGGCCCACGGCUCAUUGUUUGUCUCAUUUGAUUCCAGGUGUUCCAGCUGUUUUCGUGGCAGUGUGGGCGAUCGUCAGGGCAACGCUGGCAGAUGCAAGGUGAGCGAACACGUCUCACUGUGUCUAUAUGCAGGCUUUGUUUUUGCACAGGAGAAGUUGAACACACACGGAAUGUGUGUGUGUUUCUUAAUUGUGGUGACAUGUGAAUCAUCAGUGUACUCUUAUAUGUGACCAAUCUUGGUGUCUCAUUCAGCGUUGUCAUGGAUACAUCUGUCCUCAACAUUACACCAUUCAUGUUCAUCAGGCGUUGUUAACGUUGUAUUUCUGAUACUUGCUGUGUCUCUGCCACUCUUUGGGGAAGCUUUUUCAAAAUUUCACCCUUUUUUUUUGUGAGGUGGUCUUGCAGGAAGUUCUGGACCAGAGUCCGCCCUUGUGAAAGGAAUUAGUUGGGAUUUUGUUCUGGAGCUUGUGCAGGCCACUUAUGUUCUCCUAAACCAAGCUAGGGGUUGCUCAGCUGAUCAUGUUUCGAUGCUGCAUGGUUCGCACCUUAAAAAGAUAUCCUGACAUAAAAUUAAGUUAGGGUCAAACACACCAUAACACAGAGUUAGACACCCCCUUGAGAGAUGAAUGUUGCCGACCGCUUGCUUCUCUAGUUAAACCAACUUUAGUAACAACGACACGAUAGCAAUACACAGCGGUCUGAGGAGCCAUAAACAAACCUCAACCAAAACGCCACUCUACAAAUAACGCUCAGAACAGCACCUAACUUCAUCAACAGUACAUAUAGGGUCCUAGGCACAGCACUAGCCACCAAACAUCUUUUUAGCUUUGCCUAAUUUCUUUAGCAAAGAGACGUAACACAACUCACCCACUCUCUUCCAGCAGCCGCUUGUUUGUACGGACACCUCAAGCGAGUCAAUCAACUGUAGCGGGGGAACGCAGCCCAAAGAAGAACAUUUACGAUCAUUUCUUCAUGGAAAUUCAAUCACACCGAGACGCUAAGGCAGAAGAACUACUGCGUCUGCAGCGCAAAAUGAUUAAUAUGGUGAUUAUUACUUGAAGGAAAUGAUAAAGUAGUCUGCAACAUUUAUCUCUCAAGGGGGUGUCUAACUCGGUGUAACGGUGUGUUUGACCGUAACUUAAUUUUACGCUGGAAUAUCCCUUUAAGUAAACAUAAUUUUCUCAUUCAAUCUGCCAUGGCUCCAUAAUCUUUGUCCUUCUUGAGUUCCAGAGGUGCGGCCUUUGGCACAAAUGCAAAUCAAACAACAUAACUAGUAUACUGUCCUUUAACGUCCACAAGGCAGGAAAAUUAAAAUCCUCAUUCGAGCAAAACACUUCGACUAUAUUUUUACCAGAACCUUUGGUCUUAUCUCAGCGGGACUCAAAAAGGUCGGGUUCGAGAUGCUAUUCACGGCAAUUUGACAUUUUAACACUGUGCACUCGAUUCAGGUCCUUUUAUGCACACUGGGAGCCUGAUUCAGGAAAUGAUUGUACAGCUUUUCUGCCUUUCAAACCAGCACAAAUGAGCCAAAGACAUUUCCUCAUUCACAAAGCUCUUGGUUCACAAAGGUUAAAAGCACCCCAGACUGUGCUGCAGACCUCAGUUCACCGGUACCAUCGUACAGAAAAUCUGAGCAAAAUUGGCCACUUCAAUUAACCUCGCUGAACCAAUUCACAGAUAACACUGACACUGGCAGGCAUGCACAGUCAGAGGGAAAUUCACCAUGAGCUGCUUUUCAGUAGAUGUGAAGGAUGUAUUUCUCCACUUUUCCAGUCAUCAAGUCGAUUAGAAUAACUGAAAUUGAUACUGACAUUGUAAUACUUGGGGGUUAAAUCAGUCCCUUUUAAAAGUUUCUUUUGCUUCUUUACUUGAAACCAUUUCACUUUAAUGGGGUGUAGCAAUUAAGGAACAAUGUCCAUCUUUUAGAGGUUAAUUCAGGCCUGGAUGCCGAAUCCAACCUGAAAAUACGAGUAUGUCUUUGACAUCUUUAUGACAGUGCAGGGUAGUGCUGGGCGAUAUGGAAAAAAAUGUAUAUCACGAUAUGGAUCAUUUGAUAUCACGAUAACAAUAUAUAUAUCACGAUAUAGCUAUGGUAUGCUUUCAGUUCUAUGAAAAAUUUAAGUGUAUACAGCUGCACUAGUACAGUACCAGUACAAGACCAGCACUUAAAACUAGAAAAAUGAAUAAAUAAAUACGUGGCUGAAGUGCGUUCAUGUCUGUGCUCACCCAAAGUUAUGCAACACUCACAGAAAACGCCGAUAGUGUGAGCCAAAGCACUCCAUAAUAAUAAUAAUAAUAAUAAAUUUAAUUUGUAAUGCACUUCACAUUUACAAAAAAUCUCAAAGUGCUACAGUACACAGUAAAAAAAGAGCAGCAACAAUAAAAAAGCAAUAGAAUGACAGUCACAGAUUGGCAUAAAAAAAGAAUUAAAAAAAAAUAAAAAAUAUAGAGUUGCAAUGUAAGAGGCAAGGUAGUAAAAGCAUAAAGGAAAGCUAACCUAAGGCUUUAUUAAAAAGGUAGGUCUUUAGGGCUCUUUUGAAGAGGUUGUUCACACUGCUAGAUGUUUCUCCUCCAAAGCUGCUCUCUGCCUCCAUCAUUGUUUACUUUACUCUUGAAGCACGUAGCAAGACCCGAGCAUGAAUCCGAGCGCUUUAUUCGCCUAUCAGGGGCAGACAGGUAAGGUGAUUUGAUUCGCCACGACUCCAGAAAUGAUUGAAAAACUACAGAAUGUCACAAAAUUACGUUUCCUCGCUGCUGGCUUGAAGGGUACAAAUGCGCAGCCGCGCUCCCAGCUGACAGGAAGUCAAACCACUGUUGUAGUUCUUUUGUGUUGCUAGCGCGGUCAAGAGUGUUGGCUCUCACUGAGAGAUGACUACAAAAAUGGACGCACCUGUUCAUCUGGUUGUUAAACACGGCUGAAAAUGAUCAUCUUUUAAUGUUGUUCCCGCUCCUGCCCACUCCCGUUGCUUUUUUCCCGUCCCGUCCCGAUCAAGGGAUUCAUUAAAAAAUUAUUCCCAUCCCGUGGGAUUCCCGCAGGAAUCACGUGACCCACGGGAAUUCCCGAAAAAUGUCAUCCUCUACAGGGAAGGUCCCGGAGCAGAUGAAACAGGUGCCGGAGCGGCUGAAAUAGGUCCCGGAUCCGAUCAAAAGAGGUCCCGGAGCGCGCUCCGACUUGCUCAAAUUACACACAUUAAUUAAGCACAAAUUAAGCACUGCUUACAAUGAUCCCCUCACGUUUUUAACUCAGGUAACCCGCAACGGCGGGAGACGCUGGACACAAAGAGGGCACGUAAAGCGGCGUCAUGUCGCAAAAUCGAAAGAGAAAUGCGAGCCUACAUGUCAACGCAUCCUUUUCUUUGUAAGAAAAUAUUGUUUUCUUUACCGUUCGACACCAAAUACACUUACUGAAUGUGCAAUUAUUGUUGUUGUUACUAUGAAUCAUCUGAUGGCACAAGCCCUAUGGAUAGACAUUUUCUAUCGUGCCCACGAUAUUUAUCGUCCUAUCGCCCAGCACUAGUGCAGGGCAUUGAAAAAGCAGUAACUCAUUAUAUCUGAAAUGAAUUUUUAUAACAGACAAACACAGGCAACCUAGCCAUCUUUAUGUUUAUCAUUGACUGCAUUAAAGGGAUAUUCUGGAAUAAAAUUAAGUUAGGGUCAAACACGGUAACACCGAGUUAGACACCCCAUCGAGAGAUGAAUGUUGCCAAGCGUUUGCUUCUCUUGUAACGACUGCAGAUGGCAAUAUAGAGAGCCACGCACUCAACCAAAAAGCCACUCUAUAGCCACAAAUAAUGCUCAGAACAGCACCUAACUUUAUCAAGAGUACAUAUAGGGUCCCAGCCAUAGCACUAGCCACCAAACAUCUUUUUAGCAGCUCAAGGAAGAACAUUAAUGAUCAUUUCUUUAUCAUUUUCUUGAAGUAAUACUGUACUGUUGAUGAAGUUAGGUGCUGUUCUGAGCAUUAUUUGUGGCCAUGGAGUGACGUUUUGGUUGCGCGCGUCUGCAGUCAUCACUAAAGUUGGUAUAACUAGAGAAGCAAGCAGUCGACAACAUUCAUCUCUCGAGGGGGUGUCUAACUCGGAGUCACGCUGUGUUUGACCCUAACUUAAUUUUACGCUGGAAUAUCCCUUUAAAGGAAGUCUACCUUCUUCUAAAGGAAAAAGAGCAGGCCACAAGCCCCUCAAAAUAAUGCACCUUUAUGAACCUGCAAAUAUGUACUCCUAUCCAGACUGGUGUCAGGGAAACAUGAGGAAUCUAAUUAAGCUGGUGUCAGGAGGUGUCUCCUAAGGGUGGAGACUGGAAACCAGGUAGAUCCUGAAAUCAACUGAGAAUUCAUGGAGGCUCCUGGCAAUUGUAAGGCUUUCCUAAAAGAGCACAUCAUUACAUGAACCUGCCGGGUUCAUGAAUUUUGAGACAGUGUCCCCGCAAGAUUUAACGUUGAUACUAUUUUAUUAAUUUUGUCUUUUGGUUUAUUCUGCAGCAGGCUAAUAAUGAAACCUGGCUCUCCUGUACUGACAGUGUGUCUGUCUACAUCCCUCUAUUCUGUGCUGCCUCUCCUUUCUCAUGGCCAGGGUACACUGGAGAGAGGCUGCUCAAUAAACAAAGACGUGAAAACUUGCAACAUGUUUUCAGUAAGGUUAUUUCCAGGAGGUCUCUAUGAUUUAAGAGCUGCUGUUCUUGGUUAAAUACAUGAGGUCCUGGUACAAGGAGUUCUCAGUACACAAAACUCAAGAGCAGCUCCUGAAUGCGAGUACAAGAAGAAACCCAGUCUGAAGUGGAAUUCUGCAGGAUGUGGUACACUCAGGUUUCAAGCUGAGGAGAGGCUGGCCCCCUUAUGAGACGCCUGUAAAGGAGUAAUGACAGAAUUGCAGCAAGUGGGAGAAAAAAAGUCACCGAAGCCCCCUGAGCUGUCGCACAGUUGUUAAAAAGAGCGGGCAGGUGAAUCAUACUCGCAGUUUUCUGCUGGCAUGUUGCCUUUGUUGUCACACAAGACAACUUUUUAGUGGGUGCAGAAGAUCGAUGGUUGUUUUUUUGAAUAAAAUGUUUGUAAAAAGUUGUUAAAAAAAAACAAAACUUGGUUCUGUGAAUCAGGUUCAUUAAUAGCAUUUAAAAUAAUAAUGAGUCUGAAAACACGUGAGUAAGUUAAUGAAAGUUCAUGAAUGCCAAAUAAAUCAGUGUCCAUGAAUAGACGAUGAACACCUUAUAAGGAGGUGUGGACACGUACUUCCUGUGGCCUGACAAGCGUGAUGCAGAAAGGCACAGUGAUGAGUGGUCAGUAUUUUAAUUAUCAUUAAAACAAAUUGUAACUACUAAAUAUUGAUGAAUGCUAGUUUGCCUGUUAAUUUUGUUCUGCUCAGGUUUCCUGAAUGAGACCCACAGUUUGCAGACAGGCUGUACAAUGAUUUUGUUAAGUAGUAAUUUUAAAAAACAUAAUAAAGAAUUGAAACUUUUGUUUUGAGGCAGUCUGAAAUGUGGUGAAAAUGUGGUCCCAGGUCCUCACUGCUUAAAAACAGACAUGACUCAGUUGUAGAAAUCCCUGCAUGGGCUUAAAUCAUCAUAACAGCCUUGUUAACAUGGACCCCCUGUUAUUAGAAUAACCGUCUGACCAGAAUAAGGUGCUGAAUAGUUAACUCUCUAUAAAAAGAGACCAGUCUAAUGGAGUCUAAUUAGUCAAAACCAUAGACUGCAUAUAGAAUGGACAGCAUCUGCCUCCUUGCUGGGUGAAGCCACCCCAAGAACAGCACCCCCUGGUGAUGGGCUGCAGUAUAGGUCAUAAAUCCCACCUCCGCCAGCCAUCCUUAUGGGGCUGUGGACAAACUUUAGAAACUAAUUACACAGAAUAUAAAUGUUUCUCCCCCCUGGUUGCGAUGCUGACAUAGUUACUAUAAGACUGGUUUGUACUCAUCCUCCUUUUUUCUGUACAGCUCCAUUUUUAAAAGUUAUUAGGAGGGUUCAUGUUUUCUACGAUUGACACUUGAUACAACCUAUUGGCGUACAAAGAUUGCGUAGCUCACCCGGGGGAUGCGCUGUAUGAGCCGAGCAUCAUCACAGCGACUCUCUGCCGAACGCGUACAACGCUACUGCGCAAUGUUGGUUUCUGGAAAUGGAGAAAAAACAUGGAAUUACCGAGAGCUUUUCAGCAUCAAAUCCGUAUAGUGACGGAAGGCGGAACCAAGUUGUCCAUAGUAUAUACAGUCUAUGGUCAAAACCUACAUUCAAAUAAAGAGGGAUGGUUCAUUCAGACAGUGCUGUGAAAAGUUUUUGCCCUCCUCCAGAUUUUAGCUUUUUUGUCACCGUACAUAAUUUUGAAUAUCAGAUAAAGAUAACCCAAGUAAAGACAAAAUGCAGUUUUUAAAUGAUAUUUUCUUUUAUUAAGGAGGAAAAAACGAUCCAAACCAGCCUGGCACUUUGUAAAAAAGUGAUUGCCCUCUUAACCUGAUAGCUAACUGCAGUCAAGCGUUAGCACCUAAGCUCCAAUAGCGCAUACGUUCCCAGGAAGAUACCCCCAAAUGUAUGAUAUAAAAGCAAAUUCCUCCUUGGGUUGAACCAACAGGCAUUACCAAUCCAUUUAUUUUAACCCCAAACCAAAUGAGAGUCAAAAGACUUUUGCUCAAGUGUAUUUUAGAGGCAUGAGGGUUUCUGCAAAAACACAGAAUAUAAUAAAAGUCAACCUCCAUUAUCCACUUGAAAGACAAAGAAAUCAGCAGACCACGAAGUUGAUAUUCAGUAUUGAUAUUGAAUCAUGGUUUUUUGCUCUGCCAAAUAAUUCCCUUGACAUCACGGUGAGAGUUUAAGACCUUACUAAAGUUAAAUCACAGAAUCAACAGAAAAGCAUAGAAACGUGUGGAGCAGUUGUCAAGCAACAGGUUCAUGAAUGGUUUUACAGUCUUCACAUUCUCGUCAUAUUAACCUUUCAGCCUCUUGAACAAAGCCAUCCAUACAGUCUCCUAGGUAGCACAAUGAGACAGUUGCUAUAGGAGCCAUCCUAACAGUUCAAGGCUGUGUGGAGGAGAGGAAUACGCCGAUGACAGGUGAUCUCUACUAUAGUGUGGAUUCGUAGAACUGUACAAAAGGUUAGCAGGAAACUCCACACCUCUGUCUUUGGCAGUAUUUCAGUGCAGGUGUUUAUCUGAGUGUGUUGCUUCUCUGCUCUGACUCUCUCGUGGCCUGAAACACAGCGAGCAGGUUUAGGUAAUGGCUUUUCCCAAAAAGCAGUGAAGAGGUACUGAACUCAUUUGCAUCCUGUUCAGACUGUUUACAGACAGCCUGGAUGAUGGGGAGUGUGAUGAUUUAGAAUUCAAGUACGGUUUUAGUUUCAGGAAAGUUACACCUGUUUGAUAACUUGAUACUAAGCCUUUCCUGGUCAGUUUUCAAGCAGCAUCAUGUAUCUGAUAAUCAGGAGAAAACUUUCUUUUCUGUGUUUGCCAGAGAAAAAUCCACCAGAUGGCUUCAUUGAAUCGAGGUACUUUCUCUGUAAACACAACUGUGACAGCUCAGCAUGAGAUAAUCGGAGUUGUGCAGAUUGAAGCGUGACUGUAAAGCACAGCUGAGUGCAGAGUUAUGAAUCUGGAUAAUUGAGUCGAAGUAAAAACUAGAGACCAGCUGACUCAUUAUAUCAUGCUGGGGAUUCAACCUUUAUAUUUGGUAAAAAGUCAUUUGAGGCUGUUUUACCCUGAUAUGCUUAUUUCCUUUAAAUGGACACAAAUCAAGUUCCUAGAGAACAGCGAUUUAGUGCAUGUAAAGCACUUUAUGUUGCCUCACCAAUCUGUAUAACCUAUUGAGACCAUUAUAUAGCCGCUUAAAUUGGCCAAUUUUGGCCCGUUUGAGACUGUUAGGAUGAGUUUCUUUAGCCAGUCAUGUCAGCCUUUAGAGUGGUGGAGCUGUGUCACUCAAAUACCCCAGACACUUUGGUGUUAGAUUGCUGGAGCCGGGGGCCUCCUACAACCAUCCCUGAGCAAGGAACCCUGUACACAUUAUUUACAUCAUACAGGUCCCCAAAAUAUGUUUGCCAUGAUAUUUCCUUCUUGGGACCUUCCACAUGUUCAUCUAAGGCUUUUGAAACAUGUUGUCCUUUGUUUUUACCAUACAUGGAUUUCUCUUAGGGUCAACUAAAUACCAACAGUAUGUUUAGGAUUGUGAACCGCUAUAUAUACUUGAAUGGUCUUGGACCAGUCUUUGCUACAAUUGUGGUGGCUACACUUGGGGUGAUCACUCUUUGCUACACUUGUGUUGGUCACACUUGUGUCACACUUGUGGCCUGCUGAAGCUGUAACCCAGAUAUGUAAUCAGUAAAGCUUGUCAAAAUGACCAUUCGUGUGGACCUUCGAUUCUUUCUAGUGUGAACCUGGGCUAGGCAUCCUUACAGAGACUAAUCGGUAAUCGGCCAAAAACUUGAAAUAAAUGCGGAGAAUAAGAUUCGGUUUCACUUCGAAAAUGUUCCGCCAUUUGAAAAGUUUCCCGACUUAUCCUGUAGAUGGCGCAGCGACCUCAUGACAAUCUUCAUCCACUAACUACCUCACAGCACAGCAGAGUGACUGAUCUGAAGCAGGCAGCUCAGGGACGCACGGAGGAGAGUGGUCCGCCUCAACGGUAAAUAAACUAGUUUGUGAAGAAGACAAUAAGUCAACAAGUUUCAGUUCAACCCACUUCACGAUGUUCCCCGCCGUGCUGGUCUCUGUCACGCAGAGUAAACGGUGAAGCACCAUGUAAUAUGCAAGCUAAAGCUACAGUUAGAGUUAGCCACCUGCUAUUAGCCUUGCUACACUGUUAGCCGAGCCAGUAACGGUAGAAUAAACAACAGUAGACAUUAGUGAUCGAGCUACUUCUCUUACUGAGGCAGCUGCAUGUCUCCAGAUGAGACCGGACCGGAAAUGAGUAACGUGAGUUAAGACGUGGAGGCACCGAUCGGCGGCUGCGGGAGGAGGGGGGGUAGUUAAAAACGCUUUUCUGGUCCGAGUUUGAUCACUCGGUCUUCCUGUCAGCGUGAAGAGCAGUAGCCUACAGUAUAUCUACUAUAUACUGUAGAUAUCUACAGUAUUUAUAAAUUUUUUUAUAAUUUCAUAAAAAAAAUGUUAAAAAUCGUCCACUUAAUCGUUAAUCAGACCCCCCCGAAUCCAUAUCGUUCGGGCCUUACUUUAGAUACACACUGUAGCCUUUAUUUGCUUGGAAAGAAAACAGCAGCAGUGUUUUGUGUGAAUCUUCAAACUUUUUAUCCAAACUAAAGUUACCAAAGGAAGCUCUCGGAGGAUAAUUGGCUUGUUUGCGUCUACGAUGUUUGACUUUUUUUAAGCUAAAAUGUUUUUCCUUAUCAUCUCUCAAACUAAAGGUAAGUUUAACUGCACAGCGAACAAAACAAAGAAGCACUAACUCGCAACAAAAAGGCAGAUACAGAAACAUUUCUAACUACAGCUGCUGCUGCUUUUACGCCCACGCAAGAUUUUUAUUCUGAUUUCUACAUCUGGGAAGAUGUCUGGAGUCAGUUUUCUGACACAAUCUGCAGACCUGUGUGCAUUUGGCAGUGCUGUACUGACUGAGCCAGUCCUCUUUUGGUUUCAGGAGGAAUGUCUCCACAGACCCACAUUUCUUCUCUAUAUGAUAGGAAAAUCCCAGCACCUGAAACUAAUGUUGCAUCAUGACAUGGGCAGCAUGAGCCUUUCUUUGUCUUUUCAUUUGUAAAAUCAUGAAAUUAUGAAAUACUUCCAGUUAUCAGGUACUGUUUUCUUUAUUUAUUGACCUGAACAAACAGAAAGAAAACAGAGUCAUGUAAAAAAAGGUGUUAAUCAAUUACUUUUGGUUGCUGAUAGUCUCACUGUAGUGAUUGAACAUAUGAAAUAUUUGAUGAUGAUAAGUCUAUAAGUUUAGGAGAAGAUGCUGCCACAUUUCAUUCAUCACAUUCAACAUUCAAACAAGAUUCAGGACUGAAAUGGUUAAUCUGAAUUCCUCCAAAUCCUCUACCACAGGCGUUUAACUCCUUUCACUUAUUCAGGAUAGUGUGCUGACACUCUUCUUUUGCUUUUUUUUUCACCACGUGAAUUCAAGGAUGCUCUUUCUGCAAAAUGCACAGUACUCCCCCUCACCGGCUUGAAGUCUGCUCUUUUUGCAAACACAACAACAUACAGUGUGUUUGCAUAAUCCCCUUGAUCCCCAAUGUUUAAAGCUCUCUGUGUGUGUAAUUAUGCAUGGUGCCCUUUGAGGUUUUCAGGGAGAAAAAUGCACAUUUGCAUGCAUGGUUGUUCACGGAGAGAUUGACAAACCAAUUUCAUUUGAGUGUGAGUGACAGAUUAACUUGCCCCAUAGGUUCAAGUUAUUUUUUACCUAUGUCGGUACAUAUAACAUUAACCUUAAUGUAACCUGCUGAAAAUGGAAUUAAAAGUCAUGGCAGUCCAUAUAUAAGAGGAUAAAUGUUGAAUUGAGGGCAGUCUGGGUUGAAAACUUAAAUCAUAAUGGAAAAUUGUACAGAUACGAGAAUAUCUGCCUGGAACGAAAAGCAAAAAUAAACAUGACGAAAGUGUGGAGCAAUGAUGGAAAAUGGAAUAAAUGAGGUCGGGAACUUGUAUUAGAAAAAGGGAGGAAAGCAAUUAUUGAAAAUGUUAGAGGAAAAACAAAAAACUGGAAAUGAACAUUUGCUGAAAAAAACAUCAAGCUCUUUUGAAUCUUUCCAUUUCUUUUUCCUUCUUUUAGUGUUGAAUGAUAUUGUUACUGCAGUGUAUAAAUAGGUUCUUCCUUUAUUCUGUUUUAUCCUUUACUCAUAUCGAUUUAUUUUUUUAAACUGUCUUUUUCUUUUUCAGACUGAGCUUACACGUUUAUCCGAACCGCUGACUGUUUUUUUUUUAUAUAUAUAUGUACGUUUAUAUAACGCCACCUGCCAUCUUCCCCGCUCUUCUCUCUAUUUUGGCUUCUUCUUACCUUCUUACCUUUCAUCUGCCUCCCUUUGUAUUUGUCACCUGCAGGUGUUGGGAGCUGAGUGCCGGUAAUAUAAAGUGGAUCUACCAGGUUCCUAUUCUGACAGCCAUCGGGGUAAGAGAGUGUGAGUGUGACGCGAACAGUUUGCUUUUAUAAUUACUCUUGUGAAUUAUGAAUGUAACUCGUGUGUAUAACACAGCCUCUAAUUAACAGAGUGCAUCACAGACAGCCGAACGAGUUAAAAGAUACUCAGAAGAUUAACAACAAGUACAAAAUAAUGAUUUCAGAUUUCAGAGGGAAUAAACCUUGCAAUUGUUUCAGAUAAAGAUGGUGAUUUAAGUGACAGAUUUCAGCCUCUUGCAUAGUCCAGGUCCUGAACAGAGCCAGAACCAGGUUCUUAAUAGUCAGAGCCCAGGUGUUUUUUUAUUUAGUGGGUAAUGAGAGGUCCAGCACUUGAUUUUUGCAAAGAAAGCAGGUUUGCCUGAUGUGACUGUCAGAUUGUCAGGGGACAUAGUAAUUGGUGCUGUCGGUAUAUAUACUGUGCAACAUGAUAACUGCCAGCUUGGCUCAAGGGAAGCAAACAUAUGGUAAACAUUAAGGGGCCUAUAAUUGACCCCUGAGGGACACCAGUAGUGAGAUGGGCUGAGGAAGGAUGAGCAAACUGUUGAGGUCUUCUUGUGAUAACACUGGCAGCACAAAGGGAGAUGAAGACACCUGAGAGACUUAAUAGUGUUGGAAAUUAAACUUCAUUUUUCUACAAUAGAAUCAAUUAGAGCAGCUGAUACACUUACUUCUCCUUUUCAUUUUCUGCACAGACAGCUUUUAUGUCUUGAACAAUUGAUGCAGGUAGUAAACGGGUUAUUCAAAGAUUGUUGCAUGCAUCAUGUUUGCAUACAGCUGCAAGAUUUAGUGUAAAAGAUGCACUUUUGAUACUUUUUUUUCUCAUUUUAAAAGUAAGCUGUACCCCGUUCACCAGUGCCACCAAUAUGUCUAGAUACGUGUACCAGCUUUCUCCCUCGUUAGGCCAUAACUAUGCAUUCAGAGAAAAUGGUGGCGCACUAAUAUAAGGUGCUGGUUUGAUUGAAAGUAUAGAAAGUUACCAGCAGAAAGGAGUGGAGUAUUAGCUGUACAACUUUCAGUGCUAUAGCAGGCUCAGUUCAGCUGCAAUAAAAAACAGAAUGACAAAAACAGAUGGUAAAUGAUAGAGUUGCACAGCAGCAUGGAAACUGUAGGUUGCUGAAUACAGUGAUCGUCCCUGCAAUUCAAGCCCUUCUGUCUCUGCUGAUAAGCUUUCUUUCCAUAUAGACAGGUGUGAUACGUUAACCAUUUUACAGUCAUUUCUAUCUGCAGAUUUUACAAUUGUAUAGGUUCUGUCUUGUAGGUUGUAGUUACCCCCGCCAAGGAGGUUAUGUUUUCGGUAGCGUUGGUUUGUUUGUUUGUUUGUCUGUUAGCAACUCUAAGGAGAAAGUAACAGAUGGAUUGACCUGAAAUUUUCACCAGAGGUGCGUCUCAGCCCCAGGAGGAUCCCAUUAAAUUUUGGUGGUGAUCCGGACAAAAUUCUGGAUACUGUGACCCAGAACACACAAAAAUAAGGGUGUCGUUGGAAUUUUAAAUGCUAAAAGAUAACCAAUGGGUGGCAGAGUGGUGUAGAUAGGCGGCACAGUGGUGUAGUGGUUAGCACUGUUGCCUCACAACCAGAAGGUCCUGGGUUUGAAUCCCGAUCAGGGCAUUUCUUGUUUUAGGAACAUUAUGAACAGUGAACAUACCAGUUUAAACGUUAAUAAAAGACACGUAACAGUAAAAGUUUUGGUGUGAAUCACAAUAUAAGGGGGGACAUGAGCUGCUUGGCGGAGGUCCGUGCUCUCCGAGUGCUUUUCUAGUUUUAUCAUAGUUUUAGUCUGUAUGGUGGAAAAGCAGCAGGAAGUGAGCUGGUGGGUGAACAUGAAAUAUUUCAUCCUUACAGAAUAAAUCAUUAAAAAAGAAAAACCAUCAAAGACUCUUUGACUUUCUCUGUCUCUGUCUAAGACAUGAGGCUCGGGGAAAUGUAAAACUGAAUGCAACCCCAUCGAGAUGUUACCAUGACAACAUUAAAUUUUAAUUAGAAAUAUAAGACUAUUCAUAUCAAAGCACACUAAAUUAGAAGUAUGACGUCAAUUAUCCAGUAUCUGAUCCCCUCUCUUCCCUCUUAUAUGAAUUCUAAUGAGUUUUACAACAUGGAUUAACAGAACAAAUCAGGAAAAACGGUCCGUCUGUCUGCAUUUCCGUCUGACUGUGGAUGACUUCUUACUGGCAUUCGAUUUCUUUCAGCUUUAGAGGUUUUCACAAAAGAACAAAAGGAGUGAGUGGACACUCAGUGAGAGUUCUUGGUACUUCAAUCUCAUGCUGAAGCACCACAAAUUUAAAUCUCUUUGUAUUUAUUCUAGAGUUGGGUGAGCAAUCAUCUUUCAAAUACAAACACUAUUAUGACUUCCCCUCGAGUCGUGAAAUAUUAUUAUACAGGCUGAAUGAUUAUUCUGCCGCCUGCUGUGUUGCACCGUCCCUCCCUGUCUUUAAAGCAGACUGUGCGUUCUACCCUCCUCUCAGUCGUUCAAGUUUUCAGCCCUAAAGUUCAAGUUUAAUGUGGGACUGAAGAGAUUGGAAGAUUGAUGCAGCCACAGGUGGAAAGAAGAGAGCGGGGAGAGGGAGUGGAGGAAGCAGGUGUGCGUUUGUGUGUCUGAAAAGCCAAAGGACAGAGUAUCUGGCUAAACCCACAGGAUCUGGAACGGCUCAGCUCCACUCCGGACCGGCAUACAGCAUACAGCGCCCACCAGAUCCAAUCUGCCGCCAUCACCGGAGGAGAAGCGCUCGCGAGAUUACAGAUAUUUCUCACGAGACUGGACAAGAUCUCACAAGCUCUCACGUACGACUGGGCGAUUAUAUGAUCGUGAUUAAUGAUCGUGACAAAUUUCAGUUCAAUCACGGUGAUCAGCUGUGAGAUUAUUUACUCGAGCAAACAUUGCGAAAAUGCGCAUCACAACAGCCAAUCAGAGUCGAGCUUUUCCUGCUCACUUCUGUAAGUUGCUGGACGAGUAAACGGAGUAACCGAACGUGGCGCUGAGGGCAGUAAAAUAGAUGUCAGCCAUGACUUUGAGUCAUCCUCCAAAGAUGUUAUUGUUUAUUUUUUUAGUUUUAAGUACAGAUGCUUUAAUACUGGCAGUUUAAAAAAAAAUCGGGAUAAUAAUCGAGAUCGGACAAUAUGACAAAGUAUAUCGUGAUCAUCUUUUUGGCCAAAUUGCUCAUGCCUGCUCUCACGUGUUUCCCCGGGAGUCAUAGAAUAAGACCCGCCCAUCAGUGUAUAUAAACACCCACAUCCCACAACCCUGGCCUCUCCUAUUAUCAAGUUAAGAACAGUUCAACAUAUUGACUUUAUUUUAUUUUGAAAAUUAACCAGAUAUUUUACUCUGUAACCGCAUAAAACUUCCGCUGCCGCUCAUGAUGCACUGAAUUGAUGCACCGUGCUCCGGCGAAAUAGAGGCCUUGCGUAUCUGAUCCGGAGCCAAUCCGCAGCAGAGCCGGACGCCGGACAAAUUCUGUGGAAUGACACACCAAGUGAGACUAAGCGAUCUAUAUCACAGUAAAAAGUACCUUGUGUUGGUCGUACCUGUCUGAAUUUAUGCUGUGAGUAUUUCUGAUGUGUAAAAAAUGGAGUCAAGGGAAGCAAAAUUGAUCAUUAGCUUCUUUCUGUGUUACUGGAAUGAUGGAGCACGGUUUGGCACAGUCUCUUGGCUUCCAUAUAGAUGAUGCACACCUCUCUCUUUUUGUGUUUUGAUUGAACCCUGUUGCCUGGAGGUCUUUUAUGAAUUUUCUAUUAAUAGGAGCAAGUACAUUUUUGCAGGAACCAACCAUAUUACAAGCACCAGUGGAGGUCUGAAGGCAUAAAUGAUUGUGCACUGGACUGGAAACACUUUACCACGCAGCACUCUUGACAUGAGGAACAUAUUUUCAAUCAACAUUCAAUCUUCGGUGAUAGUUUGCCUUUCUCCUGGUGGACAGCGGCACCCUGAAGCACUCUAAGGGCGGCUGUAACUGGUUGUUACUUAAAGCAUAUUUAUGAUCUCUAAAAUGUGGGAAAAUCACAAGAAAAGAGUUCACCUUCUGAGGCUCACAACUCUAAAGCAAGCCAGAGUGAUACCUCUGUGUGUCUACUAUUGAACCGAGGCUUAAUGAUUCUUGAAACCAGUUGCGAGGGAGGUAACAAAGCACAAAAUAAGCACAAUAUUUGAAGAUGAAAGUUGUUUUUCUAACCGCUAGCUUGCACCAGAACUGCGCUGGAAAAGUUGGCUUCUGUUCACAGACAAUAAAGGCUGAAAUAAAUUUCCAAUUCACCAAAACAGCUUCACAUUUUCUCAAAGAGCAAGUUCUGACUCGAGCUGUCUAUGCCUAUCUGCUGUGUGAGUGAAGCCAUUUUCAGGUUAUGAUUGGAGAUAUGUCCUGCAGAUUCACUUGCUUUGUUCAAACUCUUCUCCAUUAGAGUGAGGGACACACAGAAAUGGCUUCAUGGUUCUUCAGAAAUUGUUGAAAUCUGCCUUUUAGGGCUGAAAAAGUUGUGCUAACAAACAAAUUCGAAAACAUAAAGACAGUCUCAGAUUGAUCUGUUGUGUUGUUGGUCAGCAGGACUGUUGAUCUGUUAUUUCCUCACCAGACCACGACGUUGGUCCACAAAGAAACAUCUAGACAGCUCUGGGAAGUUAUGCCAGAUAGUUUAGCCCGUCCAGUUCUCUAGUGUUGUGUCAUUCAUGAACGAUUUGUUCAAAAGAACCAAAUCUUUUAAGUGACCAUACUGAGCUGAAUCACUUUCUCAAGUGAUUUGUUCGUUUCUCACUUCAGUUGAUCUGUCAACAGUGCGGCUGCUAUAGCACGCAGCUUUGACAGGCGAGCAGCCGGCGAACGAGGGAGGCAUUCGCCGACGCCUGAAUCACUUGGUAAACGAGUCACGCAUUGAACUACACUCUCUGGAAUCGUUUCUAUUGGAAAAAACUACUUUUUUUUUACUGCUAAAUCGCCACAGCAUGAUGUAACAAGUAGUGCAUAAAACCCGCAGCAUCCUAUCAUCAUCCAACGAAUCUUUCGCUGAGCCCAACUUACCUGCAGACCUGAUAAAUAGCAUACCAUAGGACAGUACACUUAAAACAUCAUGACUUAUAAACAAGUUCAUUUUUACAGACCUGUCUGUCAAAGUAACACAGACAAACACUCUCGUCUCCCGGUCCUAGAAACUAUGAAUUGAACUGAAUCCUGAACCGUUCAGCUGUGGAUCAGUUCAGGAGGUCGGAGUCACAGGCUCCUCCCACCAAGCACUGAAUCAAUUGGUGAUUCUGUGACUGAAUCUUUUGAACGAAUCUUUUUAGUGAACUGAUUCUAGUGAUUCAGUACAUCUAAAAGAACUGCCAUGUCCAUCACUACAGCUCUCAGAGAAUGAACCCGUGUGACUCUGGAGAUUCAAUGAUUUCUUAUCAUGCAUGAACAAAAAACUGACAUCAUGGAUGCUAAAGGUCUGGAGAAUUAUGUGUAAUUGAUCCGACAAGCAUGCAGAGAUAAGACGGGUCAUUUAUGGAAGAACUCAGCUGUAAAAUAAUAUCCAGCUUGAUGUUUGCACCAGUUCAGCAUGAAUCUAUUAGAAAUAAAUUGCCUGUUACACAGAUGAUUUAAAAGUAGAUUACUAUUGCUAUGAUUAGAUGUCAAGAACCUGUCAAAUAAUGUUACAUGAGAAGAGAUUUGAGUCAACAUCGGAUUAGCUCUGCAUGUCAAGAAGAUGGUCUGAAUUCAUUAUCAAAGACAUGUUCACUCUGUAAAUACUGAAGCAAUCCUCGUCUUUGGAAAAAUCAUUAUUUUACCUUUGGAUGCAGGUUCAAAUCGAAAUGACUCUUAUUUCUCAUUAAACACAUUUAUACAAUUUUCUGUAUCCACUUGAAUAAAAAACACAUUUCGAAUAUGUGACACAGACUCGCAUUGAUGCUGUCAAGCAUAGCUAAAGUAGUCAUUUUUCUAUUUAGGGAUGCAGAUUAAAUGGAUAGUGGGUGAAAAUGAAAGGAAAUGUACUCAGCUCUCAUCAUAUGCAUGCAGCUAAAGAGGAGCCCGGCGUUUAUGUUUAAUGCUUUGAAAAAAGUCUCAUCGAGGUGCCUGAAUUCUAUGUGCGCUUUAAAAACAAGCUUUGCAUUUCAUAAACCUCUUUCAAAGACUUCGCCUCAGUUGAAAGGAAGUCCUGGAGAGAAAUUGUAGAGCCUUGGUAAAGAAAAUAUUGACACGACAACACGACAAUAGCUCUCUCGAACGCCUGAGUACGCUUACAGAGUUUGAGAUAUUGUAGGUUGACUGUAAGCAGGCCGUUAUCAAACAAUAAUGGCAGGUAUAAAUAUUAAUCCAUUUAAUCCACCAGUUCUCCAUCUCUGUUCUUUUUCUUUUCCAGCUGAACUUCAUUUUGUUCGUGAACAUUGUUCGAGUGUUGGCGACUAAAAUUCGAGAGACAAACGCUGGCAGAUACGACACCAGGAAACAGUACAGGUAUGUGCUCUGACUUGAAAACGAGGAGUUCAUUUUGUACUAAGUGUGGCUUCAAGUUGUUUUUUCUACCACCUGUAAUUAUUUUUUAUAAUGUGCCUCUGCACGACUGAGAUGGGUAUGACAAUGAAGUUUGAGUGAAUGGCACUGUUGGUAAAAUGGUAAUCUGUCUCCGAGAUACGGACCAAGAGCUUGCAAAAAAAGCCAUAAAAAUACGUCUUGUAAGAAGCACAGUGAGUAUUUUUCAAGUUUGAAAGAAGCUUAAGGUUGCAUAAAUGCAUCUGAUGCAUUUGUAAAUCUUGGAUGGUGGUUUUAGAUAAUUGUGAUAUCAAUAUUUAUUUGUGGUGAUAUAUAUAAAUAUAUAUAUAAAAGGAUCCAAUGAAGGUGGAGUAUAUGUAUAUCAAAUCUUUGUCACAUUCCUGCAUAAAUGCGAAAAGACAUUUGAUCAGAAAUGGUACAAUUUUAAUGAGGCUGACAUUUAAUGACCAAAAACAGUGAAAGGUAGAUCUCAUUGAAAAUUUGUCUUCACUCAUAGCUGCUCCAGAGAUACCCAAGGGUAAAGCCUGUGCAAUAAGAGCUGGAUAAUCCUUCUAUUCCUGCUGACGGGUCCUGAGAUGAAAAUGGAUGCCUUCCUUCUGCCGCUUUUGACCCCCCUACAUGGACGCUUUCCCGCCAUACAUGCAAAGCUCAGUGAAAAGCCUGAAGGAGAUCAGAAACUUGAACUACAUCGUAUCCUCAGUCAUGCGUGUCAUUUGCAUACAGGAUGUGCAUUUUUGUGCAGAAUCUGUAAUCAGAGAUUAUGUCUUAGAAAAUAAUCCUCCCUUAGAAGUGAACUGUGCAAAGCAAACUGCUUUCAGUUCAGCAGUUAUUAUGUUAAUGAGUCGGUACAGACACGUGCAGUCAUUAUAAUACUGACAAAACAAAACCAAGUAAACAGUGACAGUAUCCUGAGUGUGUAAGUUACAAACACACUCACACACAAACACAAAACAAAAAUACGUGCUCAAACAUGUCCAGUCCUGUUAUCAUUGCUGUUAUUUUCUCCUGCUGCAGAUGACGUCUAUGUGUCAGAUAAAAACAUUGCAGUAACUAGAGUGUGUUUUUCAUGAGCAGUCAGGACAGAUGUUAGUCAUCCACUGCAAACUAGAAACAAUCCUGGAUUCUGAGCGUAAGAGAUAUGAUCCACAGUUUCCCUAUAUAGAAAAACACUGAGGUAGAGUCUCUGAUGUAAUUCUUUGAAGAUAAGAAAAGAAAGGAGAUAGAUUGAGUCACGAUUUUAAUAUGGAAACUACAAACGUUCAGAUUUAGACCCAUAUUCAAUUGGCAAUAACACUGAGACUCUAUUUAUACAGUCUGUAGGUGGAAGACAAUCCUCUGUUAUGUAACCUCAGGAUCCACAGCCAUCUCUCUCAACAAAUAGGCUGCAGUAGUCAAUGAAAGUCUGCGAGGAGUUAAUUGUCUUCUUCAUAACACUGUUGCUGAACGCCACAACAUUCUUGCAUCUAGGUCAAAGUAAUGCGCUGAAAAAUAAAGAGGAGCUUCCACCAUCAGCCUGUCAGGUGAUGGGGUUUCCCUCAGUGUAUGCACCUCCUCUGUGCAGCUCCAACUGCUUCCAAAGGGCAUCAAUCGUCACAGAGAAGAUCCUUCCAGACGGGACGUUGCUUUUCCACAUAUAGUAGAGGCUCAAACUAGCAGGAAAUAGACCACAGAAAGAAAAAACAACCUGUUGUGAGCAUGUUGUUUCUUCUAUACUGGGGCUGCACUACGCUGCUGCUACACUCCAAAUACGCACCCUGUAUGCGAUACCCAAUGCAGUAUACAGAACGCGCUCAAUACGGAUCCUGUAUGUUUUCGGCUUUCUGCAGCUCAUACACAAAACUUCCUUUUUUUUCUAUGUGUCUGAGCACUGCCCAUCAAUUCAGAUCAGGCAAGACAGAGAGUCAAACAAGAUUCAUGUAAGCCGUUUGUUUUCAGAGAAAAUCAUCCCUGAUCAUAUCUCACUUCACUACGUCUGCAAACUAUCGUAACGAGCAGAGCAGAGCCAGGCCUGGAGUCAAAAGUUCAGAGGCUCUCAUGGAUGAUGAGAAGCUCAUCAUGGAGAUGGGAAAGCGAUGAUUCUUCUAAUCACUGCAGGUCUCCAACACCGCGGUGCUACUUUGUACUGCUCUCUGAAAACAUAGCCGGUGGGUGUUUACAGGUAAUGAAGCACAAAGCUAAACCCCAGGGGUGGCAGAGGUGGACCAAACAUGCACCAGUGGAAGUCUUGUGUUAGACGGGGGGUUGAUCUUGUCUUUGUUGUUGUGUCUUUCUCUUCUCAGACUUGUUGUAUGUAAUUAUUUCCUCUUCUCUACACAGGAGUCCUUACAUUUCCAGCAGAGUUGAAGUAGCUACUGUUACUUCCUUUUCUUCCAGGGUUUGUAAUUACAUGAAGACACUUAGCUGGAGUCCUCAUCUGAACUUCUCCGUUGUAUUGAUAUUUCAUUCAGAGCGCGGACCGACUGAGGGAAAACAAAAAAAGUUGUAGCUGCCCUCAGGUUUCUUCAUCUCUGCGACUUGAUUACAAGCUCCAGGCUGUUGUUUGAUGUAGUGCAGAUGGUCUGUAUGAAUAAACAAAGGGAAAUGAAGCCCGCUCAGUUUUUUCCUCAGGAGAGCUAGAUGAGCUGAAGUGGCGCUUGUUUGACGAACUGAGCACGGCCAGCGAUGGUGAAACAAGGUGAACAAGGUUGGCGCGAGUCACUGCAGCAGGUUUCUCUGCAGCAGGUUUCCCGCCUCAUCUGUUAAACUCUUGUGGCGCUUUUCUCCGCUCCGUUAAUCAGCCUUAAAAGCGAGCCACAGCCAGUGUUGUUUUUGGCAGGCAUUUUAGAUUUAGUUUUAGUCUUAGUCAUUUUGACGAAAUGCUUCUUCGUUUUAGUCCCAUUUUAGUCAUUUCUAUCCUUGAUAGUUUUCGUCUAGUUUUAGUCCGACGAAAGCUCAAGCGGUUUUAGUCUAGUUUUAGUCGACAAAAAGGUGCCUUUUGAGGUUCGUGGUGUUCUUUCCCGACAGUUUGAAGCCGCAGCAUGAGGAAGCUGUGGCUCCACAACUGUCGUCUGUCUCGUCUCCCCGUACAAGACAUUGUGUUUUAUUGUCACUUGGACUGUAUCUGGACCACAAAGCAUCCCUCUUUUUUCGGCCACCGGGCACCGCUGCUGUGCCUGCCGCCACGGUGUGUGUGUGUGCGCGCCUCGUCCACCUGCCGCUCUGUGUAUGUGUAUAAGUGUGUGCGCGCAGCUGUGCGCGAGCGAGGCUUUUGGUGCGUGUGUGAUGGGGGCGUGACUGUUAGGACAAAAAAAAAAGCAUGUUUUGAAACUUUGUUCGUCCACCUAAUAACAAUUUAGUCUCGUCUCGUUCUCGUCUGACGAAGAUGAAUACAAUUUUCGUCACAUUUUAGUCUUUACAGAGCUUUGGUGACGUUCGUCUUAGUCUCAUUUUCGUCAAGGAAAAAAGGAGUCUGACGUCGUCAUUUAAGUUUUCGUCCUGCCUGACGAAAACAACACUGGCCACAGCUCACCUCAUGCGACGUUCGGCGUUCAUCUUGACAUGCCAUCUCUGCAAUUUGUCGACUCCUCCAUCACACGCUCUCUGUUUUCUUACCUCUCGUGCUCUUUCCCCACUCUUAUUUUCUCUUUUCAGUUUGUUGCCGUUUAAAACAGGCUGAUGUUUGACUAACCAGGCGCCUUUCUGUGGUUUGAUGUUUCAGGGUCUGUAAUCAGGGCUGCAUCCCUGUCCUUUCCCUGCUGUCUAAAAGCUGUUAUUACCCAGUCAAUAGCAAGUAUUUUCAAAUGAAAAUGGAUGCUUUCUUAUUGAUAAGGAUAUUUCACAUCCAGGGACCAAACACUCAGGCACACAGUUUUAGGAAAUGUUGGAGAAUGCAAGACACCCUUACAAAAAAUGUUGUGUGCUUCCACCAGAAAAUAGUUCCUUGGGGGGAAGAAAUUCAAAUAUUGGUUACUCUCUGAAUUUGAUAAGUUGACAAUAUUCUGACUAAAGCUCUCAAACAACAAAAAAAGGUGUAUUUUCACAAGGAUGACCAUACGUCCUCUUUUUGGGGUGCUGUCCAGACUGUCUGUCUUUGUCCGGGGAAGUUUAUAAAAUCCUUCAAAUGUCCGUGGUUUUGUAUGAAACUUUUGAGUUUUUGUUGCGUGGACUUAAUGAGUUAGAAGCGCGUAAAAGAAACUUGGUCCAACCCUAAAAACUCUCAAAAUUAACUUUGUGUGGCUCCGUCCCUGCGUAGUUUCGUCCUCUUUUUGUCCUGAUUUAGAAUAUGGUCAAUCUAACUUUCACUUUAACGGAGCAAUCCUUAGUUUAUUUGUCUUAUGUCUUUAAAAAGAAUAUGCUCCGAUUUUGCAUUUUAAAAAGUUUAAUUGUUCUUUUGUUUUGAAGUCAGAAGAGUUGCAGUCAUCUGUGAAAUAUAUGGAAGCUCGGAAACAAGAAAUUAACUGAGUGUUGAAAGAGUUGAAGCCAAGAGCAGACUUUAAUUUUCUGCUAAUCCAUCUCCAUUUAAAAAGACUUGUUUCUACUCUUUCUGAGAUUAAACUUAUUUAAAGUGUUGUUUUUCUCACAUAGUUUAAUGCAACAUGUUUUGAUCAGCCACAUUCCAAACUGAAGUUAGAGUCUGUAAUGUCUUUAUAUAACGAUGAAGCACAUGAAAGUUUGCAUAUGAGUAUAAAAAGCAAAGUGAAAGUGCAUUACAGGACACCACAAAGACUGUCAGGUACUUGUAUGAGUUUAGAUUAGUUUUAAUCACUCUUUAAUGAAUUAAUCAGAGGCAUAAAUUUGAUUAAAAUGCAUCUAAACAGUCGUCUUUAAUUAUGAACCCUGUCACAAACAUCUCACUACCACAACAUUACUUUAUGAUCUAUCAAAUGAGCUGCCAAAACAAUCAUCCUAUGUUUGUUCUUCUUGAAUACUGAAGGCUGCGUUCAGCUGAAACUCUAAAGCAGCUCUGCAUGAGUGUUUGUUCAAGACUAUCACUCCUGUAACAUGUUCACAAAAUUUACACAGACUAAACCCCAUGCACCCGUCACCAUUGAUCGGUUCCUCAGCAGCCUCGAUGUGGAAGAUGAAGAUGUUUUCGGACCGAACAGUGGGGCUUUUUGAAGAAGAACUUUUUCCCCGCGGAGUUCUCUGAAAACUUCUUUUGACACGUAAGAGUAGAAUUUUUUUCCAAGCACACUGGAUCCGUUAUUUCAUGAUUUGCAUGUGUUUAGCAAAUAAUCCACUGUUGAAGCUACUUAUUAAAGGGUUCGAUCUGAUUCACAGCACACAGAUUUGCAGGGAUAGAGCCUCUGGGUAAUUAUUUACAGAUUUAAUGAGCGGCAGAAGCAGGGUGUCCUUUGCCAAGCCUUCGCCAUCACAUCCGCCCGUGCACAUGUGAACGCAUCGUGAUUCAGUUUACAACACGCUGUAACAAUGAGACAAACAACACGUCUGACUCUGAUUCUGAGGAGGAAAGAGGCAUGUCUGUUCCUCCUCUUGGCAAACUUUUUAAUGAUUUUGGUGUUGGGAAUAUUUUAAAGUUUGUGUUGUGGACGAAUGACAGCAGAGUCAAAGAUUCCCUUCCUUUUGUGAAGCCCUGUGGAGCAGUACAGCGGGGCGAACUCGGUCUUGACAUCCUCUCGUUAUCUGGUAGCCGGGGUUGGACUGCACGGUUAAAUGACUGGGAUUACAGAGGAUUUAAAGAAACGGAAAAAGAAAGAGCUGUCGACUUAUGUGACGGUAAAAAAGUCGGCACCGUUUCGCGUUUGAUAAUGAGGUUGCAAGUCUCACACACAACCGAUGGCUCCUUUGAACUAAACAAGAAUGCGCUGACAGCAGCUCCACCAGGAGCCAGUUUUUGCAAGUAUAUCACCGAAAAUCUACCUGAAGGCUUUUCAUCCUGAUACAUCAAAUUUGUGCUACACAAAACCAAAGAUCUGAGAGUUUCUUCACUCAUGUUAGGUCUUCUACUCAGCUAUGUUCUCCUCAUGGAGGAUCCUGGAGGCAGGUGGGCUUUGUUUUCCCUUCAGCAAGAUCUCAGUUUGACCCAAGUCUGACUAGUCUCCACUCUGUUGGACACAGACCUCCAAAGUGAGCAUCCAUCCAUCCACACUGACUCUAUCCUUUCAAUUAGUAGCUCGACUCUGACCUCCCUUUGAGUGUCUGGUGGAUCUCUGAGGCUGAGUUCAACCACUUUAAGCUCAGCCUCUACUUGAACUCCUGGAGAGGCAGAGACUCGAACCUAAACUGAGGAGGGCAAUCCAGAGAAUUGAGGAUUUUUACACCGUGGAUAAAUCUAAAAUAAUACUUAUUUCUGUCUCCAGCUGUCUCAGUAAAACUAGUUAUCUUUCUGAGUCUAACUUUUCUCCUCCUCUUCUUGUGUCUUCUUGUGUUUGUGUUUGUCUCCACAGGAAACUGGCUAAGUCCACCCUGGUGUUAGUCCUGGUGUUCGGCAUCCACUACAUCGUCUUUGUUGGGAUGCCUCACACGCUGCAGGGGAUGAGCUGGGAAGUCCGCAUGUACUGUGAACUGUUCUUCAACUCUUUCCAGGUACUCCCCGACCCCUAUUUCUGUCAGAUGUUUAGAGUUUCAUUAAGGUUUGUUAUUAUACGAGUCAAACUUCGGGUCAGAAUAGGAGAGAAACGUGUCUUUCUUUUAAUAACACAGGGGGAAAAAAAGUCCAUAGAUCACAGCCUGUGGUCUCAUAUUGUGGCAUGACUCAUUGUAACCUUGCACAUUACUGUUUCAUGCCGUGGGAACCAUAAUUAUCUUCUCCAAAUUACUCUGUCAGUGUCAGAGUCAGGGCUGCACAUCACUUAGUGGAGCAGCUGGAUAAUGAGUUUGCGUCAGGAUCCUAACUCUGCUCUGCUCAUGUUUAAAUGAGCAAUUUCCAAACUGGGAGUGUUUGUGUGACCUUUCCCGUAUACUGUACGAACUGGAUUUCCUUAGGUGGUCUGCAGGGUUGGCUCACUCUUUCGCCAUAUUGUUGUUGUAAUUGUUUCAGUCUAAUCCCUUUUCUGUUGGGAUUAGACUAAUUGCUGUUUAUUGAUUACGCAUGAAACUUGUCUGUUUUGAACCUCCUCAGAGAGGCGUUAAUUGAAAUAAUGAGAAAAAAAUGAGGCAGAGAAUAAAGAGCAAGAACUGAAAGGAUGAAUAAGCUCUGAGGUUGUGAAAAUAAACAAGUUAAAAGAGAAAAAAAGAUGACAUGACUGAGGUGCAGCAACUGAAAGCCUUAAAGGGAUAUUCCAGCGUAAAAUUAAUUAAGGGUCAAACACACUGUAACAUCGAGUUAGACACCCCGUCGAGAGAUGAAUGUUGCUGACUGCUUGCUUCUCUAGUUAUACCAACUUUAGUAACGACCGCACGAUAGCAAUACACAGCGGUCUGAGGAGCCAUAAACAAACCUCAACCAAAACGCCACUCUAUCGCCACAAAUAAUGCUCAGAACAGCACCUAACUUCAUCAACAGGACAUAUAGGAUCCCAGCCAUAGUACUAGCCACCAAACAUCUUUUUUACUCUGCCUGAUUUCUUUAUUAAAGAGACUAAACACAACUCACCUACUCUCUUCCAGCAGCCGCUUGUUUGUAGCAAGACCUCAGGCCAUUUCAUUACAGACUGCAGCGGGGUGACGCAGCUCAAGAAAGAACAUUUAUGAUCAUUUCUUCAUGGAAAUGCAAUCAGACCGCAUCUGCAGUGCAAAAUGAUUUAUAUGAUGAUUCAAGGAAAUGAUAAAGUAAUGAUUGUAGCGUUGGUAUAACUAGAGAAGUAAGCGGUCGGCAGAAUUCAUCUCUGGAGGGGGUGUGUUACGGUGUUACGGUGUGUUUAACCCUAAACUAAUUUCACGCUGGAUCAUCCCUUUAAAACCUGUUUCUUCUUUCUGAUUAAAAAGCUCUGUCUGCAGAAAAUUACAUCCAUGUGUAAUAUUCAUUACAUUUAUAACAAAGCUGCCAGGUAUCCAGCUUUGGUCGGGAAACGACCACACUUUACUCCUCUUUCCCGCUGUCUUCCUGUAUUUGCAUUGUCGCGUAAAUCUCCCGUGUUAAAAAAUCUGAAUUACAAAAAAUCAUUAUUCUGCCUCUCCAAACUGAACUCUGUCACUAGCAGAAAAUUUCCCUUAUCUUCCAAACCAAAACUUGACAGGCACGGUGCAGCGUUAAACUGACAUGGAGUUUCCCAUAAAUGAGUUUUUGACCAGCCCUUCUUGGGAGAAAAUGAACAAUUGUACAAAAGCUGAUUUGUUUAUCUUUGGUACAUUUUAUGAUGUCCCAGUUGCCUACAACAUGAACAUCAAAAAAGGGGUCGUAAUUUUCCAGUGUUGUAUAUUGAAUUUCGUGGUUUUUUCCGGCCUGGCUGUGUGUGGUGUAUGUGUGGUGUGUGUGUGUGUGUGUGUCGCUGUCGCCUAUCUUGUAUGCAAAUUAGGUGUGCCAUCUUGCAGGUGCGUUCUCAUAGUUCCUUUGCCUCGGUUAUUGCUCGGCUAAGGUUUUUGUGUCGCGUUAUUUCAUGGAUGGCAGUUUUUCUUGGUGUGUGGGGAGGUACUCGUGUAGCGUAUAGCUGCCAAGUAUCCCGUUUUGGCCGGGUUGGGGGUGGGGAGUUGAAAAUUUCCCUUAUUUUCCAAACCAAAACUUGACAGGUAUGAUUUAUAAACAUAUCGCAGGGAGCUCAGGGAGAGUCUGAUUGAUUAUUCGUGAACAUAAUGAAGAAUAAAUAAUUCAUUUCUUUCCUUUAUACUCGAAAUUGCAAGGUGAGCAGUUUAUUCUCAAACCAAAUAAACAUUCAACACAUUUUAUUUAGCUUGACUUUUAAUGUCAUGAGAGACCAAAGAAAAGUGGAGUGUAAAUCAAGAAUAAUGUGUUUUCAUCAGGGUUACUGGAAGGUUAAAGUAGCUCGAUAUUAUCUGUACUAUCUGUAUUGAAACCUGCAGGGUGUUGAUUUAGCUGCGACUUAAUCCAAAGUCUUAAAGCUCUUCGUCAUAUGAGUCCAGUCACCUCCCAGUUGUUGUUUGCUGCUGGUUAUUAGCUCCAGCUGGGAGUGAUCAAACCUGAUCUAUAAGAUCAUUAUUUUUCAAUAUUUGACUUUAGUCAGAGUUAAUGAAGUUGCCUUUAAUCAUUACAAGUACUGACUUAACGAGGUAAAACUUUCAAAAUAAAAGCCUGCUAAAAACUGAGAGCAGAAUGUUGUAACUGAACGUCUUGGAAAGCAAAUCAAUAAAACUGAAUUAUUUAAAGAAAAUAAUAAUUUUUACUGGACAGUGUACAUUUGAUGAAGUAUCCAGGGACAAUAACACUUUUUAAAGACAAUUCGAGACCUUAAAAUUGCUCUGUUUCAGUCUUUCUCAUAUUUGUACUCUCAGUAUCCGUCUGAAUGAUGACUUCAGAACCCUACUGAGGAUAAAUCUCCUGCUAUGCCCAAAUGUAUGUAAGGACACGCCCUUAUUCAUAUGUCAGAGUUAACAAUUGAAUUAUAAAAUCAUGUCACGGGGUUUUUGAGGUGUUCAGCGCUCAAAAAAGCUGUUGUGUUGAUCAGACUUUGAUCAACUACAGCUGUUUAUAAUGUCAGUUUCAGUUUCCUUAAGCAUUCAAAUACCCACAAUUCCAUUUUGGCAUCAAAAUGAAUAGCAGGUGUAGAAAUUACACCAUUGUGAAAGAAGCACAUCAAACAAGCAAAAGAAUACUUAGGCUUUUGACUGGUUCCUGUGAGCGCCUUCAAAAAAUAACUCUUUAUGCAUGUAUUUGAGAAGAUGGCCAGAGCCACAACAAAAGCACGAUUUCAUCGUAGAAAGAGAAUCCAAAGUGCUCAGCUCCGUCUUUUGUGCUGUGAAACACCAGCUGAAUCAUUAAACCAGCUCCAGCAUGAGCGGGCCUGUUUAGAGCCCAAUCAUAACACAGAUUCUUACCAAACUCAUCUGAUGAGAACAGCUGGGCAGUUCAUGACAUUAACAAAGUUUAAAAAACACUUUUAACAGGUAAGAAGAAAUCCUUAACACAAUAUAAAAUGAAGCAGAUACUGGCCUCCCUACUGUAUGUACAUAUAGGGGGUUAUUACCUGGUCUUCAUUAGAUGCUCUGGGUUUUCACCAUAGACUGGAUAUAUAACGGACGUCUUCUGCCUCCUCGCUGGGUGAAGCCAUCACGAAAACAGCUCCCCCUGGUGGCGGGCCGCAGUAUAGGUCAUAAACCCCGCCUCCUCCAGCAAACUUAAUGGAGUUGUAAACAAACUUUAAAAAAUUAAAUACAAGUAAUAUAAAGUUUUCUCCCCCCUGGUUAGGUUGUUGACAUGUAGUUAUUGUCAGACUGGUUUGUGCUCAAGUCUUCUUUUUGUGUGCAGCUCCAUUUUUAGAAGUUAUUCGGAGUUCAUGUUUUCCGGUUUCAAAUGCUGGUUUCAGGAAAUGGAGAAAAUCCCAGAAAUACAGAGAGCAAUGUGGCUUCAAAUUCACAUUUUCCAUGCUAUAUACAGUCUAUGGUUUUCACUCAAUGAAACUUCUUUCCCUGUAAAAGAUACAAAUUAAAAACUGAGUGAAAAGUAAAGAAACAAGACAAAAGAGAGAGCCAUACUCUGCUGCCGACACUGUUUGUUUUUCUUCUGUCUUAAACAUGCAAUCUGCUGAGAGUGUGCACCCACACACAUAAAUGCAUAUUUGAGAUCAGACAGACUUUUUAAUUACCGCUGAAUAUUUAAACAAGGUGUAUUCCUACCUUACACCUGUAUAUAUUUUUAAAGCUGCUGUCACAGAAGUCAAAGUUGAAUAAUGAAUCAAUAAAACACACAAAUUAUAAAUAAAUGAAACACAAAGUUCAAUCAAAAGGCACCAAGUGGGACUAAGAAACAGCAAGGACCUCUGUCAGGCAGCAGUUUCUCAAUUCCCACAGAACAGGAGGUUGAUGGUUGUGCAGUCCAAGGCCACAGAUGAACACUGAAGAAGCCUCACAGCUGCAGCACAAAGGACAGGCGAUAAACCUGAAUCCCUACUACAUGUUUAAGAGUCCAGAGUAGAGGGAGUUUUUCUAAACUGUGUCGAGCGGCUCUUCAUCCACAACCAGCCUUCGGAGUGAAAGUCCCUGAACCCUCCAGAACACACACACACAGAUACAAACACUUAUAAACUAUGAACCACACACAAUCUGGGCCACUCAUCUGUGAAGGCUGCGACGGGAUGAUGAAAUCUCGAACGUGGUGAUUUAGCUGUUAUCAGAGAUGAGAGCCUGACAACACACAUCCAACUUCACAGCAAAGUUGUUUUGCUUCCUUGAAACUGGAUUUAAUUUGCAACGGACCCGUGAAAAAUUUACGGCUUUGCUGUCACUGAUAAGCAAUCAGAAAAUUCAAGUUUCACAGCCGAUGAUUUCAGAGGAACACAACUCUGUGAGACAAGGCCAAAGACUUCUUCAGUGUCUCUGAGAUAAAGCAAAGUCCUUUCAAACUUUGUGUCACUUAAGUUAACAACACUCCUAUACUUAAAUGUCACAAAAUUCAAAAUUAAAAUUUCAUAUGAGCUGCAUUUAUUUCCUAACAACAACAAAGCCCAGAGGGGUACACCAUGAAGCGAGCCGGACAUACCCAGGUUUCCUUUAAAUAAGCUCAGAGCUUCGGUUAGACAUACCAGGUCUCUGUUAACUGAGGCUUACAGCUCCAGGCUCUGUGCAGGCUCACAUGAAAAGGGCGUUUGGUGCAUCGUUUGACUCUACAAAAGAAAUAAUGUCUGUCUGCUUCAGUCAGACUGAAAUAAUGAGGCAAGAAUGAUAACCGCACAACCAUUAUAGCAGCAAAAAAAGCUGUCUUAUUGUUGCAACUGAGGAAAGAAAGGGAGCAUUGGCUUAAUUGGUGAAUAAAUAUAUAUAAUUUCACAUAAUACACAGUGAUUUCCUCUGUUUAUCUAUAGGGUGACAAUUACACACAGAGCAUCUCUGGAUUCUUAACAAUACUAUGUGUGAUUUCAGCGGAAACUAAGAUUGUAUCGGAUAUUUAGACUCAUUAAAAACCACAAAAACAAACUUUUUUUAGCCAGAAAUAAGUGUAGUUGAUUGUUUUGAUGUGUUCAGGAAAAAAAUCAGUUUAUUUAAAGUGUUUUUACUGGAAAACCGUCUGUGUAAAGAGACUAGGCGAGAUCCUGGCUGAGCAUAAAUCAUCUAAUUAUCUUUUAGUCUACGUGUCAAUAGCCUGGAUCACACGGAAGUGAGUCGGUCAGGCUGUUAAGCGCCUUGUUAGCAACGUUACAUUGUGUUGUCAGGGUAACGUGAGAAGGUGAUAAGUGCUGCCCAGUUCCUAUUUAUACCACAUUGAGCUCUCGGAGCAUCGUCCUCUCAGUCACUCCCCUGGUAACGGCAGUUCAGUCCUCAGGGUUUAAAUCUAAAAGGCUCAGGGAGAAAAUCAAGAUUUAGCCGUUGGGUUUGGAGAAGGAAUGAUCCCAGUCCAGGGUCACAUGAGUCUAAUUGGAAUAACUGAGACCUGGGUUUCAGGUCUUCGUCGCCCUUGGGUUCCAGCGCUCCACAAUGACUCAUUAUCUCAUCUACAGAGAUUACGAGAGGUUCAUGUGUGAGUGUGAGGUGUAGGUUUCUGGAUGAGCAUCACUAACCGAUCAGCAUGAUCAGUCCACCGUUCACAGUCUCUCUGUUUAACUGGUACCAGAGAGACUUUUGGUUUUCGAUCCGUAAGAUUUAUAAAGUAAAGUGUGGCUCCUGCUUUGUCUCAUCUUUCCCCAAUUUGACUGAAAAUGUUGUUAAAUUUAAAAAAAUAAUGUGGAGACAUAUUAAAGGUGUUUUUUUUUGUGGUGUAUAUACAAAAAAAGCUUCCAGUAUCAGUCAAUAGCUAUUAGUUAUUGAUGACAUGUGGUAAUAUGAUGAUAUCACUGUUUUCUUAUGCCUGUAAAGUUAACAUUUUAAGUUUUUUCUGACUGUAAUGAAGCCGUUCUCCACCUCCCUGACCUGAUUGGUUGUGAGGCAGACAUUGCUCCCUCAUGUUGUGAGGUGCACUCCAUGUCCUCGAAUAACAUUAAGGAGCCCAAACAAAGUUAGCGUGCUACAAUAUCGGACAGUAGGAACAAACAAGAAAUGAUGGGAAAUUGUCUGAAUCCUCUUUUGGCCACGACUGCCAACACAAGCAAGAAAACGAAGUAAAUAUCGGAGACUCUGGUGGACUAACGUGCGCUUAAAAAGGAGGUAGACCAGACAAGAGAUAAUAAGCCGGGUCAACGUCAAUGAAGCAUAAACGAUGGGGGACAAUUCAGGAUCUUACGGACGCUGUAACCUUUCUGCUGGACAGAUAAAUCGCUUUAACAAAGUAAGCCGAGUGUAACAGAAGUGUUUCUUGUCAAACGGGACCUGCUGCGUGUUGUAGCGCCGCUAAACUGUUGACCUCGGAUCCUGGACUAUGUCACUUUAUCCUAGUUGUAGAAGUCCUGCAAACAUUGUGUUUUCUGGUCGUCUGUUGGCAUCUACAGUAGCACCAAUGCUUUUUACUUUCACGUUGACUGGGCCCCAUUUGUAAUUAUCUGAAGUAUUUAUCUGCAUUAUAUCUGAAUUUAACUGGAACGUUAUGAGCGAGCAGGAGCGUCUGUUUGUGGGCGGGGCUUGCUGGAGCAGAGAGGGAGGGGAGAGGAGGAGCUGAGGGGAAAACUGGUUGGGAGGGGUAGAGUUUACAUUCAAGAUUUCUCCCCAAAACUGGCACUUCCUCAGAUCCUCCCUACCCCACCUUUAAAUAACUCUCUAAUGAAAUCUACAGCCAAAACCUAAAAAUAUAAUCUCAUGGUUUAUCUCUCUGUGUCUCUUGAUAGCCCUGCAGCUUUGUGAACUCUUCCACUAGAAUGAAAUCAUCUCCAUCUUUCCGUCACUCACAGGCGUAGAUUUCUUUCGCCUUCAACCAGACACUUUUGAGGGACAGUCUGAGAUGCCAUGGCCUCAUGCUGUGAAUCCAUUGAUAUGUAUUUUCAGCUCCAGCUCAUAACAGCUGGGUAGUCUGGCCUUUUUGACGCCAAAUGUCAGAUCUAAUUUUCCUGUCAUCCUCGGACUCUCUUUGUAUUUAGCUUCUCUUCUCUCCAGCAAACUUUAAGCUCCUAUGAGCGACUUUCAAUUUUGGUCAAUUUAUGUGAAACUUCUAUAAAGCUGUGUAAUCUCCAAAAAAGAUGUAUCAGUUCAAAAGGAGACCAAUUUAAUAAUGGCGGAGCUGCAUUAUUUGUUUCAGAGGCUCUUUGUCUAAACGCCGUGUUGUUUUUGGCUUCUUCUGGAAGAGUCUCUCCCUCGCUGCCUUGUGAAGCAAGACCCACACACGCCCAUAUGAGUGUAAAAACCAAUUUGCACAGUCCCGGCGUUUCACAAAGAAAAUAUUGUUUGAUGAUGCCGCACCUUGGCAGGAAGCAGGAGAGUGGGGUGCAACAAUAGCCAAACAAACACUAUCUGAUUCCUGUCUUGUGAAGCACUAUUUGAGGAAAAGAGACGCAGAACAUGUGAAGUCUAAUAAGACUCAUACUCAGUAAGUUGUUGUGUCUGACAGGCAGCAUGUAAGCUCUGCUCUCGCCUGUGUUCCUAAAUGUAAUGUUGGUUUUUCUCUCCUUCAGGGUUUCUUCGUGUCGAUCAUCUACUGCUACUGCAACGGAGAGGUGAGUCCUGUUUUCCUCUGUAAGGCACCGACCCUAACCCUAACCCCUAACCCUAAACAUGCACAAAUACUUGCAAACAAACCACUAAAGAAAACUUACAGUUCAGCUGUAAGUGAAUGAAACCAUUCAAAGGGAGUGUAUGAGAGCACAUGAAUGAAAGAUAAUAAUUCGCCUCCCUCUGCUCUCUCAAACUGACCCCAAAGCGCUGAAACGAUCCCAGCCAUUCACUCUCUCGCCGCCUUUGGACUCAGCUCUUUCAGGUGAAAAUCCAAAUAAAAACCACUUUAUCUGUAUAAAAAUCUCCUGUCUUCUCUUCACAUUGUAUCCUGCAAAGCACUUCUUUUAUCCUGAAAGCCAUUCAGUGCCACAGGGGUUAAAACACCUGAAAAAUAACAGGUGAUUAUUUUCUUUUGCGAUGAAUCUGAACCUCCGAGAUUUGGCGUUUUCUGAAAAUUGACUCCGAACCAAAUGAGUCAGAGCUCUAUUCAGUUUCUCAAUCAGUUAUUUGUUGGCUCCACAUAUUGAGAGGGACUUAAUCUCACUAUUUCAGAGAUUGUUUCAGUUAGUGAACAGCGAGUUUUCUGUUUGCCUCAGUGAUUUAAGAGGGAUGUGUUAUCUCCUCGCAGUCCUUUUAACGACUUUUCUGUGCGUCUAAAAAAACAUUGAAAUGGAGGAAUUCGCACAGCUUUAUCGCUGUAAGUGGACAACAAAUAACAGGGCACAGAGCAGCCCACACAAUGAGAUUUCAACUAAUUGGCAGCCGGUAACGUCUGCGCUCUGCAUCCAGACCCCGGGUGCUGGUCUCUGUCUCUCUCUUGUUCUACCUCAGCCUGCCUAUGGAGAGCGGAGCUGCUGCACCAUGAUAACAAUAAUAAAAAGCUUGUUUCAUUGAAGCUACUUUUAGCACAAUCUCUCGGUAAUGUUCGGGGGGAAAUGUCAUGAGAUUGUGAGUCUUCACCGGGGAAAGGUUGAAUUAGACAAGGUGUUAAAUUCAAUUAUCAAUAAUGGUUUCACAUAAUCUCUUACCCUGUUACACAAUGUGCCGGCGACAAAGACCUGAGGCUUGUUUUGUGCCAUGUUUUCUCUGGAAGUAAAUUAGCAACUUAGGAACUUUUAUUUUGAAAGUUUAUAACUUCUCAUCUGCAGGAAAUCAAUCUGAACAAAGGGUACAAAGUUUUGUAAUGAACAAAAAUAAGAAUAGCUGUAAGAAUCUUGAACUAGGCUUAUAAAACCUCAACCCUGCAAAUGAAAUAAUUCAUUUUAUCAUAUAAGAAUAACUUAAUUAUUUACAUUAAGACAGCUCAAAUACAAUCCCAAUUCUAGUAGCGUUUAAAAUGCUGACAAAAGCAGAAUUUAUUGGUUUUCUAAACUGAUAUUUAAUGAUAAAUAGCAUUAAGACAAUAUAUUAAAUGUUAUAAUAAAAAUGUUAAAGAAGUAGUAAACUGCUAGUGAGCUCGCUGAAUCAGCCAACACUUAUGCAAACUGAUUUACCAAGAUCUAUUGAAGCUGGUACCUCUUUAGCUUACUAAUCAUUAAAUAAUUUAUACUUUCUUACCGUUCUUUUAACUUUUCUUGCCAUUUCGUAACUUACGAUGUACUACUACUACUAUCUACAGUUUUUGUUUAUUUUAUUUAUACAUAAGUAUAUAUUUUUUCUGUUAUUUUAUUUUCUCUAUCGCUCUGAUCUUGUUUUAUGUUGCUGCUUUUACUCUGUAAAGUGUCCUCGAGUGUCCAAAAAGGCGCUUAUAAAUCCAAUUUGUUAUCAUCAUCAUUAUUAUUAUCAUUAUUACCAGCAGUUGUGUAUUUCAGAAUUAGAGCAACCUUUGCACAAGUUAGAAAAAUAUUAAAAUAAAAGCAUGAUAACUUUUCACGAGGCAGUGUCUUACCUUCCCUUAAUCUGACUGAUAGUGUUUUAUUUGAAUAUUGUGAUAAUAAUGUUAUCAUGAUGUGAAAGUCAUAAAAGCUCUAAGUACGACUAAAAACUUGCUCAAUUAAUGCCGACGGGACAUUUCAUAACGGUGAGGAUUGUUUCAACAAAACGCUGAAAGGGUUUUGUUCGUCUAAAACGGGUAAUGUUUAAAGGUUUGCUGCUCUGUGAGAGACCGGGAGCGGAGAUAAUUCAAUAUUCCUCUCCAUGAAUGUGCAAAGGAUUUGUUAAUUUCAUCCUCUACGGUACAAAAUGUUAUAAAAAUGUGUAAAGGAUCUUUUGUGAACAAAUUGGCUCUCAUCUGGAGUUUGUAAUCUGCGAGAGGAACAGUUAGUUCAUCCAGUUUAUCUUUGCAGAUGGUAAAAUUUCUCUCACUUCAUUGCUAGCGCCAGUGUUUGUGUUCUCAUCUCAAUUUUAAUUCUUGGUACUUAAACCUUUCUCCUCCGCAUCCUCGUAGGUUCAGACAGAGAUAAAGAAAACAUGGACACGAUGGAACCUCGCCUUUGAGUGGGAGGGCCCGGUGGUCUGUGGCCGCUACCGUUACAGCAACGUGGUAGUGGGCCUCAAUAACAACAGCACCAGCAGCCAGUCCCACCUGGCCGGGGCGGGACCCUCCACACGCUCCACCACGCUUGUUUCAAGCCGUGUUUAUCACAGCACGGGUCCUGUGAUCAGCCUGCACGCCACCCUCCCGGGAUAUGUGAUCAGUAACUCAGACCCAUCCAUACCUGAGGAGCCUGAGGACAGCGGGCCCAAGAGGGUGGACGAUAUCUCCCUGAAAGAAAACCUGCCCGCUCUUAACGCCAGUGCAACAGCUGAGGAUGAGGAGGAGACGUUGUAGCAGCAGCAGCUGAGAGACAAACAUUACGAACCAAUGACAGAGUUUUCUUGUUGAACUGCGACAACCUAAACCAGUCUAAUGAACUUCAAACUUUAAACAGGGUAUUGAUAGUAAAAAAAAGAAACAAUGCAAAAGAAUGAAUUCACCUUUAAAAAAGCAUUUAAACUGCAAUUUCACAAAAUCACUGUUUGAUGGCCGUGAAACUGAUCGUUUUUAGCAGGUUUUAGUUUUCAUGCCACUGUGUCUCUUUUUGUAUGGUGGCCAUACAAGAAUAGACGAUCUGCAAACAGUUUAUACUGGGGUCAAACAUGCUGCGGUUAAAAAGAGAUGAUUUUAAAACACAUGCAAAAGUUCAGAACAAAUGCAACAGUGGAAAUAUACUGCAAAUGAAGAAACAGGGAAUGAGCUGCAGAUCUGGGAAAGGGCUCUGAAGCUUAACCCAGCAGUGCUGUGGAAACUUAGCAGGAUUUGGCUCCGAGCAUCGCCACAGCUUACUUAUGGAGGUAGUUAGAUUACUGUGCAAAGGCAUCUUUGUAAGUAAUCUUACACUGUGUUUUUUUUAACUCUCCUGUUAGAGUCCAGUACAGACUCGCUCUCUUGGCAGCAGUUUGCAUAAACGUUCUUUGAUUUUCAGUCAGCUGGCUUUCAUUUUUCUUCCAGUUAGCUCAAACUAACUUAAACUUCCUCCAGUAAUUGUUGUGAAACCUUAAUAUCACACUUCUCAUGCUGUAAAACUUUUAUUUUCUGGCAGUCUGAAGCUCCGACUAUUGAACACCAACACACCCUUCAGCUCAGAGACAGCUUUUGCUUCGUUUGUGUAUUUAAAGUGUGUUUUUCCCCAUAGACUGUAUAUAGAAUGGACAGUAUCUGCCUCCUCGCUGGGUGAAGCCACUCCGAGAACAGCACCCUCUGGUGACGGGCUGCAGUAUAGGUCAUAAAUCCCGCCUCCGCCAGCAAAGCUUAUGGAGCUGUGGACAAACUUUAGAAAUUUAUAACACAGAAUAUAAAUUUUUCUCCCCCGUGGUUGCGACGUUGACAUGUAGUUAAGUCCUCUUUUUUUAUCUGUACAGCUCAGUUUUUAAAAGUUAUAAGGGGGGUUCAUGUUUUCUUUGAUUGACACUUGAUACAGCCUAUGGGCGUACAAAGAUUGCGCAGCUCACCCGGGGAAUUCGCUGUUUGAGCCGAGUGUCUUCACAGCGACUCUCAGUGACUCUCCCACCGAAUGCGUACAACGCCACUGCGCAAUGUUGGUUUCAGGAAGUGGAGAAAAAAACGCGGAAUUACCGAGAGCUUUUCGGCUUCAAAUCCGUAUACUGGCUGAAGGUGGAAGCCAGUUGUCCAUAGUAUAUACAGUCUAUGGUUUUUCCAGCCUUCUGCAGAAUGUUCUGGACUAUUGCAUGUGUUGUUUUUUUUUUAAAUAUUCAGCGUGUUUCCUCUAGGUGGCGCUGUAGAUCAUCUGUUCUUGUCAGCCACAACUUGACCAAAUUCAAGGUCUUCUCAGAGUGAGCUUCAGUCGUCAAAAGAGAGUCUGACUGGCUAAACCCACAGGAUCUGGAACGGUUUUGCUCUGCUCCAGACCAGCAGGUGGAUCAUAUCCGCAUAUACCGCCCACCAGAUCUGAUCCCCCGCCGCCCUCGGAGGAGAAGCGUUUACGAGAUUACCGAUAUUUCUUGCGAGACUGGACGAGGUCAUAGAAUGAGAUCCACUGAUCGUCGUAUAUAAACGGCGGUGUAUAUAAACACCCACAUCCCACAACCCUGGCCUCUCCUAUUAUCAAGUUAAGAACAGUUAAACGUAUUGACUUAAUUUUAUUUUGAAAAUUAACCGGGUAUUUUACUCUGUAACCGCAUAAAACUUCUCGUGCUGCGCUGCACUAAAUUGAUGCGCCAUGCUCCAGCAUCCAGCAAAAAUAGAAGCCUUGUGUAUCUGAUCCGGCCGCCAGAGCGGAUCCGCAGCGGAGCCGGACGCUGGACGGAUUCUGUGGAUUCACACACAUUGACUAUAAUGCUUGUGGAUUUGAUCCGCCGGCCGUGCUGGAGUGGGGCAGAGCCGUUCUGGACCCUGUGGGUUUUGCUGGUUGUAGAUGUAACAUUAAUGCAGUAUGAUAGCAGCACUCAUGCUGUUAACUGAACCACUAACAGCAAAGUUACUGUUGACCUCUGUGACCCUUUUGAGCCUUUGCGCUGCUUGUUGUUGAUCACUAAUGGAGAUGGUUUGCAUAUGUUGUAUUUGCAGGGCGGCAAAGGUGAAUCCCAUCCCAUGCAGCAAAAACACUCAACACAAUUACAGUAUGUUGAUAUUUCAAAAGAGCCGCUGCACAGACCCUCCCACUGAAGACAAUCAUGAAUCACCUACAGAAGCUUUCACACGGACCAGAAAAUGAAGAUGAAGAACGAUCUGCAGGCAUCUGUAGAUUUUCAAACACAAUGAUACGGCUGCUUAUAUUUCUCAGGGAAAGCAAUGCCACGGUGCAUUUUCCUGAUGUGGUUCAACUUGAGAGAAAAUAAUGAGGCGACUGCAACUGAAGAUAAUUGAAGCCGCAGUCAGAAAAAAGCACAAAGCGAAUAGAGACACUGAGCUCUGAAUGACCGACACAACAUGUACAAUAACCGCUCCGCUUGUAUUGUUCAUACAAAUCUAUUGUAUUUGUAUCCAUUGACAGAAUACACAGGAUCACAAUAAGUCAUUUUCUGCACAGUUUCAAAGUUGCAUAGAAGAUUUAAUUACCUGGUUGAAGGAAUUUGAAGUCUUCCCUUCAGCCAGCGCAAAAGGUGAACGGUCCUCAUUAUAAAUCUGUUUACCAGGAAAUGUAGUGUCAUGGUGAAGUGUGCUCGCCUGUACUGUCAAACCACUUAAAGUCUACGGCAUUUCCAGCUCAAAUGAAGAUUUUCUUGACCUUUCGAGGAGCCUGUUGAUGUUUGCUUUCAUUGCCUUCAGCCGCUGAUAUCGGUGGAUGUGCAUACUCUGUGUUUACUGCAAGAAAUAUUUUUAUGGCGCGUCAGCUGCUCCAUAGAUUUCUCUUUAAAUGAUGUACUUUCUUAUUUUUGAUAAAUCCACCAUUGUGCUGAAUGUGAAGGGCUACAUUUGAAGAAUGUCAAUAACUGUGUGUCUGCUAUGUGCAUGCAGGUUUGUCAGCAGUGUUUGUCCCAAAAAAAGAAAAGAAAAAGAUCUCUAUUGUUACUCGUACCUCUGCUGCCACAACAAAAACUUGUCAAAAAUGACCCAAAGCUUUUUUUCAUUUUUCUUUAAAUCGUGUUUGUGUUCAAUGAAUUUUGCAUCUCUUUCUGGAAUACUUGCUGGU